CCAGCCUUGCCUCGGGUGUAGGGAUUGCAAGGGAAAAGCAAAACUACACGGCUAACACUCUGUGUAGUUUUGUUUUUUUGGUUCUUUUGAGGCUCAGCUGUUCUCACAUUUGGAUUUUCUGAAAUAUUUCUGGAUAAGGAGAUUUUGCCUGAAGAUAUAAAACUUCUGGGCUUAGUCCCAUUGAUUCUAGGCAUCCUUGUGAAUACAAGGUGCCUAUCACCAUGUCAACACAGGCGCCAACGUUCAUACAGCCGCUGCAAAGCGUUGUGGCACUUGAGGGUAGUGCUGCAACGUUUGAGGCUCAAGUUAGUGGUACUCCAGUUCCUGAGGUGAGCUGGUUUCGUGAUGGCCAGGUUCUUUCUGCUGCCGCUCUGCCCGGCGCACAGAUCUCGUUCAGCGACGGCCGCGCUGUACUGACGAUCUCUGCCGUGACAGCCGCGCACAGUGGAAGAUUUUCCGUACGAGCCACCAAUGGUGCUGGACAAGCCACUAGCACUGCCGAACUACUUGUUACAGUGGAAACCGCGCCCCCCAACUUCAUUCAGAGACUACAGAGUAUGAUCGUGAGACAAGGAAGCCAAGUGAGACUGGAUGUUCGCGUGACAGGAAUCCCUACACCUGUGGUGAAGUUCUAUAGGGAGGGAGCUGAGAUUCAGAGCUCCACUGACUUUCAGAUUGUUCAAGAAGGAGACCUCUACAGCUUGCUGAUUGCUGAAGCCUUCCCUGAAGAUUCCGGAACAUACUCCGUGAAUGCCACAAACAGCAGUGGACGUGCCACAUCUACAGCUGAAUUGCUUGUUCAAGGUGAAGAAGAAGCUGUACCUGCCAAGAAGACAAAGACAGUUGUGUCAACUGCUCAGAUUUCCCGCCAGACAAGGGUUGAGAAGAGGAUGGAGGGCCAUUUUCAGGCCGCCACUAAAUCCACGAUGGAAAUGCAUGUGGAAGGAGCUGCACUUGCUCACCAGCUGCCACACAAAACCCCUCCACGUGUGCCCCCAAAACCAACUUCCAAGUCCCCGCCAUCUUUAGUUUCCAAAGUUUCAGCCACACGCCAUCAGUCGCCCUCUCCUGUGAGGCACGUGAAGGGGCCAACUCCAACUCCCGUCAGGUCUGUAUCUCCUUCGCCCACAAGAUUGUCAGUUUCUCCUAUUAGACCUGUCAAGUCCCCAGUCAUGACCCGUAAGCAGGUCACCCUCGGCCCAGACGUUCUCCCACCAUGGAAGCAAGAGGACUAUACAGAGGCCAGUUUUACCCGCAUGAUGACCGCUGGUGCCAUCCAAGUCCAGACCACUGCAGCUCACGUACAGAUGGAGCAGCGUUGGGAAGGCUCUUUUGGGAUGCAGCAACAAGUGGCUGGAGGUGCUGGAGUGUCUGUCAAAGAGGACCAGCAUGAAAGUGACAAUGCAAACGCAGUAGCUACCGUUGUAUCUGCCGUGGACCAGGCUCGUUGCCGUGAGACACACUCUGGUUUUCUAGAAAGGACCGCCACAGAAACAGGUGUCACAGCUACGCAUUUAAAGAGCGUGAAAGAGCAGGAAAAGCACAAAGCAUCUAAAGAUAUGCCUGUCUCUGUGGUGGCUCAUGACGUGACAAAAGAUGCAGAUAAAGUUAAAAGCCCAAUUGGAGAGGCUACUUAUACCACAGGAGUAGAGCUGCAGUUGCAAGACCAGAGUAUACCAGAAAUUGAGAAAACAACAGCAGUGGCUACAGUGGUUGCUGUUGUUGACCAGGCCAGAGAGAGAGAGCCGGUCAGCACUGUGGCAGAACACAGAGUAAUGGAAAGCUCCACAGCCAUAGACACACAGAUGGUUCAGGAGCAGGGUGAGGGUGGGAAAAAGGCGGAGGCAGUGGCCACAGUGCUAGCUGCUGUUGACCAAGCACGCAUUCGAAUGCCUGUGCAUGAAGAGGGUGGUCAUGUUGAAGAGAGGACCAUACAGCAUGACUUAAUACAGCAGUCUGCAACUGUACAGUCUACAAAGCAGCAAGUCACCUCUGAGAUGGUGAAAACUGAGGCUGUGCAAAUGCCUACAAUCCAAAUCCCUUCCGCUGAAAAGAGUGCCGAGUUUGCUCAGAUUGAAAGAAGUAAAGAAACCAUCACCCAUGUGGACACUGAACUUGCGCCUUCCCCAAUUCCACAUUUCACUGUUUCAAAAGUUACUGUUCCUAAACCUGAACAUAGCUAUGAGAUUGAAAGAAGUAAAGAAACCCUUUCCCAUGUGGACAUUGCUCUUGCGCCUUCCCCAAUUCCGCAUUUCACGGUUUCAAAAGUUACUGUUCCUAAACCAGACCAUAGCUAUGAGGUUUCAAUAGCAGGCUCUGCUAUUGCUACACUGCAGAAAGAGUUAUCCUCUACUUCUGCUGGUCAAAAGAUCAUCAGGCCCGUCAAGCCUCCUUCUCAUAAGACUGUGGAGAUGAGAGAAAUGCCUGAGCCAGUCCCAUCUCCCUUUAAAGAAACCACAGAAAGAUAUCAGACAUAUUUGGGAACCCAGUUACAGAAAGAUACAGGCACUUCUUUUACAGGGGGUAUGGAGCAGAAGUAUGAACAAUGGGAGCAACAGGUCACUGAGACGGGAAUCGUACCUUCUCCUGCAGAAGAAGAUGUGGUGCCACCCACCCUUGUGGCUGGCUUGAAGAAUAUGAAUGUCAUGGAGGGAGAAUCUGUGACACUGGAGUGCCAGAUAUCUGGUCACCCUGCCCCAGGCAUCAUGUGGUUCAGGGAGGACUACAGAAUCGAGAGCUCCAUUGACUUCCAGAUUACCUAUGAGAAUGGAUACGCCCGUCUGGUAAUCCGUGAGGCUUUUGCUGAGGACAGUGGACGUUUCACCUGCACAGCCACCAGUGAGGCUGGAACAAUCAGCACCUCCUGCUACCUGCUUGUCCAAGUAUCUGAAGAUAUUGAGAGCAGAGAGGCAAUUACCACAACGGAUGUCUCUCAACAAAUUCAAAUAACUCAGGAGAAACACAUUGCCAUUGAAUCCAAAGCCGAAGCCAUAUCAGAAGUAAGCGGCAUCACAGAAACUGUGGAAUCUGGAGCAGAGGUGGCUCCCUUUUUUGUGACGAAGCCCACUGUGCAGAAGCUAGUGGAAGGUGGGAGGGUUGUCUUUGAGUGCCAGAUUGGGGGCAGUCCCAAACCCCAUAUAUACUGGAAGAAGGCAGGAGUGGCACUUACCACUGGAUAUAGGUACAAAGUGAUUUACAAAAAGGAAACUGGGGAGUGCAGGCUGGAGAUCUCCAUGACCUUUGCUGAUGAUGCUGGAGAGUACUCAAUCAUUGUCAGGAAUAGGCUGGGAGAGGCCUCUGCCUCUGCUCACCUUCUAGGAGAAGAGGAAUAUGAAGCCUACAUGAAGAAAUAUGAGAUGACUUUUAAGACUGAAGUAACCACAAUGGUGGAGGAGCCAAAAGUGGCUGAUAUCCCUCCUGUGGUUGUGAGCGAAUAUGGGAAAGAGCAGAUCCGCACCACUCAGCAGAUAAAGAUGAUAAGGACCUUUGUCUCAGAGCAGGAAUUCCAGAUCUCUGCUUUUGAGGAGAGGUUAAUCCACGAGAUUGAAAUCCGCCUUCUUAAGAUAACGUAUCAGGAACUGGUGACUGAAGAUGGGGAAGAAAUGAUCAUGACAGAACAGGAGGCUGUGGAACCCACUUUUGACACUCCUGUGAAGAGCUACAGGAUCUUGGAAGGCAUGGGAGUCACCUUCCACUGCAAAGUGGCAGGAACCCCACUGCCCAAGAUUGCAUGGUACAAAGAUGGCAAGCGCAUCAGGCAUGGUGGUCGAUAUCAGAUGGAGUUUCUCCAGGAUGGGAGGGCCAGUCUGCGUAUCCCAGUGGUGCUGCCAGAGGAUGAAGGUGUCUACACUGCCUUGGCUUGUAACAUGAAGGCAAGUUCUGUCAGCUCAGGGAAGCUGUACGCGGAGCCCACUGCACCAGUCGGAGCUCAGCCCUACAUACCACAACCUGAAGCAGUCCAGAGAAUCCGUUCCACAUCGCCACGCUCCCUGAGCCGCUCUCCUGGACGUUCUCCUGGUCGCUCUCCCUCACGUAGACUGGACGAGACAGAUGAAGCCCAGCUGGAGAGACUGUAUAAGCCUGUAUUUGUCAUGAAGCCCUCCUCCUUCAAGUGUGCUGAGGGGCAAACUGCCAGAUUUGACUUAAAAGUGGUUGGCAGACCCAUGCCUGAAACCUUCUGGUUCCACAAUGGACAACAAGUGGUCAAUGAUUACACUCACAAGAUAGUGGUAAAGGAAGAUGGAACUCAGUCACUGAUUGUGGUCCCAGCCAUGCCCACUGACUCUGGGGAAUGGACCGUUGUGGCCCAGAACAGAGCUGGAAAGACUUCCAUUUCCAUGACUCUCACAGUAGAUGCUAAGGAGAACUUGGUGAGACCCCAGUUUAUUGAGAAACUGAGGAACAUUAGUGUCAAGGAAGGCACUCUGGUAGAGCUGGCCGUCAAAGCAAUAGGAAACCCACUUCCUGAUAUUGUGUGGCUGAAAAACAGUGAUAUCAUCUCCCCACAGAAGUAUCCUAACAUCAGAAUUGAAGGCACCAAAGGGGAAGCAAAUUUCAAGAUCGCCUCUAGUGUAGGCUCUGAUAGUGCCUGGUACACAGCCACAGCCAUCAACAAGGCUGGACGAGACACCACCCGCUGCAGGGUCAACAUAGAAAUGGAGUCUGCUGAACCUGAGCCUGAGAGACGACUUGUCAUCCCCAAGGGAACCUACAAAGCCAAGGAAAUUGCAGCUCCAGAGUUGGAGCCCUUACAUCUCCGUUAUGGUCAGGAGCAGUGGGAAGAAGGGGACUUGUAUGACAAAGAAAAGCAGCAGAAGCCACACUUCAAGAAGAAGUUGACCUCAGUCAGGCUGAAGCAUUUUGGUGCUGUGCAUUUUGAAUGUAGGCUUACUCCUAUUGGUGACCCCACCAUGGUAGUGGAGUGGCUGCAUGAUGGGAAACCUCUGGCAGCAGCUAACAGGCUGCGAAUGAUCAAUGAGUUUGGCUACUGCAGUCUUGACUAUGAAGUGGCUUACAAUAGGGAUAGUGGUGUAAUCACCUGCAGAGCAACAAAUAAGUUUGGAGUUGAUCAGACCUCUGCUACCCUGAUUGUGAAGGAUGAGAAGAGCCUUGUGGAAGAGUCUCAACUACCAGAAGGUAGGAAGGGAAUGCAAAGGAUUGAAGAGAUGGAACGCAUUGCCCAUGAAGGGGCUCUUGCAGGAGUCACAACUGAAGAGACAUAUGAGAAGACUAAGCCUGACAUUGUUCUUCUCCCUGAGCCGGCGAGGGUAUUAGAAGGGCAGACUGCCAGGUUCCGCUGCAGAGUGACUGGAUACCCUGUGCCUAAGGUGAACUGGUACCUCAAUGGGCAACUCAUCAGGAAAAGCAAGAGGUUCAGGCUCCGCUAUGAUGGUAUUUACUACCUUGAGAUUACUGAUUGCAAAUCUUAUGAUUCAGGAGAUGUGAAAGUAAUGGCAGAGAGCCCUCAAGGUGUGGCUGAACACUGUGUGAAACUGGAGAUUCAGCAGAGGGAGGACUUUAGGUCUGUUCUUCGUCGUGCCCCUGAGCCAAAGGCUCCAGAAUCUGGUACUGAGCAUGGACGGGUUCACUUUGAGGUUGUCAAGGUUGAGAAACCCCCUGAGGCUGCUCAGGCCAAAGAAAUUGUGAAACUAAGAAAGACUGAAAGAGUCGUCCAUGAGAAACCAACAGAGGAGACAGAGGAGCUGAGAAGCAAAUUUAAGCGUAGGACAGAGGAAGGCUACUAUGAAGCCAUCACUGCUGUAGAGCUCAAGUCUCGUAGGAAGGAUGAAUCCUAUGAGGAUAUGCUAAGGAAAAGGAAAGAGGAACUUCUUCAUUGGACCAAAGAGGUGUCUGAGGAGGAAAAGAAAAAGGAAGAGGAAAGAGGCAAAGUGACCAUUCCCAUAAUCAAACCAGAAAGAAUCGAACUCUCUCCUAGCAUGGAAGCUCCAAAGAUUCUGGAACGCAUACAGAGCCAGACAGUUUCCCUAACCGAAGAGGUCCACUUUAGAGUUAGAGUGGUUGGGAAACCCGAUCCAGAGUGCCAGUGGUUCAAGAACGGAGUUCUGCUGGAGAAGUCAGAGCGUAUUUAUUGGUACUGGCCCGAAGACAAUGUAUGUGAAUUAGUGAUCAAACAUGUUUCAGCAGAAGAUUCCGCUAGCAUUAUGGUCAAGGCUAUCAACAUUGCGGGAGAGACUUCAAGUCAUGCUUUCUUGCUUGUACAAGCCAAGCAAGUUGUUACAUUUACCCAAGAAUUGGAAGAUGUCCAUGCCAAAGAGAAAGAUACAAUGACAACCUUUGAGUGUGAAACUAGUGAACCAUUUGUCAAAGUGAAAUGGAUGAAGAACAACAUGGAAAUUUUCUCUGGAGACAAAUAUCGAAUGCAUUCAGACAGAAAGGUGCAUUUCCUGUCUGUGUUGAUCAUUGACAUGGGAGAUGCUGCAGAGUACAGUUGUGUUGUUGCUGAGGAUGACCACAUCAGAACCACUGCCAAAUUAAUUGUUGAGGGUGCCCCACUGGAUAUGGAAAAGAAACUGGAGAAUAUAGAAGUACCUGAGACAUACUCCGGUGAAUUUGAAUGUGUUGUGUCUCGUGAGGAUGUUGAGGGUACUUGGUACUUUGGGGACAAGGAAAUUACCCCCAGCAGCAAGUAUGUCAUGUCCUCUCGCCGUGGACGCCACACACUCACUAUCAAAGAUGUCAAGAAGGAGGACCAAGGAAAAUACACAUUUAUUGUUGGUGAACUCAAGACAACAGCCUCCUUAGUUAUGAAAUUACGCCCGGUGACACUGCUGCAAGGACUCAGUGACCUUACAGUCUGUGAAGGGGACAUUGCUCAACUGGAAGUCAAAUUCUCGCAGGAGCACGUUGAGGGCUCCUGGAUGAAGAAUGGACAAGCUAUCUCUGCCACUGACCGUAUCCAUGUUGUGAUUGACAAGCUCAAUCACAAGCUACUCAUUGAAAAUGCCAACAGGGAUGAUGCUGGAAUGUAUUCUUUUGUUGUUCCUGCUCAGGCCAUAUCCACCUCUGGGAAGCUAACUGUUCAGACUAUUGGCAUCUUGACCCCACUAAAGGAUGUGUCUUCAGUGGAGGGCACCAAAACUGUGCUGGAGGCUAAAAUCUCUGCUCCUGAUAUUAGCUCAGUAAAAUGGUAUCACAAUGACAAGUUGGUGGUACCCAGUGAAAGAGUCCAGUUGAUCACUAAAGGAUCCAAGCAACGUCUGGUCUUCAGCAGGACCUUUGCUUCAGACCAGGGGCAGUACAAACUGGUUGUUGGCAGAGCUGAUUCCAGCUGCAAACUGACUGUUGAAAGAAUCAGCAUUGUGAAGCAUAUGGAAGACCAGGUUUGCACUGAAACCCAGAAUGUCACCUUUACGGUUGAUUUGUCCCACUCUGGUAUUGAUGUUCUCUGGACCUUUAAGAAUCAGCAUCUGAAAGCUGGUCCCAAGCACAAGAUUGAGGCAAAGGGCAAACGCUAUACCCUGACUGUCAUUGAUACCAUGAAGGAUGAGGAGGGACAAUACACAUUUGCUGCUGGUGAACAGACAUCCAGUGCUAAACUUACUGUAUCAGGUGGUGCGAUUAACAGACCUCUCCAGGAUGUGACAGUAGCAGAGUCCCAGACUGCAGAGUUUGAGUGUGAAGUGGCCAAUCCAAAUACUGAGGGGAAAUGGUUGAAGGAUGGCCGCCCUGUGGAUUUUGGUGACAACAUAAGGAGUGAGAAAGAUGGACGGAUAAGACGCCUAGUAAUUGUCAUCACCAGACCUCAGGAUGUUGGUGAAUACACGUACCAAGUGGCGAACUCCAAGACUACAGCCAACCUGAGAGUUGAAGCUGUGAAGGUGCGUAAGACACUUAGGAAUCAGACAGUUACUGAGACCCAGGAAGCAGAUUUCAGUCUUGAGCUCACCCACAAGAAUGUGAAAGGCUUCCAGUGGAUCAAGAAUGGUAUUGAGAUCCAGCCCAGUGACAAGUUUGAAAUAAUAGUAGAUGGCAUGGUUCACACCCUGAAGAUCAAGAACUGUAACACACAGGAUGAGUCUGUCUAUGGAUUCAAACUGGGAAAACUGUCUGCUAAUGCCAGACUUAACGUUGAGACUAUUAAGAUUGUGAAGAAACCCAAGGAUGUGACCUCCCUUUUGGAUGCAACUGCAUCUUUUGAGCUGAGCUUGUCUCAUGACAACAUCCCAGUGAAGUGGAUGUUAAAUAAUGUUGAGCUGAAGCCCAGUGAGAACUACAAGAUACUGUCAGAGAGGAAGGCUCACAAGCUAGUCAUCCAGAAUGUGAACACCCGCCAUGCUGGAGAAUACACAGCUGUUGUUGGACAUUUGCAAUGCAGUGCAACACUAUAUGUUGAAGCUUUGCGUGUCACAAAAACAAUGAAGAACAUUGAAGUCCCUGAGACCCAGGUUGCCACCUUUGAAUGUGAGGUCUCUCACUUCAAUGUGCCGUCCACCUGGCUUAAGAAUGGAGUGGAGAUCGAGAUGAGCGAGAAGUUCAGGAUCGUAGUACAGGGCAAGCUGCACCAGCUCAAAAUAAUGAAUACCAGCAGAGACGACUCUGCAGAGUACACUUUUGUAUGUGGAAAUGACAGAGUUUCUGCUACGUUGACAGUCAACGCCAUUCUGAUCACAUCAAUGCUCAAGGACCUCAAAGCUCAAGAGAAGGACACAAUCACCUUUGAGGUGAAUGUAAACUAUGAAGGAAUAACCUACAAGUGGCUGAAGAAUGGUGUGGAGAUCCGGUCAUCAGAAAAAUGCCAGACUCGCACCAAGCAACUCACCCACUCAUUAACUAUUAGGAAUGUACACUUUGGGGAUGGUGGACAGUACUCCUUUGUGGCCGGGUCUGCAAAAACAUCUGCUAACCUUUAUAUUGAAGCACGUGUUGUUGAAUUCAGAAAGCACAUCAAAGACAUAAAAGUAACUGAGAAGAAAAGGGCCGUUUUUGAAUGCGAGGUCUCUGAGCCAAACAUACAUGUGAUGUGGAUGAAAGAUGGACAAGAGCUGGAAAUAACUGAUAGAUACAAAACUACAGCUGAGAAAUAUGUUCACCGCCUGAUGAUCCAAACUGUUCGCAUGUCUGAUGCUGGAGAGUACUCUGUGGUUGCUGGUUCAAGCAUUUCUAAGGCCCAUCUCACUGUGGAGGGCCGUGAUGUCAGGAUUACAGAACCCAGGGAGAGGGAAAUAACUGUCCUUGAGAAGCAGAGAGCAACAAUUGAAUUUGAAGUAAAUGAAGAUGACAUUGAAGCUCGCUGGCUGAGGAAUGGAACUGAGAUUCAGUUGUCAACUGAGAAAAGAUUCAGCUAUGCAGCUAUCAGAAAGGUCCAUCGCUUGACCAUCUCAGAGACCUACCGCAGUGAUGCUGGGAAGUACACAUUUAUUGCUGGCAGGAACAGGAGUGAAGUUACUCUGCUCGUCAAAAUUCCUGAGCCUCCCCAGAUCAUCAAACAAAUGGAGCCCCUAUCUGUGGAGGCUGGCAAGCCUGCCCGUUUCUCUGUGGAAGUGAAAGGCAUCCCACAGCCACAGAUAUUCUGGUACAAGGACUCCCAGGCCCUGUCCGCUGGAUUCAAGUGUAAAUUCCUACAUCACAGGGAUGUCCACACACUGAUGCUCAUCGAGGUCUUCCCAGAGGAUGCAGCUGUCUACAACUGUGAAGCCAAGAAUGACUAUGGUGUAGCUACCAGCUCUGCUUCCCUGACUGUGGAAGUUCCAGAGGUUAUCUCCCCUGAUACUGGAGCCCCACUGUCUCCCCCUGUGAUUGUGUCUCCAAUUUAUAACACCUCUGCUCAGGAAGGGGAGUCUGCUCGAUUCCAGUGCCGCGUAUCUGGAGAAGAUCUUAAAAUCACCUGGUAUUGCAGAGACAAGGAGAUCCAGAAGUCAGACGUAUUUAGGAUGUCUCAGUUCGACGAUAACUUCCUGCUGGAAAUUAUAAGAGUUUACCCAGGGGAUGGGGGGGAGUAUACUUGUGUUGCUAGAAAUUCAGCUGGAAUGGUCUCUUGCUCAGCUGUUCUGACGCUUGAGGGACAUAGACAAAUUGACGACAGUACACCUAAGGCUCAAUGGCAGGCCUCAACCAGUCUGUCUACAAGCAUAUCGAGUGUAAAGAAGGAGCCAAUUGGCCAAAGACCUGCUUUCAUUCAGCCUAUUGCAAGCUGCACAGUGCUUCACGGAGAAGUUGCCAGAUUCCAUGCUCGCGUGUCUGGCAUGCCAAAGCCAGAGAUCAGCUGGUUUCAUAAUCAGCAGCUUGUAAAGCCAACAAAAAAUGUUGUCUUUCAUUUCGAUGAGAUGACAACAAUUGCCACGCUAAUCAUAGUUGAUGCUUUCCCUGAGCAUGCUGGACUAUACACUUGCAAAGCAACCAAUAAUGCUGGAGAGGCAGUUUGCACGGCUACCCUUACAGUAACCAAAGAAGGGGUGAAAAUGAAGGAAGAAACUGAGGCCAGAAUUGAGGGGGAAGUCAAAGAAUUUUCUAGCUUGACUGUGACAACUGAAGAAGAAGAACAAGAAUCCUACAGCACUGGCCUACAAUUAGAAGGAAAAAUCAAAACAUCUGAACUCAAGCCAGAGUCUAAACGCUAUUCUAGUACAUUAGAGAAGAAAAAGGAAAAGCCUGUUUUUAUCACCCAGCUCUCACCAGCAGAUAUCUCAGUUGGAGAGACAGCUAAAUUUACUGUCACAGUGUUUGGCUUUCCAAAGCCUAAGGUGCAGUGGUUCCACAAUGGACAGGAGAUUACAUCCUCAUCAGUUUAUAAAUUUUAUCAAGAAGAAAACCAAUAUACACUGACCAUUUCCCAGGUAAAGACAGAAUAUGAAGGGGAGUACUCUUGCACUGUCAGCAACAGGUUUGGUCAGUCAACUAGUUCAGCAUUCUUGCAUGUUAAAGUGCCGGAGACAGCGAAAAAAGAGCAUAGGGUUGAAAAAAUGUUAAAAGUCACUGGCCAGCCUCCUCGUUUCACCACCACAAUAGAACCGAUACAGUGCAUUGAAGGAAGUCAAGUAAAAUUUUUAUACAAAUUGACUGGGCAGCCUCUUCCUUUGGUUCGGUGGUUUAGGGGCAGUUACCAGAUUCAGCCCAGUAAGUACUUCACUGUGGUAAAUAAUCCAGAUGGCUCUGGGUACCUUAACAUGAUGGGUAUCCAGCAGGAAGACAGUGGUCUCUAUACAUGUAGGGCAUCCAAUGCAUCUGGGGAAGCCUCCUGCAGUGCUGAACUGAUUGUGUUCCGUGAUACUGCCUCUGUCUCAAGUCAACAGGACCAAGCGUUUGCUCAGAAGCAAAAAAGUUACAAAGUUUCUAUGACAGAGCAAGUCACUGAAUCCCGCCUGUAUACUGUGAACCUCCCAGGGGAGGCCAGAGGAAACGUCCAGUCAGGACAUCAGAUGGUAUACACUAUUGGGACAGAGGAUAUUCAGACUAUUGCCAGUGAGCAAGUGGAUAACUUGCAACAGGUGGGAAUAUCUGCUGCUUCCCUGCACAGAGAGCAAGUUCCUCACCAAGCUGCAGUGCUGCAGUCUCAUGAGAUGGAAGAAAGGGUAAUGGUGGGACCUACCCAGCUCCAUCCAGUUGCAGCCUUACCUACAAGACAGCUGCACAUGGCAUCCUUUACUCCUGCGGUCCAGGAGAGUCAUGGUUUCACAGAGCAACACUCAGAAUACAUCCAGACUCCAGAGAUAAUAGAGUUAGAGCUGGCCCAGGAGCAAAAAUCUAAAAUAAUGUCUGCUGUUUCUGAGGAAAUAAUACCUGUAGCCAUUGUGAAAACUGAGUCUUUAAGUGACAGGAAAUCAGAGCAGAUUAAGCCAACUCCUGAGCCAAAACAAGUUGUUUUAAGUCACCAAAUAGAAACCAGGAUACCAAUUAUGAAAGAGAAAUCACAAAUUUUUCCUAAACCUGAAGUGGAAAAAAGCUAUAAAGUCAAAGAAGGAGUGAAGAUAUUAUAUUCUGCCAUAUCAACAGGGGAGCAUGAAAUCUCUGAAGCCCAUUCAGCAGAUUUGUCCUCCCUAGAUUCAGCCUUACAAUCUUCAGUAGUAAUGGAGUUGUCUAAGCCAGUUCAUAUCUCUACCAGUGAGACUAAACAAACUUUAUCAAAAGAACAGAAAUUUGAAAUACACAAAGCAAAGGAAGAGAAAGCACAAAUGCUGAAGGAUAAAUUAGUUAAAUCAUCUCUAACUUCUGAAGAAAAGCAGGUGCUCCAGUCUGAACACACUGAACAAAUUCCAGGUAUAGAGAGUGCUAUAUCUGUGCAAUCACAGAUGGAAGGGGAAAAAAUCAUGCAUUUGCAGGUGAUAAGGGAACAGAAUAUACUUCCUUCUGAGGACAGAUUUACUUGUGAGGCUCCAGCAGCAGAACAGGCAGACACAAGAAAAAGCCCUAUUUUGAUUCAGACGACUACUAUAGAUGAACAGAAAUCUGUCACUUGUGAAGAGAUGCUUCACUUUUCUUCCCAAGACGGCACAUUUUCCAUUCAGCCAACAAAAGAGGCUCCUGUGGCUUUACAUCUCCAAUCUGUUCAUUCAGAAAGUUAUUUACCCAAAGAAGGCAUAUUUACUGUUGAAAAGCCCAACCAGCAGGUAGCUGUGCAGAGACUGGAAAAAGUUCGCAGGCAGGCAGUAAACACAGAGGAGAAAAGAGAACUGACAGCUGAUUACUGUACAGAUCUGGAUGUGUCAGUAACAGGUGUGUACACUGAGCAGGGAACAGAACCCAAACCUCAAACUAUUCUUCAGGCAGUUUCAGAGCCCAUGCUGCUGCCUAAGGAAAUUCCAUUCAGUACUGAGGUUAAAGAGCAGCGUGCAUCGAAGCAGAAAGAGGACCGCUGGAAUGUCAUGCAUUUAAUGACCACAGCAGACAGCCGAACAAUAGAGGAGGGACACACUGAUAGCUUUAAAGCUGUUGACAAGUUUUCUUGUGAAACUAAGGUAGAACCCAAAGUCCCAGCUGAGCCACUCCACAUAGAGGAGAAGGCAAUCUCUACCGAGAGCAGUGUUUCUUUAGAAGCAGCAGAACAAGACUUUGCAGUCCAAAUUCAAGAGGGUCAGUCAGUGAGACAAUCAAUAUUAGUGGAGGAGAAAAAAAUAAUGACUGGUGAAAUGUCUGGUGAAAUGUUAAAAUCUGAGACAACUCAAGUUAGUAUUACAACACAACCCAAAGGGGCUUUCCUAGUCCAUGAAUCACAAGAAAGUAAGACUCUUCCAAAAGAGCUUACAUUUGUUAUUCAGGCACCAAAAUCAUUUGGUUUGGACAUCAGAUACCAGCUUGAGAAUGCAUUGCAGUCUGCUGUAGCACAUGAGCAGCCAGUGCUUCUGGCAGAAGUGGCAGAAUGUUUACAAAUUUUUGAGGUAAAAGAAGUGAAGGUGCACAAAGAACCCAAGUAUGCGAUGUUCACAUAUCUUAUUACGACAAGUGGAGCCCCUAUAGAAAUAACUAUAGCCUUUGAUGGUGAGUAUCCUCAGACUGCUGAUUUAAAGAAUGAGCUCAGAGCAGCUUUUUAUUCUGUAAUCCAUUGUGAACAGCAGGUACUGACCUCAGAACAGCCUGGCACCAUGCAAAUAGAUAGGCCCCAGAGAAUACAGGUUAGCAGUGCACCUUCAAAAGAAAUGCUUUCAUCAACAGUGGAAACCAUUACGUUUGCAGAGAAUGUUGCAGAUUUUACUUCACACAAAGCACAUUCUGCAGCUGUCAAGACUGAAAGUCAGGCUUCCUUUAAAACUGUAAAAGCUCAGGAGCGCACUCUGGUAGAGGUCUCAGAGACCACCCAGGUAAUUAAGAUGACCACAGAAUCAAAAUCAGAGUUCCAGGAGCAGAUGACCACGCAGGGAGUCAAAACUGUGACAGUAAAAGGCAGUGAGAGAGAUGUGGGUGCAACAGCCAUAACCGAUAUGCCAAUACCACCAAUUCCAGGUGACCACUCAGUAGAUGUUCUAAUUCAAAAACAAAGAAGAGAAGAGUUUCUGAAAGAGGAAGUUAUUAAAGCUAAGCCAACAGAAAAACUGAUCCAAGAUUACCCUGUUAUAGAAACAUUUCUUGAAGACAUGACCAUUGAAGAGCAUUGCAAGUUUACUUUCUCUCUAGUUAUAAAACAUGUUAAAAAGGUCAACUGGCUUUUCAAUGGAAAAUUGGUUAAAUCUGGCAAAGAGUUCAAAUGUUCUAAGGAUCAUGAUACUUAUACGCUAGUAAUUGAGAAGGUUAUCAAGGAGAAGCACCAAGGAGAAUAUAUCUGUGAGGCUGUGAAUGAAGCUGGCAAGACUUCAACAUCAUCGAAACUCACAGUUGUCUUAAGAGUGCCACCUGUUUUUAGGCUAAAAAUCCAACCCCUGGAGAUUCAUCUUGGGAGCCGUGCCAAGUUUGAGUGUGAGAUUGCAGACGCACCAAACGUGAAGUUCAAGUGGUACAAGUCUGGGACUGAGAUCAGAGAGAGCGAAAAGUGCAGGAUCAUUAGUCGAUACAACACCACCUCACUGGAGCUCCUGAACCCAACCAAAGCUGACAGUGGUCAGUAUACUUGCAAAGCUACAAAUCAACAUGGCAGUGACAGUUGUUCAGCUUCCCUGACAGUGACUGAGGUUUUCCCGCCAGUCUUUGUUACUAAGCCUGAUCCAAUGACUUUAUAUGUGGGCAAACAAGCAAGAAUUCAGUGUGUACUUUCCGGCUCCUCCCCAAUGAAUGUUGUGUGGCAGAAAGGCAACAUUCCAAUUUCUAAGGAUGCAAACUACAAAAUCACCUCUGAAAAGAACAGGCACACUCUUGAAAUUGUGAAACUUAGCCUUACUGAUCAGGGCGAGUAUCACUGCAGAGCAUCGAACAGUGUUGGAACUGACAUGUGUAGCACAGAACUGAGGGUGAUUGAUAAGCCCAAUUUUGUCAAAACCUUUGAAUCAGUAUCAGUAGCUGUGGGAAGCCUGCUGCGUCUUGAAUGUCAAGUGGAUGAAGACACUGGUGUUACCAUUUCCUGGACCAGAGAUGGCAAGAAAAUGCAUAACACCAUAGAUCACAAACUUUCUUUUGAAGACAAACUUGCCAUUCUUGAAAUUACAAAUUCAAAUCUUAAAGACACUGGGAAAUAUGUUUGCACUGCUACAAAUGAUGCUGGAAGCAGUAGCUGUUCUUCUAUGGUGUCUGUACAAGAGCCCCCAACUUUUGUUAAGAGACUGGAACCAAAGAUCCUCUGGAAACAUGGUGUGACAGCACGUAUGCAGUGCACAGUUAAAGGCUCCCCUGAACUUCAUAUCACCUGGUUUAUGAAUGGCCGUGAACUAAUCACUGGAGAGAAGCACAAAAUCAUGUUCAAAGAUGGCCUAGCAGUUUUGGAGAUAAAUGGUGUUUCUGUGGCAGACAGUGGAAAUUACACUUGCGAAGUGUUAAAUGAAGCUGGUUGUGAAAGCUGCUGUACUCUGUUAACGAUAAAAGAACCCCCUUCCUUCAGAAGGGAAUUGAAAAUGGUAGAAGUAGUAAGAGGAACGACAGCCAUACUUGAAUGUGAAGUUUCUGGAACACCUCCAUUUGAAGUCCUCUGGUUUAAAAAUAAGAAAGCAAUUUCCACUGAUAAAAAGUAUAAGAUCACUUCCCAAGAUGCCAUUGCCUGCUUGGAGAUCAGUUCAUUUGAAAGUAUUGAUGUUGGGGACUACCAGUGUUCUGUAUCAAAUGAUGUAGGCAAAGUGUCCUGCACAUCAGUAGCUAAAUUGAAAGAGCCUCCAUUUUUUUCGAAGAAGAUUGAAAACAUUUCAGCUGUUUUGGGAAGUACAGUUAGGCUGCAGGGCACUCUUAAAGGAUCAGCCCCAAUCAAGGUCACAUGGAUGAAGGAUUCUGAAACAUUGAGAGAUGAUGAUCCAAAUGUAACAAUGGAAUUUGAGAAUAAUAUUGCUGUUCUAUCAAUAGCCACUGUCAACAUCAUCCAUAGUGGUAAAUACACUUGCCAGGCUGAAAAUGAAGCAGGGAAGCAGAAAUGUGAAGCCACUUUAUCUGUUCAAGAACCAGCUCGGAUAAUAGAAAAGACAACAUCCAUCAGUGUGACUGCAGGGGGUCCAGCAUCUUUAGAGUGCACAGUUGCAGGAAGCCCAGAGCUUAAAGUGAAGUGGUUCCAAGAUGGAAAGGAGAUAACAGACACCCGGAAAUAUAAAAUAACCUUUAAAAAUAAUGUGGCCAUCUUGAAAAUUCUUGCAGCAGAAAAGAGAGACGACUGUGAAUAUAUGGUGGAAGUGGCCAAUCGUGUUGGAAAAGACCAGUGCUCUUGCUCUGUCACUGUGCUAGAUCGAAUUGUACCACCGUCAUUCACAAAACUUCUUAAAAAAGUUGAUGGAAGUGUUGGCUCCAAUGUCAGUAUGGAAUGCAGAGUCACUGGGUCUCAGCCUGUGACUGUUUCUUGGUACAAGGAUGAUGCAGAAAUCACAGCUGGCCCAAAAUACAAAAUGGAAUUCACCGAAAGCACAGUGUCCUUGGGAAUUAAUAAUUUACAAAAGUCUGAUGCUGGAACAUAUACCUGUCGUGCAAAAAAUGCAGCAGGAAGUGGAGAGACCAGUGGAAAUCUGUCUGUAAAAGAGCCUCCAACCUUCACAGUAAAACCUGACUCUCAAAAUGUUAUACCAGGAACAAAAGUGACUUUAAAGAGUGCUUUCACUGGAACAGCCCCAUUUACCAUUAAGUGGUUCAAAGGGGACAAGGAAAUAUCCACCGGAGGAACGUGUUUUAUCAAAAAAGAUGCAUCCACAAGUUUGUUGGAACUUCACUCAGUGAAACCCAAAGAUUCUGAUAAUUACACUUGCCAAGUUACCAAUGAUGCUGGGAAGGUGACGUGCAGCGCUGUCUUGUUUGUAAAAGAACCUCCAAAGUUUGUGAAGAAGCUUGAGUCUUCAAAAAUUUCACAGAAGGGAAGUCCUGUGUUUUUGGAAUGCAAUGUAACUGGCAGCCCUACAAUCAAAAUUAAGUGGUUCAAGAAUGAGACUGAAAUUCAUUCUGGUAAUAAGUACAAAAUGGAUUUCACAGACUCUGUAGCUACUUUGGAGAUUUCAGCAAGCGUUGUUGAUGAUAGUGGGGAAUACAUUUGUGAGGCAUCAAGUGAAGCAGGCAUUGACCGGUGCAAAAGUUUGGUUUCAAUCAAAGAACCGCCAAACUUCACAAAAGUUAUUGAAUCCAAGGAAGUUGUGAAAGGAUCUGAUGUUGUUUUGGAGGGGAAUAUUUCUGGCUCACCUCAAUUUGAAAUUUCAUGGUUUAAGGAUUCUAUGCCAAUCAGUAAUGACAGAAAACACCAGAUGAGUUUUCAGAAUGAUACAGUUUACCUCAAGAUUCUGAAAUGUGAAGCAGGAGAUUUUGGAAAAUACCAGUGCAUAGUAGCAAAUGAAGUUGGAAAAUCUUCCUCUGAUUGUGAAAUGACAAUGAAAGAACCACCGUCGUUUGUACAGAAGAUAGAGAAUGCAAGUUGCCUUGUUGGCAAGGAAAUGACAAUGCUUUGCAUACUAAAAGGAUCAGUACCAAUUACUGUGUCAUGGGUAAAAGAUGAUUAUGAGGUUAAAGAUGAUGAAAAUAUAACAAUGUCAUAUGAGAACAGAACUGCAAGACUGCAUAUAACAAACAUUCAGAUAAAACAUAGUGGAAAGUACACUUGUCAGGCAAAGAACGAAGCUGGAAGUCAGAAAUGCUCUGCUUCAUUGGAAGUUAAAGAACCAGCAAACAUUAUUGAAAAAGCCAAGUCAAUUAGUGUUACUGCUGGGGAUCCUGCCACACUGGAAUGCAGGUUCUCAGGAACCAAAGUUUUGAAAACCAAGUGGCUGAAAGAUGGAAAGGAGCUCAUAUCAGGCCAGAAAUAUAAAGUGCACAGCACCAACAAGAGCUCCACUUUAAGGAUUCUAGCUACAGAUAAGAGUGACAGUGGAGAAUACUCUUUUGAGGUCUCCAAUGAUGUUGGUAGCAGCACAUGUGAAGCUGUUAUUACUGUUCUAGAUCAAAUAAUCAAACCAACUUUCACAAGGAAGUUGAAACAGAUGGACAGCAUCAAAGGAUCAUUUGCCCACCUAGAGUGUCUUAUUUCUGGCUCCCUGCCCAUAACUGUGCGCUGGUACAAAGACAAUAAGGAGAUAGUGGCAGAUGAAAAACACAAAUGCUCAUUUUUUGAAAAUACAGCAUUUUUGGAAAUCGCCAAUCUUUCUAGUUCGGACAGUGGCAGCUAUACCUGCAUUGCUGAAAACAAAGCAGGAAGUGACCAGUGCUCUGGUGCAUUACUUGUGAAAGAACCACCAACAAUAUUAGAAAGGCCAGAAUCAAUGGAUGUCUUGCCUGGAUCAAGAGUAAAAUUAAGUGUACUGAUAAGUGGUACUCCACCACUGAAUAUCAAGUGGUUUAAAGACAACAAGGAGAUUGUAUCCAGCACUGACUGCUUGAUUCAGAAGGAUAACAUUUCAAGUUCACUGGAACUCUUUUUUGCCAAGGCCUCAGACUCUGGAGAUUACUCCUGUGAGAUCACUAAUGAUGUUGGCUCUGAGGCCUGCAGAACAAGGCUAUUUGUGAAAGAACCUCCAAAAUUCAUUCGGAAGCCUGAGAAAGUAGCAGUGGUGAAACAAGGACAAAAUAAGAAAUUUGAAUGCCAGGUUGUUGGAACUCCUGAAAUUGAUAUCUAUUGGUUCAGAGAUGGGAAUGAAAUCAGUCCCAGUGACAAAUACAAGAUUUCCUUUGCUAAUUCCAUGGCGAGCUUGGAAGUACUUGGUGCUGAUACUAAAGAUACUGGAGUGUAUUACUGUGAGGCACGCAAUGAUGCUGGUAGUGAGAGCUGCAGCAUGGAAUUGAAAGUGAAAGAGCCCCCAGCCUUUGUAAAGGAAUUGACACCCCUUGAAGUUGUAAAUGGUUCUGAUGCACUAUUUGAAUGCCAAGUUACUGGUACUGCUCCAUUUGAAAUAACUUGGCUCAAGGAUGCAAAAGAAAUCAAGUCCAGUAAAAGACACAAAGUUUCAUGGAAUAAUGAUAUUUUAAGUCUACAAAUAUUGAAAUGUGAGGAUUUAGAUGUUGGCGAAUAUCAGUGCACUGUUGCAAAUGAGGUUGGAAGUUGCUUUUGCAGGACUAUGCUCCGUAUGAAAGAGCCACCAUCAUUUGUAAAGAAGAUCCAAAAUGUUGCCACUGUGUUGGGAAAAGCGGCUGAAUUUCAAUGUGUUGUGAAGGGGUCGCCACCCCUUACUGUUCAAUGGCAGAAAGAUGAAGAAUGGAUCAUGGAGGAUGCUAAAAUUGAAAGGACUUUUGAUGGCAAUAUGGCUUCUUUGAGAAUUGCAGUCUCUGAGUCCUGUCACACUGGGAGGUAUACCUGUCAGGUCACGAAUGAGGCUGGGCAGGAGAAGAGCUUUGCAACUCUACUGGUGCAAGAGCCAGCUCAAAUUAUUGAGAAGUCUGAAAAAAUAAAUGUAACUGCUGGUGAUCCAGUCAAUAUGGAGGUCAAAGUGUCAGGCACUCCUGAACUCAAAGUCAAGUGGCUAAGAAAUGGAAAAGAGCUUGUGUCCAGCAGACAGCACAAACUCAGCUUUGUGAAUCAUUUGAGUUGUCUUAAGAUUCAGUCUGCACAAAUGAAUGAUGGUGGGGACUACACUUUUGAGGUUACCAAUGAUAUUGGAGUCUCCAGUUGCAAGAUUACAUUAGUUGUCGUAGAACAAAUUAUUGCUCCAUCCUUCCUCAAACCAUUGAUUGAAAUGCGGGAGGUUCUGGGAUCUUUUGUACGACUUGAAAGCAAAGUUUCUGGUUCUCUUCCAAUGUCUGUGGAAUGGAAAAAAGAUGGAAAUGUCAUUACUGGAAAAACAAAGCCUAAGCUUAUACAGGAAGAAAACUCUGUAGCAUUGGAGAUUGAGCAUUUGGAAAAAACGGAUGCUGGGACAUACACUUGUAAACUAUCAAACAAAGCAGGAAGUUGUGAGUGCAGUGCUGCACUGAUGGUAAAAGAGCCUCCAAGCUUUGUGUCCGAACCAGAAUCCCAGGCUGUUCUUCCUAAUUCAACUGCACGUUUUAAAUGCACUUUAAAAGGAACACCCCCUUUUAUUGUGAAGUGGUUCAAAGAAGAUACAGAAUUGGUAACCGGACCAUCAUGUUUUACUGGAAUGGAAGGAUCAUCAUGCUUUUUAGAUCUUUAUUCUUGUGGAACUUCUCAAAGUGGAAUUUAUUUUUGCCAAGUUAGCAAUGAUGCUGGUACUGCAAGAUGUACUGCCAAUUUAUUGGUUAAAGAACCUCCUGAAUUUGUGCUGAAACUGCCGCCCACAAAGUUUGUGAAGCGGUCUGAGCCACUACGGCUUGAGUGCAAAGUAACUGGAACACCUCCACUUCAAAUGUCUUGGUACAAAAAUGACAAUAAGCUCACGGAAAGUGACAACUACAGGAUGUCAUUUGUGGACUCACUGGUAGUUCUUGAUGUUCGCACCACAAGAUGUGAAGACAGUGGUGUCUACACCUGUGAAGCUCAAAAUGAUGCUGGAAGAAUCAGCUGUAGUACCACACUUGCAGUCAAAGAACCACCAUCUUUCAUCAAAGCACCUGAAACUGUGGAGGGACUGAGAGGCAAGGACAUCAGUAUUAAUUGCGAGUUAUCUGGUACCCCACCAUUUGAGAUAACUUGGUACAAAGACAACAAGCCUCUAAAGGAAAGCAGAAAGUACAAGUUUGUGCAGGAGGGUGGCUCUGCUACUCUUCAUAUUCUCAGUUUGGAUGCCACUGAUCCUAGUGAAUACCAGUGCAAAGCAUCGAACCAAGUAGGAAGUGAUUCACGCUCUAGCACAGUUAAACUCAGAGAGCCACCUGCCUUUGUGAAGAAACUGGACAAUUUGACAGCAAUUUCUGGUGAAGAAGUAACUUUGACUGCAGCUGUCAAAGGCUCCCAACCAAUUUCUGUGUCUUGGGUGCAAGACAAAGAUCAUGUCCUCAGAGAUGGUGAUAAUCGAAAAAUUACCUUUGAGAACAACCAGGUCACUUUGAGAAUCUUCAAAGCUGAUGCAACAUCCCCUGGCAAAUACACUUGCCAACUUAAAAAUGAUGCUGGUGUGGUGGAGUCCAUUGCUCAUUUAACUAUCCUAGAGCCUGCUUCAAUUGUGGAUAAACCUGAGUCCUUCAGUGUCACUGCAGGUGAUACUGCUGCGUUUGAAUGCACAGUUGCUGGAACACCAGAGCUGAAGCCAAAAUGGUUCAAAGAUGGCGUAGAGUUGUCUUCUGGCCAAAAGUACAAGAUUACUUUCUCUAAAAUGAUUUCCAGCCUGAAGGUUCUGUCAGCAGAGAAACGUGACACUGGCGAAUACACUUUUGAGAUUAAAAAUGAGGUUGGCAAAGAUAUCUGUAAAAUGAACCUCACUGUCCAAGAUAAAAUCAUACCUCCCACGUUUACACGGAAAUUGAAGGACACUCAAGCAAUUGUGGAUAAACCUGUUGAGAUGGAUUGCAAAGUUUCAGGUUCUGCUCCUUUCACUAUCUCGUGGUAUCAUGAUGGACAAGAGAUCAGAAGUGGACCAAACCAUGAAAUUUCAUUUACUGACAACACCUGCACCUUGAAAGUACCCACUCUAAAGCUUACAGACUCUGGGACAUACAAAUGCAAAGCUGUAAAUGAAGCUGGAGGCAAUGAGACCAGUGCUUCUUUAAUGGUGAAAGAACCUCCAUCUUUCAUCACACAACCGCAACCUGUGAAAGCUCUACCUGGUACAAAUGUUGUUUUUUCUGCAACGGUCAAGGGAAGUGCUCCACUUAAACUGAAAUGGUUCAGAGGCAGUACAGAAAUAAUUUCUGGACAGGGCUGUGAAAUUUCUUUACAGGGUAGUACUGCAUCUCUGGAACUGUACAAUAUUAACAAAUCUCAUGCUGGAGAGUACACAUGCCAGAUCAUUAAUGAUGCUGGAAAGGAAAAUUGUCCUGUCAAUCUGUUUGUGAAAGAACCUGCACACUUUGUGAAGAAACUGAGAGACUAUGCUGUUGAAAAAGGAAAAUUAUUGUUGCUUGAAUGCACAUAUUCUGGAAGUCCAGAAAUACUUGUGAAGUGGCUCAAGGAUGGCCAUGAACUGUUUUCUUCUUAUAAAUACAAUAUCACAACCACAGAGAAUUCCUGCAUAUUGGAGUGUCUUCACAGUGACAAAGAUGAUUGUGGAAAAUACUCUUGUGAAGUUUCCAAUGCAGCUGGAAGUGAUACCUGUCAUGCUCAAGUAUCCAUUUUAGAACCACCGCACUUUAUUGAAAGCUUGGAACAAAUGGAAGUAACAGCAGGGGAUUCACUUUGUCUGAAAUGUCUAAUUGGAGGCACUCCAGAAAUAAAAGUGUCCUGGUUUAAGGCUGAUGGUAAACUACGAUCCAGCGGUACAUGCAAAAUGGAAUACAUCAAAGGCACAGCCUGUCUGAAAUUAAGCAAAGUUACCAAAACUGAUGCUGGUGAAUACACAUGUAAAGCUGAGAACAGCAUAGGAUCAGCCUCCAUAAGCUGUCGCAUUAUGGUGCAAGAUGCCAAAACACCACCAUCCUUCACAAAGAAAAUAACAAGUCUCCAGCAAACCAAAGGACAACCUGUUAUAUUUGAGUGCCGUGUUGCAGGGUCCUCACCUGUGGAAGUGUCUUGGCUUAAAGAUGGUGAAACUUUGAAAUAUGAUGAUGAAUAUUCAAUGUCUUUUGAUGACAAUUCUGCUGUUCUAAAAAUUUCCAGAGGUGAAACAAGACACUCAGGGGAAUACACUUGUGUAGCUACUAACAGUGUUGGGACAGCUUCCUGUCGAGCUAAGCUCACACUUCAAGAGCCAAAAUAUCCUCCUGUUUUUGAUAAAAAGCUGUUACCCUUGGAGGUUUCAGUGGGAGACAGUGUGGAACUUGAAUGCCACAUGACUGGAACUUUACCGAUAAAAGUUACAUGGUCUAAAGAUCACAAGGAUAUUCGCUCAGCCGGAAAUUAUAAAAUCUCCUGUGUGGAUAAUACCCCACGUCUGACCAUUUUGAAAGCCGAUAAAGCGGACUCUGGCCAGUAUUCUUGCCAUGCUAGCAAUGAAGUUGGGAAGGACUCUUGUACCACUGAAGUUUCUGUGAAAGAGCGCAAAGUCCCACCCACAUUCACCAAAAAGCCUUCUGAAACCAUUGAAGACUCAGAGGGGAAGUUGGUGAAGCUUGAGGCACGCCUCUCUGGAUCCCAGCCCAUGAGUGUCAGCUGGUUCAAAGAUAACAGUGAAGUCUACAGUUCUGACAAUUAUGAAACAUCCUUCAAGAGUAAUCUGGCUGUGCUGGUCAUCAAGAAGGCCAACCUCUCUGACCAUGGAAUGUACACUUGCAAGGCUUCCAAUGAAGCUGGGGCUACCUCCUGUCACUCAUCAGUAGUCAUCACAGAGCGCAAGGCACCACCAUUCUUUGAUGAUCCUCUCAAACCAGUGACUGUAAAUGAAGGCGAGAAGCUACACCUGUCCUGCCAUGUUCAUGGAUCUCCACCACUGAAGAUCCAGUGGAUGAAGGACAGGAAAGACAUUAAAUCUUCUGCUCAGACCAGGAUUACCUUUAUGGAUGGCACUGCUACUUUGGAAAUCUCCUCUGCUUCUAAAACAGAUACUGGUGACUAUCUUUGCAAAGCUACCAAUGACACUGGAAGUGAAUUCUGCAAAUCCAGAGUGACCAUCAAAGAAAAAGGGAGAGGGGCACCAGCAGCCACUGAAGCAGCCCCAGCAGCUGCCAAACCUGCCAAGAAAUUGGACAACCUGUUCUUUAUUGAAGAGCCCAAGAGUGUCCAGGUUUCAGAGAAGAGCACUGCAACUUUCAUUGCCAAAGUUGGGGGCGAUCCCAUUCCCAAUGUGAAAUGGAUGAAGGGCAAGUGGAGGCAGAUGACUCAUGGUGGCCGAAUCUCAAUUGAGCAGAAGGGACAGGAUGCUAAACUGGAGAUCAGAGACGUGACCAAAACUGACUCAGGGCAAUAUAGAUGUAUUGCAUCAAAUAAGCAUGGGGAAAUUGAAUGUAGCACUGACUUGAAUGUAAGUGAAAAGAAAGAAGUUGCAGCGCUUGAGGGAGACCUCAGAGCUAAACUAAAAAAGACUCCAUCCAAACAGAAGAGCCCAGAACAAGAACAAGAAAUUAACAUUGUGGAGUUACUGAGGAAUGUGGAUCCUAAAGAGUAUGAGAAAUAUGCACGCAUGUAUGGAAUCACAGACUUCCGUGGACUUCUUCAGGCUAUUGAGUUCCUGAAGAAGGAGAAAGCAGAUGAAACUGGAAGACCGGAACUGGGAGAACAUGGGAGAAGAGAAUCUGAUGAGGAUUUAGACAAACUUGUGUCAGACUUGCAAAAGAGGAUGGAACAAACUGAGCCAAUAACUCUGGUUAAAGACAUCAGAGAUCAAACUACUGUCAGAAACGAGGAGGCAGUAUUUGAGUGCGAGAUCAAGAUCAACUACCCUGAAAUCAGUUUGUCAUGGUACAAGGGAACACAGAAGCUUGAUGACAAUGACAAGUAUGAAAUCAGAAUUGUUGGUGAUCGUCACCUGCUGAAGAUUAAGCGCUGUCAGCCCGGAGACCAGGGAAAUUACCGUGUCGUCUGUGGCCCACACAUUUCCAGUGCCAAACUGACAGUUGUUGAAAGAGAAGUGGAAGAGUCUCUGAAGCCUGCUGCUGCACCAAUCCAUUUCACAAAGCAUAUCCACAACAUUGUGGUGAAUGAACGGCAGUCUGCCACCUUCGAAUGCGAGGUGUCAUUCGACAAUGCAAUCAUUACGUGGUACAAAGACACAUGGGAACUUCAAGAAAGUCCAAAGUACAAGUUUAGGAGUGAAGGCCGACGUCACUUUAUGACCAUCUGCAAUGUCACUUCAGACGAUGAAGGCGUGUACUCUGUGAUUGUACGUUUGGAACCAAGGGGUGAAGUCAAAAGCACUGCGGAACUUUAUUUAUCAGGCAAAGAAAUUGAUUUAGGAAGGGCUCUUUAUGAUGUCCCUGAUUCAUCCAUACAAAGGCCCGAUUUACCAUCUGUAAUUACUGCUAAAGCUGAGACUUCUCCAGAGUAUGAUUAUUAUGAAGAAAAGAAAGAAACAAGAGAGUUUCAAAGUUGGAGCAUUCGGGAAGCAGGAGUUAUACAAGAAAUGGGUAUAGAAGAAAUGGGAGCUCCGAGGAUGCCUGUUGAUGAAACUGUCUCCAGAACUACUACAGGAAUGAGAGAGGAAGUGCCAACUGAAGUUCCUGAAGCUUACAAGAAGCCUGAACGAGAGCCGAUUCCCUCAGCUGAGGUGCCUGAUUCAACCAAAGUACCUGGAGCGAGGAAACCUGUGGAAGAAAUGAUCACCCCAGCAAGUGUGCCUGAAGGCAAAGAUCGUCUUUUUCCAAAAGAAUAUGAAGAGGCUAAGAAGCUUGUUCCUCAACCAGCUCCUCCUCCUGGUGCUCCUACCAAAGAUCAGGUUACUCCUAAAAAAGACAUACCUGAACACAUAGUAGAAGUGGCUCCUCCUAAGCCGCACAUAACACCUGGACUUAAAGAGGUACCUGCCAAGGUUGAACCUGAACCAGAGCCUGCAACAAGAAAGAAAGCCGGAGCACUCCCACCCAAAGUUCCCGAAGAGCCAAAGAAACCAGUGCCACCAAAAGCAGAACUACCUAAAAAAGUAGAGCCAAUUCCAGCUGCUCCAAAGGAGGCUGUUCCAGAGAAAGUUCCCGAAGAGCCAAAGAAACCAGUGCCACCAAAAGCAGAACUACCUAAAAAAGUAGAGCAAAUUCCAGCUGCUCCAAAGGAGGCUGUUCCAGAGAAAGUUCCCGAAGAGCCAAAGAAACCAGUGCCACCAAAAGCAGAACUACCUAAAAAAGUAGAGCAAAUUCCAGCUGCUCCAAAGGAGGCUGUUCCAGAGAAAGUUCCUGAUGAGACAAAGAAACCAGUGCCACCAAAAGCAGAGCUACCUAAAAAAGUUGCUCCAAAGGAGGCUGUUCAAGAGAAAGUUCCCGAAGAGCGAAAGAAACCAGUGCCACCAAAAGCAGAGCUACCUAAAAAAGUAGAGCCAAUUCCAGCUGCUCCAAAGGAGGUUGUUCAAGAGAAAGCAGAGAAGAAACCCUCACCAGGAGCACCAGAACCAGGUGCUAAGGAACUGUCCACUGUUGAAGAUGAAGCCGAGGGUCCAGUAACAGCACCUGGAGUAGCCAAGAAAGACAAAACAAGUGCAACACCAAGAGAGGCUCUUAAGCAAAAAGGUAAAAUUCAUGUUGUGGAGGAAGGGAAAUUUGAGAUACCAUCCUUGAAGAAAGUGACAAGAAUAUCAAAGGAAAGGGAUGAGGAACAGGACAUUGUUACACUAAAAAAGGUGUCAAAGGUCUCCUCUCAAGAAUUUCAAACAGAACCAGAUUUGGCUCUUGGGAAAGAUACAAGGGCAGCAAGAAUGUCUGAGACAAAAGAAAUGAUUUGUGAUGAAGCUGCAACGGAGUUCAUAGCAACCAAAAGCUAUGAAGUUGAGGAAGAGAUUCAGACAUUUAAGAUGAUCAAAAGAGAAGAAAUAAAGCAGAAAGCUGAAGACGAUAUAGCCAUUGAUCAGGUACAGUUGAAAAAGCCUUGGGAAAUUCCUGGAAAGGAUGCUGCUGAGAAACCAAAGUUAACUCUGAAGAAAAUCCACACUGAUGAAAAAGAAUUAGAAAAGGUUGGUAUAAAGAAAACUCCCAAGGUUCCUGAAGAGGAAGCACCCAAAGAAUCUACUUCAGCCCUGAAGAAAGUGUCAAAACUUAAAACAGAGGGGCAAGACAAAGAAACUGUGAAAUUGAAACCAUUUGAACGAACAGCCAAACCAGGGACUGUAGAAUCAGAAAAAGAGAUACAACCAGAUAAAACAAAGAAGGAACCCUUUACAUUCAAGAGAAGUGAUAAACCACAAAAAGAUGAAGCAAUAAAAGAGCCUGUUCCUGCAGGAAAAAAAGCAGAAAGAAUUCCCUCAGAUGAAGAAGAAGCAGUGAUCCUGAAGCCAUUUGAUAAAGGUCCUAAAGAUGAAAAAGCCAAGGAACCUGGGAAACCUUUGGCAAAAGUCAAAAGCAUUCCAACACAGGAUCAGGAAAAGGAAAAAGUAGAAUUGAAGCCAUUUAGAAAGGUGGAACCUGAGAAGAUUAAGAAGACAGAAUCACCCCUUGAAAAAGAAGGGAAGCCAGCUCCUCCUAAGGCAGUCCCUGUGAAGAAAAGAAUAGAAAGUCCAAAGCUGGAGGAAAAGCCAGUGCCACUUCAGAAGGUAAGACGCUCACCAAAAGAGCCUGUGGAAACAGACAAAGGAAUACCUCUGAAACCUGUGGAACUCACUAAAAAAGGCCUGGAACCAAAAAAGACUCCUUCACCAAAGGUUGAGAAACCACAGCCAAAAGUAGUUGAGUCAGUUCCUAUAGACAGGAAGCCCAGUGGUGACACCACUAAAAAACUACCUCCAACGGUUUCCCAGAAAGAUUCCAUUGAAUCUGUUACAUUAAAAAAGGUUCCAAAGAAAGUAUCACCACCAGAGGAAACGAUUCCUCAAGAGGUUGCCCUGAAAAUUGGGAAAGGAAAGGUCCCAGGAAUAAAGGAACUGUCUCCUGGAUCUGUGCAACUAAGGAAAGUUCCAACACAGCUGGAGGAGGAAGUCUUUGAAGAACAACCUGAGGUUGAGGAGGAGGAAGAUGGGGAAACUUGGGGGUGGGAACUGGCUCCUCGUGAAAGUUAUGGUUCACCAGAAGAAUGCGAAGAUGCAGCCUCAGAAGAAGGGGCACUUGAGACUCCAGGAAUGAGGGGGGACAGACGAGAUGGAAAACCCCGAGACGAACAAGGCAUAGGAAGAGGCAGAGGCUUAAAACCAAAACAAACCCCCUCCCCUGGUGAUGGUGACAAGAGAAAAGGUUUGAAGCCUGGUGCAGGAGGUGACAAACCCCCAGGGGAUUCACCAUUUGGAUUCCAGCUCAAGGCUGUGCCACUGAAGUUUGUGAAAGAGCUAAAAGACAUUGUGUUACAGGAAGCUGAGUCAAUUGGCUCCUCAGCUGUUUUUGAGUGUCAGAUCUCACCCUCUACUGCUAUCACCACAUGGAUGAAGGAUGGAAGCAACUUGAGGGAGAGCCCCAAACACAAAUUUACUUCAGAUGGCAAGGAUCGUAAGCUGGCAAUUAUUGAUGUCCAGCUCUCUGACACUGGAGAAUACACGUGUGUUGGCAAGCUUGGCAAUAAAGAAAAAACAUCUGUUGCCAAACUCAUUGUUGAAGAACUACCUGUCAGAUUCACAAAAACCCUGGAAGAUGAGAUUACUGUAAUCAAGGGACAACCUAUGUACUUGACCUGUGAGUUGAGCAAAGACAGAGAGGUGGUAUGGAAGAAGAAUGGUAAGCCUCUCAAGAACAUCGCAGGCAAGCUGGCGAUCAAUGAAAUUGGACUGGCACGUGCUGUAACAAUCCAGGAUGCUGGUGAUGAUGAUUCUGGCGUUUACACAUGCGUGUGUGAAAACAUCAAGACUGAAGGAGCUGUCAAAGUCAUUGAAAUCAUUAGAGAUUGGUUGGCGAAACCAUUAAGGGACCAGCAUGUGAAACCCAAGGCCACUGCUACCUUCAAAUGUGAACUGUUUAAGGACACUCCAAACUGGAAAUGGUUUAAAGGAGAUAAGGAGAUUCCUAGUGAACCUACCAAUAAGACAGAAGUAAAGAAGGACGGGAAGGAUCUCAUUCUGACCAUUAAAAAUGCUGCUCCAGACGAUGUUGGGGAAUAUGCUGUGGAGGUUGAAGGCCGCAGAUACCCAGCAAAGCUAACUCUUGGAGAACGUGAAGCCGAGAUCUUGAAGCCCCUCUCUAGCGUGGAGGUCUAUGAGAAAGAGAGUGCCAGCUUUGAUACAGAAAUUUCUGAAGAGGAUGUUCCUGGAGAAUGGAAACUUAAAGGGCAGAUUUUGACUAGAUCACCAACCUGUGAUAUCAAAGCAGAGGGCAAGAAGCGUUUCCUUACUCUUAAAAAUCUUCAAGUUGACCAGUCUGGUGAAGUCUCUUACCAAGCUCUGAAUGCAGUAACAACUGCACUUCUCACCGUCAAAGAAAUUGAAAUGGACUUUACUGUCCCAUUAAAGGACGUGACAGUGCUUGAAAAGAAGCAGGCUAAGUUUGAGUGCACUAUUACACGAGAUGUACCCAAAGUAAUAUGGACAAAGGGAUCUGAAAUUAUUACAUCUGGAAAGAAGUAUGAGAUCAUUGAUGAUGGGAAGAAACAUAUGCUGAUCAUCAAUAAUUCUGACUUUGAUGAUGAGGGACAUUAUGCUAUUGAAGCCUUGGGCAAAAAGUCAAUAGCCAAACUUACAGUGCAAGGUAUCAGGCUCAGCUUCAUCACACCUUUAAUGGACCAAACUGUGAAGGAAGGUAAAACGGCUCAGUUUGAGGUUGAGCUUUCUCAUGACAAUGUACCGGUGACAUGGUACAGAAAUGAAACAAAAAUUCAUCCAAGCCGAACUGUACUUACUCAUGUUGAUGGAAAGAAACAUAUAUUAGAAAUCCAAGAAGUCACUCUAGAUGACACCUGCCAAAUUAAGGCAGAGGCUAAAGGAAAAUCUACAGUUGCUAAGCUGAUGGUGAUAGAGGGAGAUGCGUACUUCACAGUUAAGUUGCAAGACUAUACUGCAGUUGAGAAAGAUGAUGUCAUUCUGGACUGUGAGUUGAGCAGGGAUGUGCCAGUGAAGUGGUACCAUAAUGACACCGAAAUCAAAGCUUCUAAGAUGGUCACUAUGAAGGCUGAAGGCAAACGUAGAAUCCUUACUAUUAAGAGAGUGGCAGACAAAGAUAAGGGUUUAUACAAGUGCGACUGUGGAACAGACAAGACAAUGGCAAAUAUUACCAUUGAGGCUCGUGAUAUCAAGGUGGUCCGCCCCAUGUAUGGUGUGGAGCUCUUUGAUGGAGAGACAGCUCGAUUUGAGGUGGAAAUCUCUGAGCCUGAUGUCCACGGCCAAUGGAAACUGAAGGGAGAAGUCCUGACACCUUCUCCUGAUAUUGAAAUUAUUGAAGACGGCCCCAAGCAUGUCUUAACAUUAUACAACUGCAAGAUCCCCCAGUCAGGAGAAGUGGUAUUCCAGGCUGCCAAUGCCAAGUGUGCAGCCAAUCUAAAAGUGAAAGAGCUCCCACUCACCUUCAUAACCCCUCUGUCUGAUGUGAAAGUAUAUGAGAAGGAUGAGGCGAGAUUUGAGUGUGAAGUGUCUCGGGAAGCCAAGUCCUUCCGCUGGCUUAAAGGAACACAGGAGGUGAAAACUGAUGAGAAGUUUGAAAUUCACCAUGAGGGAAAGAGGCAUACUCUGGUGGUGAAAUAUGCUGCAUAUGAAGAUGAAGCAAAGUAUAUGUUUGAGGCUGAGGACAAGAGAACCACUGGCAAACUGAUUAUUCAAGGAAUUCGCCUUGAGUUUAUCAAGCCCAUUAGAGAUGUGACAGUCAAAGAGCGUGAGACUGCAGAGUUCAGUGUUGAACUGUCUCAUGAGAAGGUCCCAGUCACCUGGUACAAAAAUGAUGUUCGUCUCCACCCAAGCAAAGUGGUGCACAUGUCAGAGGAUGGCAAGACCCACACCCUGGCCUUCAAAGAGGUGUCCAUUGAUGACACUUCCAUGAUUAAGGCAGAGGCAAUGGGAAAAAGCUCAGAGGCUAUGCUUACUGUCCUUGAGGGCGAGCCAUACUUCAUUACCAAAUUGCAGGAUUACACUGCUGUUGAGAAGGAUGAAGUUGUGCUAGUGUGUGAGCUAAGCAAGCCUGCUGCAGAAGUGAAAUGGUUCAAAGAUGGCAAGGAGAUCACCCCCUCAAAGAAUGUCUUGAUGAAAUCAGAUGGCAAGAAGCGUAUACUUAUUGUAAAGAAGGCAGAAAAGGGCAACAUUGGUGAAUACACCUGUGACUGCGGCUCUGACAAGACCACUGCUAAACUUAACAUCGAGGAACGUGAUAUCAAGAUCAUCCGUCCUCUGUACAGUGUAGAGGUGACAGAAACAGAAACUGCUCGCUUUGAGACAGAGAUCUCAGAGGAGGAUGUCCACGGUCACUGGAAGCUCAAAGGAGAGGCCCUUCGCCAGUCUCCUGACUGUGAAAUAAAGGAAGAAGGAACCAAACACUUUCUUAUCCUGUACAAUGUGAGGAUGGACCAGGCUGGCACUGUAGACUUCCAGGCUGCCAAUGCUAAAUCCAGCGCUCAGCUUAGAGUUAAAGCACGGGUGAUUGGCCUGCUGCGGCCACUCAGGGAUGUUACCGUUACUGCGGGGGAGACCGCCACCUUUGACUGCGAACUCUCCUAUGAAGGGAUUCAAGUGGAAUGGUUCCUUGGGAGCACAAAGCUGGAGCCAAGUGACAGAGUUGUCACUCGUGCAGAAGGCAGAGUUCACACACUGACUCUGAGAGAUGUCAAAAUGUCAGAGGCUGGAGAAGUCAAACUGACAGCCAAAGACUUCAUCACCCAGGCUAAGCUCAUUGUGAAUGAACCACCAGUUGAGUUCACCAAACCUCUGGAGGAUCAAACUGUUGAGGAGGAGGCCACUGCCACCCUGGAGUGUGAAGUCUCCAGAGAAAAUGCUGAAGUUAAGUGGUUCAGGGAUGGACAGGAAAUCCGUAAAACUAAGAAGUAUGACAUUGUUGCUGAUGGCCGAAAGAGAAGACUCAUUAUUCAUGACUGUACACUUGACGAUUCAAAGACCUAUACCUGUGAUGCAAAAAAUUUCAAAACUUCUGCCUUCCUCACUGUUGAGCCUCCACAUGUUGAGUUCACAAAGCCGCUCCAUGAUGUUGAGGUUAAAGAGAAAGAAUCUGCCAAAUUUGAGUGUGAAGUUUCUCGUGAAAGUGCAAAGGUUCGCUGGUUCAAAGAUGGCAGUGAAAUCAGAAAGAGCAAGAAGUAUGAAAUCAUUGCUAAGGGUGUCCAGCGUAUUCUUAUAAUCCACAAGUCAGUCUUUGAUGAUGAAGCGGAAUAUGAAUGUGAUGCAAGGACCUCCAAAACCUCUGGCAUGCUUACUGUCAUUGAGGAAGAGGCUGUAUUUACAAAGAACCUGUCCAAUGUUGAGGGCACUGAAACUGACAGCAUUAAGAUGAUCUGCGAGGUGUCAAAACCCAGUGCAGAUGUCCUGUGGUACAAAGGUGACCAGGAGCUGCCUGAAGGUGGCAGAUACGAACAACGUGUGGAUGGCAAAAAGAGGAUACUUAUCAUCCAGGACCUUCGAAUGGAUGACAGAGGAGAGUAUAACUGCCGACUGCCCACCUCAAGAACUUCAGCAACACUGAAGAUUAAUGAAUUAGCAGCUGAGUUUAUUUCGAGACCGCAAAGCCAGGAAGUUGUUGAAGGUGAAAAGGCAGAAUUUGUCUGCUCAGUCUCCAAGGACACGUAUGAAGUCAAAUGGCUUAGGGGGGACAAGGAGAUUGAAGCAGGAGACAAGUAUGACAUCAUCUCUGAUGGCAAGAGAAGAGUACUUGUUGUCAAGGACUGUAUGCUGAAGGAUGAAGGAGGAUAUGUUGCCCUCAUUGGCUCCACUAGGGCUUCUGCAGAUCUUCUUGUGAUUGAAAAACUCAGGAUUAUCAUACCUAUCAAAGACACUCAAGCAAUUGAAGGACAAGAGAUAGUCUUCAAUUGUGAGGCGAAUACUGAAGAAGCCAAAGCCAAGUGGUUGAGAAAUGAUGAGACAAUAUUUGAGAGUGCCAAGUUCAUUAUGGUCCAGAAGGACAAUGUAUACUCCCUGAGGAUAAAAGACACUCAGGUGUCAGAUGAUGCCAACUACACAAUUGCGUUGACAAAUCAGCGUGGUGAACAAGCCAAGAGCUCUGCCAAACUGACUGUAAAAGAGGAAGAUUUUAGGAUUAUUGAGCCUCUUGAAGAUUGUGAGACUCAGGAGAAGAGAACCAUUAGUUUCUCUUGCAAGGUGAACAGACUCAAUGCAACAGUGAAAUGGAUGAAGGGAGGCCAAGAACUUACUUUCAACAAGCGCAUCCUUUAUAAAGUUGACAAGCACAAGCACAUACUGACCAUCAAAGACUGCAGCCUUAAUGAUGAAGGCGAGUACACUGCCAUGGCUGGCUCCGACAAGUCCACAGCUGAGCUGAUCAUUAGUGAGGCGCCCACCGAUUUCUUAAUGGAGCUGCAGGACCAGACUAUCACUGAAUUUGAGGAUGCAGAGUUUGAGUGCGAGAUCUCUAAAGAAAAGGCUGAGGUCAAAUGGUACAAAGAUGGCCGCGAGAUUAGAGAAGGACCAAGAUAUCGCUUUGAAAAAGAUGGGAAGACCUGCAGACUCCACAUCAAGGAAUGCAGACCCGAUGAUGAAUGUGAAUAUGCCUGUGGUGUGGAUGAGAGGCGAUCAAGGGCCAGGCUCUUCGUAGAAGAAAUACCUGUAGAGAUUAUAAGACCCCACAGAGAUGUAUUUGAGCCCCCUGGUUCAGAUAUUGUAUUUGAAGUUGAGCUGAACAAAGACCGAGUUCAAGUAAAAUGGCUGAGGAACAACAUGAUGAUUGUCCAGGGUGACAAGUACCAGAUGAUGAGUGAGGGCAAGGUUCACCGUCUCCAGGUGUGUGAGAUCAGGCCUCGUGACCAGGGCGAGUAUAGAAUCAUUGCCAAGGACAAAGAUGCCAAAGCCAAGCUAGAACUUGCAGCUGUUCCUACAAUCAAGACUAUGGAUCAGAACCUGGAGACUGAUGUUGGAAAGCCCAUUGUUAUGAUGGUUCCCUAUGAUGCUUAUCCUCAAGCUGAGGCUGAAUGGUUUUUCAAUGGCAUUAGCCUGCCAAAGCAGAACUUCGACACAUCCUCUGACAGAACUGACUACAGGCUAAAGGACCCAAAGAAGUCUGACCAAGGCCGAUACAAGAUUGUCAUCAAGAACAAACAUGGAAAAGGAGAGGCAUCCAUCAACCUGGAUGUUAUUGAUGUUCCUGGGCCUGUGAAGAACCUGAAAGUUGUGGACACAGCUGAUGGGGAGGUCAGUCUUGCCUGGGAUGAGCCUGAGAGUGAUGGUGGGAGCAAAAUCAUUGGCUAUGCGGUGGAGAGGCGUGAUGUGAAGCGCAAGACAUGGACCCUGGCCACUGACCGUGUUGAUGGUACCGAGUACUGUGUGACGGGACUACAGAGGGACUCCAUGUACUUCUUCCGUGUAUGUGCUCGCAACAGGGUGGGCAGUGGACCCAAUGUGGAGACAGACAAACCUGUCCAAGCCAAGAACAGGUUUGAUGUUCCUGAAGCACCGCAGAAUGUUAAGGUUGAAAACGUGAAUAAAUUUGGGGCAACCAUCUCCUGGGAUCCCCCACUGUUUGAUGGUGGAUCUGAAAUCACUGCUUACAUCAUUGAGCUGCGAGACCGGACGUCGGUGAAGUGGGCACCAGUUAUGGUGACCAAACCUGAGGACCGCACGGCCGUAAUCAAUGAAGUUGCGGAGAACAAGGAAUACAUUUUCCGUGUUAGAGCUGAAAACAAGGCUGGAGUUGGAAAGCCAAGCGCAGCCACUAAUCCAGUCAAGAUCAUGGACCCCAUUGAGAGGCCAAGUCCACCAUUGAAUUUUAAAUACUCUGACCAGACAAGGGACUCUGUCCAGUUGACAUGGGACACCCCCUUGAAAGAUGGAGGCAGUAUGAUCACAGGCUACAUUAUUGAGAAAUGUGAAGAUGGCACAGAUAAGUGGCUCAGAUGUAAUGCCCGGCUCUGCCAGGACCUUUGCUACAAGGUGUAUGGCCUGAAACAUGGACAGAAGUACCACUAUAGAGUGUUUGCUGAGAAUGCAGCUGGAAUUUCAGACCCAGCUGACACAAUUGGGCCUCUCCUGGCAGAUGAUCCACAUUUUGCCCCUACUAUGGAUCUCAGUGCAUUCAAGGAUGGCCUGGAGGUGAUUGUCCCUCACCCCCUUACUAUUCGCAUUCCUAUUACUGGGUACCCCACACCCACGGUCAAGUGGAGUAUGGGAGGCACAGCAUUGACUCCUGGAGACCGUGUGUCUAUGACUACCAAGGCAACUUUCACAGAGCUAAUUAUCACUCCCAGUGUGCGCCCAGACAAGGGCAGGUACACAGUUCACCUGGAGAACGAUGUGACCGCAGUCUCAGGAGAGAUUGAUGUGAAUGUCAUCGCUUCCCCAAGUGCACCCAGAGACUUCAAAGCUGCAGAGGUUACAAGAAGACAUGUUCAUCUCAUGUGGGAGGCACCAGAACAUGAUGGUGGAAGCCCACUGACUGGCUACCAGAUUGAAAAGCGGGAUGUGUCUCGCAAGACCUGGGUCAAGGUCAUUUCUGGUGUACAAGACCUGGAGUAUACUGUCACAGAUGUAACUGAAGGCAAAGAGUACUUGUUCAGAGUUAUUGCCUGCAACAAGUGUGGCCCCGGAGAGCCUGCCUACCUUGAUGAACCAGUUAAUGUAUCUUCCCCAGCCACUGUGCCGGACCCACCUGAGAAUUUGAAAUGGAGAGACAAGUCUGCCAAUGGAAUCUUCCUAUCCUGGGAGCCUCCAAAGUAUGAUGGUGGUUCUGCAAUUAAGGGCUACAUUGUUGACAAGUGCCAGCGUGGCUCUGACAAAUGGGAGCCUUGUGGAGAGACUGUGCCUGAGCUAAAAUUCCAAGUGACUGGUCUCACAGAGGGCCAGUGGUAUGCCUACCGUGUUAGAGCCUUGAACAAACUGGGGGCUAGCAGACCUUGCAGGGCUACAGAUGAGAUUCUGGCUGUGGAUCCGAAAGUUCCUCCAGAGAUACUCUUAGAUGUGAAACUGCUCACUGGUUUGACUGCGAAGGCUGGGACCAAGAUUGAGCUGCCCGCUGAUGUAAUUGGAAAACCAGAGCCGAAAAUCACCUGGACUAAGGCUGAUCUUGUCCUUAAAAAAGAUGACAGAGUCUCCAUUGAAACCAAGCCGGGUCACUCUACAGUCACUAUAGCCAAGACAAAGAGAGAUGACACAGCUACCUAUAUCAUCGAGGCUGUAAACAGCAGUGGCCGAGCUACUGCAACAGUGGAUGUCAACAUUCUUGAUAAGCCUGGCCCUCCAGCUGCCUUUGACAUUUCUGAGAUCACCAACGAAUCCUGCUUACUGGCAUGGAACCCUCCCAGAGAUGAUGGUGGCUCAAAGGUCACUAAUUACAUUGUGGAGAGGAGGGCUACAGACAGUGAAGUCUGGCACAAACUCUCUUCUACUAUAAAGCCGACCACCUUCAAGGCCUGCAACUUGGUUGCUCAUAAAGAAUAUGUCUUCAGAGUGUUUGCUGAGAACCAGUAUGGCAUUGGUCCUUUUGCAGAACAUGUUCCAAUUGUGGCCCGUUACUCCUUUGACCCACCUGGUGCUCCAACUAAACUGGAGCCCUCAGAUAUUGCGAAGGACUCCUUGACCUUGACAUGGUAUGAGCCUGAUGAGGAUGGCGGCAGUCCUAUUACUGGGUACUGGGUGGAGAGGUUAGACCCAGACAGUGAUAAAUGGAUCAGAUGUAACAAGCUGCCCAUCAAGGACACCACAUUCAGAGUGAAAGGACUGCCCACAAAGAAGAAGUAUAAGUUCCGUGUCUUGGCUGAGAAUCUCGCUGGACCUGGAAAACCAAGCAAGGAGAGCAACCUGAUCUUGGUUAAGAAUCCAAUUGAUCCUCCUUGGCCUCCUGGGAAACCAACUGUCAAAGACGUUACUAAGACUUCUGCCUUCUUGCAAUGGACUAAGCCUGAGCACGAUGGCGGGGCCAAGAUCGAGUCCUAUGUAAUUGAAUUGCUGAAGAGUGGAACUGUAGACUGGGUCCGUGUGGCUGAUGGUGUGCCCAGGCUUGAGCACUUCCUGACGGGACUGAUGGAGAAGCAGGAGUAUUCCUUCCGUGUCAGAGCAGUCAAUAGUGCUGGAGAGAGUGAACCCAGUGAACCCAGUGAUCCUGUUCUCUGCAAGGAGAGACUCUAUCCCCCUUCACCUCCACGUUGGCUCACAGUGCUUAACGUCAGCAAAAACAGUGCUGACCUGAAAUGGACAGCCCCUGAGAAAGAUGGGGGAUCCCCCAUCACAAACUACAUUGUGGAGAAGAGAGAUGCAAGGCGCAAGGGCUGGCAGGCAGUGGACACCACUGUGAAGGAAACCAAUUACACAGUCACUCCACUAAAUGAGGGCUCUUUGUAUUUGUUCCGAAUUGCGGCUGAGAAUGCUGUCGGACAAAGUGAAUAUUGUGAAUUGGAGGACUCUGUACUGGCCAAAGACACUUUCACAACCCCUGGACCACCAUUUGCUCUGACUGUGGUAGAGGUGACAAAGACACAUGUUGACCUGAAAUGGGAAGCUCCUAAGAAUGAUGGUGGAAGACCUAUUAAAAGAUAUGUAAUUGAGAAGAAAGAAAAGCUGGGUACUCGCUGGGUGAAGUCAGCAAAGACAUCAGGACCAGACUGCAAAUAUAGAGUUACCGAUGUCAUUGAAGGAACUGAGGUUCAGUUCCAAGUUCGUGCUGAGAAUGAAGCUGGUGUUGGACAUCCAAGUGAACCAACAGACAUUCUGAAAAUUGAAGAUCCAACAGGUCCACCAUCUCCUCCUCUGGAGCUGCAUGUGACUGAUGCUAGCAGAGAUCACAUCUCCAUUGCAUGGAAACCACCAGAGAAUAAUGGCGGCAGUCCCAUCAUGGGCUACCACAUUGAGCUUUGUGAAGCCGGCACUGAAAAGUGGAUGAGAGUCAACUCACGCCCUGUAAAAGAGCUCAAAUACAAGGCAGAGGAAAGCAUCAUUCCAGAGAAAGAGUACAUCAUGAGAGUUCGUGCAGUGAAUGCUGUUGGUGUCAGCGAACCCUCUGAGAUUUCUGAAAAUGUCUUUGCAAAAGACUCGGAUUGCAACCCUACCCUUGAGCUACAGAGUCAAGAUGUUAUAGUGGUAGAGGGUGAGAAGUUGCAUCUCCCUGUUGUGUAUAGAGCUGUACCACAGCCAAAGGUAUCUUGGCACAAAGAUGGGAAGGAACUGAAGGCUGACAAUAGGCUAACCUUCAGGUCUGAAUAUCUUGCAACUCACUUGGAGGUUGCAAACUCCUUGCAUGCUGAUGCCGGCACAUAUACCAUAAACCUGGAGAACAAGCUUGGAUCAACCACUGGAACAAUUAAUGUUAAAGUUGUUGGUUUGCCUGGGCCAUGCAAGGAUAUUUCAGCCAGUGAAAUCACCAAGAAUUCCUGCAAGAUCUCAUGGGAGCCUCCAGAUAGUGAUGGUGGGAGCCCCAUUUUACACUAUUGUCUGCAGCGUAGAGAGGCUGGCAGGAGAACCUAUGUUGCUGUGAUGUCAGGAGAGAAUAAACUGAGCUGGCCUGUCAAAGACCUUAUACCAAAUGGAGAGUAUUACUUCCGUGUCAAAGCUGUGAACAAGAUAGGUGGUGGAGAGUUUAUAGAGCUCCGCAACCCUGUGAUUGCUGAGGAUCAGAAGCAGCGCCCAGAUCCACCCAUUGAUGUUGAAAUACACAAUCCUAGCUCAAACUCCAUGACAUUGACGUGGAAGCCUCCGUUGUAUGAUGGUGGAUCCAAAAUCAUGGGCUACAUUCUGGAGAAGAUGAAGAAGGGUGAUGACAAGUUUGAGAGAUGCAAUGAUUUUCUAGUGCCUGUUUUGUCUUACACUGUCAAAGGCCUGAUAACAGGCAAGGAAUAUCAGUUCCGUGUGCGUGCUGAAAACGCUGCUGGAGUUAGCGAUCCCUCCAGAAGCACACCCCUGAUCAAGGCUAUUGAUGCUGUUGAACAACCCAAGGUUUUCCUUAGCGGAAACCUGCAAUCCGGCUUGAUCGUCAAGAAAGGUGGGGAUAUUAGACUGGAUGCCUGCAUCUCUGGAUCUCCAUAUCCGACUGUCUCAUGGCUGAAGAAUAAUUGGACCAUUACGCCAGAGCCAAUGAAGAAGAGACCAGAGAAACCCAUUGUGAAGAAGAAGAAGGAUGGUCCUGAGGUGCCAGAGGUGCCUUCCUAUCCUUCCCUACAAGAGCGUCUUGCCAUUGAUCUUAGGAAGAAGGGAGAAUCAAGGUUAAUCGUACAGAACUCCAUUAGAGAUGACCAUGGUGUGUUUACCAUUAAAGUGGAGAAUGAUCAUGGAGUUGCAAGUGCAUCCUGUGAAGUCAUUGUGCUUGAUGUGCCUGGACCUCCGGUUAAUUUAGUCUUUGAAGACAUCAGAAGUAACUCUGUCCUUUGUAAGUGGAGUCCACCUCUGGAUGAUGGUGGCAGUGAAAUCCUGAACUACAUCGUGGAGCAAAAAGACAACUCCAAGGCUGAAAUUGGAUGGAUAAACGUGACUUCUACUCUGAGGGGAUGCAAAUACCCUGUGACAAAGCUAAUUGAAGGGAAAGAAUACCUCUUCCGUGUUGCAGCUGAAAACAAAUUUGGCAGAGGGACCCCGUGUGUAUCGGCUCCAGUUCUAGCAAAGAAUCCCUUUGAUCCUCCGGAGGCACCUGACAAGCCAGAAAUUGAGGACAUUACUGCUAAUAGUAUGCUUGUUACCUGGAAUGAACCAAAAGACAAUGGCAGUCCCAUUUUAGGCUACUGGAUCGAGCGACGUGAAAUCAACAGUACACACUGGGCCAGAGUAAACCGUAGUAUACAUAAGUCACGAGAAAUUAGAGUUGAAGGCCUUAUUGAAAGUUUGACUUAUAUAUUCAGGGUCUGUGCUGAAAACUUAGCUGGACCUGGAAAGUUCAGCGUACCAUCUGAUCCGAAGACUGCACAACAUCCGAUCUCACCACCUGGUCCACCAACUCCGAGGAUUGUUGAUACUACUCAGUUCUCCAUUGACGUGGCUUGGGAUCCACCUAAAGACAAUGGUGGUGGAGAUAUUCUGGGGUACCAUGUUGAUAAAGUUCUGGCGGGAACAAAAGAUUGGUCCCGCGCCACAGACAGGCUAUGGAAGGACCAAAAGUUUACCAUGUGUGGAGUAAGAGAGGGUGCAAAAUACAUUGUUCGUGUGAUAGCUGUCAAUGCAGCAGGGGAAGGACCACCUGGGUUGACUGAACCUGUAAUAGUCAGAGAACCUCAAGAGCCUGCAUUUGUGGAGCUUGACAUUUCUGUUAGGAAUGGUGUUACUAUCAUGGCUGGAGAAACACUAAAGUUGCCUGCACUUGUGAAGGGUAGACCUCCACCAUAUGUUGUGUGGACAAAGGAUGAUGGAAAACUUGACAAAGACAGAGUUGUUAUUGAAUCUGUUGACAAGAACAGUAUACUUACUAUUGAGAAAAUCACAAGAAAGGAUCCUGGCAAGUACCAAAUCACUGCAAAGAACAGCAGCGGUGCCAAAUCUGCUUGGACCAGAGUUGAAGUAAUGGAUGUUCCUGGGCCCGUGCUUGAGCUGAAGCCUGUCAUUGUCAACAGAAAGAUGAUUUUUUUGAACUGGUCUGAUCCUGAAGAUGAUGGUGGAAGUGCUAUCACUGGUUUCAUAAUUGAAAGAAAGGAUGCAAAGAUGCACACGUGGAGACAGCCAAUAGACACCCCUGCCUCCAAAUGCGAAAUUGUAGGUAUUGUUGGAGGACAGGAAUAUACAUUCCGUGUGAUUGCGAAGAACAAGUAUGGAUUGGGAACCCCAGUUGUGAUUGGCCCUAUUCUUGCAGUGGAUCCAAAAGGUCCACCAACUUCCCCAGAGAGAUUCGACUACAAUGAGAGGACUAAGUCAUCUGUAACUCUGUGCUGGAGACCUCCUCGUAAUGAUGGAGGAAGCCCCAUUUUGGGUUACUUUGUUGAGAAGAAGAGGAAAGAUGCACCAGCAUUUGAGCCUGCCAAUAAGGAGAUUUGCAAGGACCUCACGUUGACAGUGGAUAAACUUUCAGAACUUCAUAUGUAUGAAUUCCGCGUGAAGGCAGUGAAUGAGAUUGGGGAGAGUGAGCCUUCACUUCCACUAAAUGUUAUCAUUCAAGAUGAUGAAGUUGCCCCGACCUUGACAAUGUUGAGGCACUUCAGGGGAGAUACACUAAACAUCAAGAAAGGAGAACCCAUUGAAAUCCCUGCUGAGGUUACAGGGUUACCAUUUCCAAAAGUGGAAUGGUUUAAGGAUGAAGUUGUUAUUGAUAAACCAGCCAAGCCACUUUCGAUCCAGACCGAGAUGAUGAACAGAACAACAGCUAAAACCAGCCUUAAUGUCCCUGAAGGUGUCAGAAAAGACAGAGGGCUAUACACAGUUAUGGCCUCAAACCGUCUUGGAUCGGUUAAUCACUCAGUCACAGUGGAGGUGUUCGACCGCCCAACGCCACCAAAAAAUAUUGUGCUUUCUAACAUCAAAGCUGAAUCUUGUUACCUGACUUGGGACGCUCCUGUGGAUAAUGGAGGCAGUGAGAUCACAAAUUAUAUUAUUGACAAGCGAGAUGCCAAGAAGGAGGGCUCUGAUUGGGAGGAGCUUAAUAACAGCAUAAUUGAUAGGCGAUAUGGGGUUUGGACACUGGAAAAUGGUGGUACAUACCAAUUCAGAAUAAGAGCUGAGAACAGAUAUGGCAUCAGUGACAGCUGUGAAUCAGAAGUUGUCAAUAUCAAGGAUCCUUUCAGUCUCGCUGGUCCACCAGGGAAGCCAGUGGUUGCCAAGCACACUAAGGACUCCAUGCUUGUGACAUGGGAGCCUCCUCUUGACGAUGGAGGAUCCACAAUUACAGGCUACUGGCUUGAGAAGAAAGAGAAAGGGUCUGCUUACUGGGCUCGUGUGAACAGGACUCCCGUCUCAAAACGCGGUUUGAAAGGCUGGGAAUUCAGUGUGCCUCGUCUAAUUGAAGGUGUUGAAUACCAAUUCCGUGUAAUGGCCUGCAAUGCAGCUGGUGUUGGACCCCCGAGUGAACCAUCAGAUCCUGUAUUAGCUGUGGAACCUCUCUAUCCUCCUGGCAUGCCAUCAACCCCAGAAAUUGAUGAUGUAACUAAGGACAGUGUGACUCUUUCUUGGAAUCCUCCAGAGAACGACGGUGGCAGACCUAUUAAAGGCUAUAUCAUUGAAAAACAGGAUGAGGGCACAUCUGAAUGGUCAAGAGUGAAUGAACCAGACCAGCUGCAUCCAACCACCAAAUUCACUGUUCCGAAUCUCAGAGAACUGAAAAAGUACAGGUUCAGAGUUAUUGCAGUUAAUGAUAUUGGUGAAUCUGAGCCAAGUCCCAAAACAUAUGAUGUCCUUGUCAAGGAAAUUCAAGAGGAGCCAAAGAUCACUGUGGAUGUUAACGUACAAGACCUGCUGUUUUGCAAAGCUGGUUCCACAAUCAGAAUCCCUGCUACCGUCAAAGGACGCCCCAUUCCAAAAGUUACAUGGGAGUUUGAAGGAGGAGCAAAGACCGAAAUGAAAGAUCGUAUUCAUGUCCUCCCAGUUGACUCGGAAAUUCAGUCGGCUGAAACAACAUCAACAAUCACGAUCCCUGUGUGCAACAGAAGCCAUUCAGGGAGAUACACUAUCACAGCCAAAAACAAGGCUGGCCAGAAAUCUGCUAAUGUUAGAGUCAAUGUAUUUGAUGUGCCAGGGCCUCCCAAAGAAUUAAAAGUUACUGAUGUUACAAGAAGUACUUGCAGACUUAUAUGGAAACUUCCUGAUAAUGAUGGUGGUGAGAGAAUCAAGAGUUACUUCAUUGAGAAGAAGGCUGUGGGAGGGAAGGCCUGGACAAAGGUCAACCCUGCUUGUGCUAGUCAGGCUUUUGUUGUCCCUGACCUCCUUGAGGGACAGGAGUACCUGUUCCGUGUCCGUGCAGAGAAUCGCUUAGGAUUGGGACCACACGCAGAGACUACUGAAGGCGCUAAGGCUAGAGAUCCCAUCUAUCCCCCUGAUCCUCCCACAAAGGUCAAAAUUAAUCUUGUGACUAAGGACACAGUAACACUGACUUGGGUGCCACCUAAGAACAAUGGAGGGGCUCCUGUGACACACUACAUCAUUGAGCGCUUAAGCUGGGACACCAGUGGAAAGGAAAAGGAAACCUGGAAACAGUGCAAUAAGCGUGAUGUUGAGGAGACCACAUUCAAGGUUGAAGACCUAAAAGAGGGUGGAGAGUAUGAGUUCCGUGUCAAGGCUGUUAACGAGGCUGGUGCAAGCAGACCAUCUGCUACUGCUGGACCAAUCAUUGUAAAAGACCAGACAUGUGCACCUACUAUCGAACUCAAAGAGUUCAUGGAAGGAGUGGAAGGAACUGAUAUCAACAUUGUUGCUAAGGUUAAGGGCUGUCCAUUCCCUACCCUAACUUGGCAAAAGGCUUCACUUCAUAAGACUGAUGAUAAGCGUGAUGUUCAAUAUGAUCAACAUGUCAACAAGCUUGUGUCUGAUGAUAAAUGUACACUGCUGAUGCAACAGAGCAAGAGAGAAGAUACUGGUCUAUACACGCUCACUGCGAGUAACAGCCUUGGGAAGGCCUCCAAAGAGAUUAGACUCACAGUCCUGGGACGUCCUGGGCCACCAAUUGGACCCAUAAAGUUUGAGGAAAUCUUUGCUGAAAGAAUUACCCUCUCCUGGCAACCACCCAAAGAUGAUGGUGGUUCAGCAAUCACCAACUAUGUUGUUGAAAAACGGGAAGACAAUAGGAAGUCAUGGGUUCAUGUUUCUGAUGCACCAAAAGAGUGCCUGUAUACAGUCCAAAGACUGACAGAGGGCCAUGAAUAUGUGUUCCGUGUUAUGGCCCAAAAUAAAUAUGGAGUUGGCCCACCCCUCAACAGUGAACCUGAGAAAGCCAGAAAUCUUUUUACUGUCCCUGGCCAGUGUGACAAGCCAACUGUCACAGAUGUUACUCGGGACUCCAUGACAGUUCACUGGGAAGAGCCAGAAUAUGAUGGUGGAUCUAUGGUCACUGGCUACUGGUUAGAGCGCAAAGAGACAACAUCCAAGCGUUGGACGAGAGUGAACCGUGAUCCAAUCAGGAUUAUGCCCCUUGGUGUGUCCUUCAAUGUGACUGGUCUUAUUGAGGGAUCCCAAUACCAGUUCCGUGUGUCAGCCAUCAAUGCUGCAGGAUGUGGGCUUCCAAGUUUACCUUCAGAUCCUGUUACUGCUAGAGACCCCAUUGCACCACCUGGACCUCCUUUGCCUAAAGUAACUGACUGGACUAAGUCAACUGUUGAUUUGGACUGGAUUCCUCCACUAAAUGAUGGUGGGUCAAAGAUUACCGGAUACUUUGUAGAAUAUAAAGAAGAGGGAAAAGAAGAAUGGGAAAAAGCCAAAGAUAGAGAAAUAAGAGGCACUAAGUUUGUGGUUAGUGGACUGAAAGAGCUUGGACUUUACAGAUUUAGAGUCAGAGCAGUAAAUGCAGCAGGUGUGGGUGAACCUGGUGAAGUCUCUGAAGUGAUUCAAGUUAAGGACCGGACAAUUGCUCCUGAGGUGGACCUGGAUGCUUCUGUGAAGGAGAAGAUUGUUGUUCAUGCCGGCGGCGUGAUCCGGAUCUUAGCCUAUGUGUCCGGCAAGCCUGCACCCCAGAUCACAUGGAACAGAGAUGACGCUCCAAUUCCUGAAGAAGCUGUUGUUGAGACUACUGCCAUAAGUUCUGCUCUGGUGAUCAAGAAAUGUCAGCGAAAACAUCAAGGUAUAUAUACCUUGAGUGUUAAGAAUGAAGGUGGUGAAAGAAAGAAAAACAUCAUUGUUGAAGUACUGGAUGUCCCUGGCCCAGUUGGGAGACCCUUUACAGGCGAAAACCUCACUAAUGACUCAUGCAAGUUAAUAUGGUCCUCCCCUGAAGAUGAUGGUGGAUCAGCCAUCACAAACUACAUCAUUGAGAAGCGUGAAUCUGACCUCAGGGGAUGGACAGCUGUGUCCUACACUGUCACCAGACACAAUGCUGUUGUACAGGGUCUACUUGAUGGAAAAUCCUAUUUCUUCAGAAUUGCUGCUGAGAAUAUCAUUGGAAUGGGGCCAUUUAUUGAAACAACUUCCCCAGUGACUAUCAAGGAUCCUAUCUCUGUCCCUGAGCGCCCUGAGGAUCUGGAGGUCACAGCCAUUACAAAGGAUUCAGUCAGCGUGGUUUGGAGACCACCUAAGUAUGAUGGAGGCUCUGAAAUUACCUCAUAUGUUUUGGAAGCUCGUCAAAUUGGACAAGACCAUUUCACCCCUGUCACUAAGGACAAGCUUUUGGAAAGAAAAUACACUCACACUGGUCUUAAGGAGGGUUCCUGCUAUGAGUUCCGUGUUAGUGCUGUGAAUGUAGUGGGUCAAGGCAAACCUUCCUUCUGCACUAAACCGGUCACUUGCAAAGAUGAGCUUGAACCCCCCAAACUUGACCUGGAAUUCCAUGACAAGCUUAUUGUCCGUGCUGGCAAGCCUUGCACUCUCCAAGGUCGCUUUAGUGGAAAACCAGCACCAUCCAUUAAAUGGACUAAGAAUGAUGAGGAGCUGAAAUCAGAUGACCACAUCUCUUUAACGACUGCUCAUAACACAUUGUGCUUGAGCAUUGCCAAAGCUAAGCGUGAAGACAGUGGCCAAUACUGUGUGCUUGUGGAGAACAGUACUGGCUCACGUAAAGGGAUCUGUAAUGUGACUGUUGUCGAUCGCCCACAGCCCCCUGAGGGCCCAGUUGUCUUUGAUGAGGUUUACAGAGAUCAUAUGGUAAUUUCCUGGAAGCCCCCCCUCGAUGAUGGUGGAAGUGCAGUUACUAACUAUAUUGUUGAGAAGAGAGAUACAAACAGAGAUCUUUGGAUGCCUGUGACAUCUUCUGCUACAAGGACAUCAUGCAGAGUGCCCAAACUCAUUGAAGGAAGAGACUAUAUCAUAAGAAUCUGUGCACAAAACGUAUAUGGAAUUAGUGAACCACGGCUUUCCGCAGAGAUGAGAGCCAAAGAUAUAUUCAGAGUUCCUGAGGCUCCCAAGCAGCCUGUAGUGAAAGAAGUAUACAAAGAUACUGUUCUGCUGACUUGGAACCAGCCUCGUGAUGGUGGCAAACCCAUUACAAACUACAUUGUAGAGAAGAGGGAAACUAUGUCAAACAGAUGGACACGUGCUGGCACGGACCGUAUUUAUCCUGACCCAGAGUACUGGGUUCCAGAUCUUCUUCGUGGCUGUGAAUAUGAGUUCCGGGUCAUGGCAGAGAAUGAAGUUGGUGUUGGUGACCCUAGUCCGCCAUCCAAGCCUGUCUUUGCCAAAGAUCCAGUUGUGGUCCCAAGCCCUCCUGUACUCCUAGAAGCCGUGGACAAGACAAAGAAUUCAGUAACACUGUCCUGGAAGCCCCCACUCAAUGAUGGUGGGGGCAAGAUCAUUGGCUAUUUCAUUGAGUAUCUGAAGGCUGGCCAGGAAGAGUGGUUGAAGGUCAAUGAGACUGCUGAAUCAUGCCCAGAAACAAAGUUCAAAGUUGGCAACCUUGAAGACGAUCAACUGUAUCGGUUUAGAGUUAUGGCUGUGAAUUCUGCAGGUGCUUCUGAACCUGCUGAUGUCAAGGAACCAGUGAGGGCACAGGAUAGACUUGAACCACCAGAGCUGGACCUUGAGGCUGGUAUGCCUCGUGAGCUUCGUGCCAUGGCAGGAACUCUUAUCAAAAUUAGGGCUGGGAUCAAGGGCAUACCUUUCCCCAAAGUUACAUGGAAGAAGAAUGAUGCAGAUAUUCCUCCAAGGGCUGAAAUUACAGUCACUGGUGUGGGAAGCAAACUGGAAAUGCGUUAUUGUAACCGAUCUGACUCUGGAGAUUACAGUCUAACUGCUGAAAAUCCUUCCGGAUCAAAGACAGCAAUAUGCACAGUGCUUGUGUUAGAUAAACCUGGUCCUCCACAAAAUCUGAGGGUUUCUGAGGUCAGAAGUGAUUCAGCCUAUCUUUCUUGGAAAGACCCAGAAGAUAAUGGAGGAGCUCGUAUUACCAAUUUUGUGGUGGAAAAGAAAGAUGUGGCCUCAGCACAGUGGGUACCUGUCUGCUCCUCAUCCAAGAAGCGCAGCAUGACGGCUAAGCACUUGAUGGAGGGAACACAGUAUGUGUUCCGUGUUGCUGCUGAAAAUCAGUUUGGCAGAAGUGAAUAUGUUACAACAACAAAAGCCAUCAAAGCAAUCGAUCCUUUGUUCCCACCUGGUCCACCAAAGAAUCUGCAUCAUGUAGAUGCAGACAAAACUGAAGUCUGGCUUCAGUGGAAUUGGCCAGAUCGCACAGGAGGCAGUGAUAUUACUGGUUUCUUAGUGGAAUACCAAGUGGAAGGAGAGAAAGACUGGACCGUCUUCAAAACUGUCAGCAUUCCUGAAUGUCAUGUAACUGGACUGGAGGAGGGAAAGACAUACAGAUUCCGUGUUAAAGCAGAAAAUGCCAUUGGCUUGAGUCGUCCUGACACCACAGUACCAGUACUCUGCCAGGAGAAACUUGUGCCACCGACCGUUGAAGUGGAUGUGAAACUAAUUGAAGGUAUUAUUGUGAAAGCUGGAACUACAAUCAGACUCCCUGCAAUUAUGAGAGGCAUCCCUAUCCCCACUGCUAAAUGGAUGAUUGACGGCAGUGAAAUCAAAAGUGAAGGCAAUGUCAAAGUUGACACUGAUCAUUAUUCAACAAUCCUCACUAUAAGUGAGUGUACAAGAAAUGAUACAGGAGUUUAUCUUCUCACAGUUUCAAACCCCGCUGGAAGCAAGACAGUUGCAUUGCAUGUGACAGUUCUUGAUGUCCCAGCCCCACCUGUUGGCCCAGUUAAUAUCCUAGAAGUGACACCUGAGUACAUGAUAAUUGACUGGCGUCCUCCCAAGGAUGAUGGUGGAAGCCCUGUAAUGAAUUACAUUGUUGAGAAAAGAGAAUCGAAGAAAGAGACAUGGGGAGGCGUGAGCUCAGGUAGUACCAGUACAAAAGUUAAAAUCCCUCGUUUACAGAAGGGCUGUGAAUAUAUUAUUCGUAUUCGAGCAGAAAACAAGAUUGGUAUAGGUGCACCCCUUGAAAGCGCUCCAACUGUUGCUCAACAUAUGUUUGAACCACCUAGCCAUCCAGGUAAACCAAACACAUCUGAUAUCGCAGAAAAUGCUGUGACUGUUAGUUGGACUAUGCCAUUGUGUGAUGGUGGUAGUCCAAUCACUGGCUACAUAAUUGAGCGAAGACACAAGGAAGGAAAAUGGAUUCGUGUGAACAAGACUCCUGUAAAGGAACUCAGAUACAGGGUCCUUGGACUUUUUGAAGGUAACAGUUAUGAGUUCAGAGUCUUUGCAGAAAAUAUUGCUGGCUUCAGUGGACCUUCUCCUGUGUCAGACCCAGUUAAGCCAUCUCGACCAAUAACAGUACCUGGACCACCAGUAAACCCUAAAUUGAAGGACUGGAGCAAAUCCUCUGCUGACUUAGUUUGGACAAAGCCAACAAGAGAUGGAGGCAGUCCCAUAUUAGGUUAUAUCAUUGAGUGCCAGAAAGCAGACAGUGCUGAAUGGGAAAGAAUCAACAAGGAUGAUCUUAUUAAGCAGUGCGCAUUUAGAGUGUCAGGCCUAAUUGAAGGCACAGAAUAUAGGUUCCGUGUUAGAGCCUCCAAUAUGAUAGGAGAUGGUGAGCCUAGAGAACUUCCUGAAUCACUUAUUGCCAAAGACAUCUGCCUUCCCCCAGAAAUUGAACUUGAAGUUGGAUGCCGUGACCAUUUGACUGUCAGAGUAGGCCAGAAUAUUAAUAUUAUAGCUCAUGUUAAGGCCAGACCUGAUCCAGAGAUUACCUGGUGCAAGGAUGAGGUAGUAUUGGAAAAAGAUAAACGCAUUUCUUUUACUAGUAACUUCCCUCUUGUCAAUAUUAUCAUCAAAGAAGCAACAAGAGCAGAUUAUGGAAAAUAUGUCAUUAAAGCUAAAAAUGACAGUGGUGAAGCACAAGCUACAAUUACAGUGAAUGUGCUUGACAGGCCUGGACAGUGUCGAGGUCUGAAGACAACCUAUGUGACUAAAGAUUCUUGUGUGGUAUCAUGGGAGAAUCCAGAAGACAAUGGAGGCACAGAAAUUACGAACUAUAUUGUUGAGUGCCGUGAGCCCAGUCAAAGGGCAUGGUCAAUGGUUUCAUCAGAUUGCACUAACCGCCUCCUUAAGGCAAAGCUUUUGGAAAAUCGUGAAUAUUUCUUCCGCGUCUGUGCAGAGAACAAAUGUGGCCUUGGACUAGCAAUAGAGACUAAAACACCAAUUCUUGCUAUUGACCCAAUUUCAAAGCCUGGUGAGCCAGAGAACUUCCAUAUCACUGAAAUUGGCAAGAACUUUGUCUUCCUUAAAUGGCGAAGACCAGACUAUGAUGGCGGCAGCCCCAACCUCGCAUACCAUGUGGAAAGGAAAUCUAAAGAUGCUACUGAGUGGGAAAAACUGCACAAAGGUGCAAUAAAGGAAACAUACUUUAUGGUUGACAAAUGUACGGAAAACCAAAUAUACCAGUUCAGAGUACAAACCACAAAUGAGGGUGGAGAGAGUAACUGGGUGAAAACAGCUGAAACACUUGUCAAAGAAGAAAUACAGAAACCCGUUCUUGACAUCAAGUUAGCUGGAGCCCUUGUGGUAAAAGCUGGUGACUCAAUCAGAAUGGAAGCAGGACUCAGAGGGAAACCUCAACCUGAAGUUAAAUGGGUGAAGGACAAGGAUACAGGGGAAUUUGGACAGAGUCCAAGAAUUAGCGUUGAAACUGGUGCCGACUAUUCUAAGUUCCUUAUGACUAAGUCUAAACGUGGAGACUCUGGAAAAUAUGUGGUCACUGCUACAAAUUCCGCUGGAAGCUUCACUGCUUAUGCAACUGUGAAUGUGCUGGACGUUCCCGGUCCUGUCAGAGACUUAAAAGUGUCUGGCAUUUCUGUGGACAGAUGUAGAGUGGUAUGGGAUCCCCCAGAGGACGAUGGUGGCUGUGAGGUUCAGAGUUACAUUUUAGAGAAAUGUGAGACAAGAAGAAUGGUUUGGUCUACUUACUCUGCAUCUUUAGUUACAAACUAUGCUAAUGUGACUCGCCUCGUGGAAGGAAAUGAAUACAUCUUCAGGGUGCGAGCAGAGAAUAAAAUGGGUACUGGCCCUCCAAUGGAGAGCAAACCCAUUGUUGCCAAGACACAAUUCAACAGACCUGGUCCUCCUGAUCCACCAGAAGUCACUAAGAUUGGAAAGGAUGAAAUGACAGUUGUAUGGGCUCCCCCUGAGAAUGAUGGUGGGAAGUCCAUCACUGGUUAUAUUUUAGAAAGAAAGGAAAAACGUGCUGUACGAUGGGUUCCUGUUACAAAGAGCCCUAUACCAGAAAGGCGCAUGAAAGUUAAUAACUUACUUCCUAAUCAUGAAUAUCAGUUUCGCGUCAAGGCUGAAAAUGAAGUUGGAUUGGGAGAGCCAAGUAAACCUUCCCGAUCUGUUGCCGCAAAGGACCCAAUUGAACCUCCAGGUCCUCCAGGCAGUUUGAAGGUGGUUGACAGCACAACGUCCUCAGUCACACUUGGGUGGGCAAAACCUGUGUAUGAUGGUGGUGCUCCCAUUAUUGGCUACAUGGUUGAAAUGAGACUGAAAGGUGAAAGUGAUAAGCCAGAGGAAGGCUGGAAGAAAUGUAAUACUAGUGGUCCGUUGGUCCUGACAGAAUUUACCAUUCCAAAUCUAGAUGAGAAACUGGAGUAUGAAUUCCGUGUUUCGGCACAAAAUCAGGUUGGCAUAGGUCGUCCUGCACAGCUUAAAGAUGCUGUAAUGCCAAAGGAAAUACUAGAGGCACCUGAAAUAGAUUUGGAUGCUAGUCUGCGAAAAGUUCUUAUAGUCAGAGCUGGAUGUCCUAUUAGGCUCUUUGCCACAAUCAGAGGAAGACCCACACCUAAAGUAACCUGGAAAAGAGUUGGAAUUGAUAAUGUCGUCAGGAAGGGUCAUGUGGAUCUGGUUGACACAAUGACAUUCCUGGUCAUCCCUGAAAGCACACGUGAGGACUCUGGAAAAUAUUCCUUAACACUUUCCAGCCCAGCUGGGGAGAAGGCUGUGUUUGUACAUGUCAAAGUUCUAGAUACUCCAGGACCUGUAGCAGGACUGGAAGCAACUGAUGUCACCAAGGUGUCUGCCCAGGUUACUUGGUCUCCUCCUGAGAACGAUGGUGGCAGUCCAGUCACACACUACUCACUUGAAAAGCGUGAAGUUGACAGAAAGACAUGGACUAAUGUCACCAACGAUUUGAAAAAGACAAGUUUCAAAAUCACCAAUCUCACACCAGGCAUUGAAUACUAUUUCAGGGUUACUGCAGUUAACAAAUAUGGUCCUGGUGUGCCAAAAGAUUCUCCAAAGUCCUACCUGGCAACUGAUCCUAUCAGUGAACCUGACCCACCGAAGAAGAUGGAAAUACUGGACAUUUCACGAAACAGUGCAGUGCUGGGAUGGAUUAAACCACUGAGAGAUGGAGGAGCAAAGAUAAAUGGUUAUGUUGUUGAUUACUUGGAGGAAGGUCAACCUGAGGACAAAUGGACACCAUACUCAGUUGUAAAAGAUUUAAGUAUUGUUGUUGUUGGACUGAAGGAGGGCAAGAAGUACAAAUUCAGAGUUGCAGCAAGAAAUGCAGUGGGCUGCAGUCUGCCAAGAGAAGCUGAGGGAGUGUUUGAGAUCAAAGAGCAGCUGUUGGCACCAAAAAUUAUUAUGCCUGAAGUUGUGACCGCGAAGGCAGGAUCAAAGCUGAAAAUCGAGGCUCUUGUCUCUGGAAAGCCAGCGCCAGUAUGUAAAUGGAUGCGAGGAAAUGAGGAUGUUGUUACAUCCGAUCGCCUUUCAAUUAAAAAAUCUCCAAACUAUUGUUUGCUGUUUAUAAAAGAUGUCUCAAGAAUGGACAGUGGUUACUACAGCCUGUCUGCCGAGAACAGCACAGCAAAAGUCAAUCAGAUACUGAGAGUCAUCAUAAUGGAUAUCCCUGGUCCACCAGAACCACCAUUUGAGAUUAGUGAUGUGGAUAUUGAUUCGUGCACACUCACCUGGCACGCACCUCGUGAAGAUGGCGGAAGCAGCAUCACUAACUAUGUGGUUGAGAAGUGUGAUGUGAGCAGAGGUGACUGGGUUACUGCUUCUGCAUCCUGUACCGCAACCAACUGCAGAGUAGGAAAGCUCACAAAAGGAAACGAGUAUCUGUUCCGUGUUCGGGCUGAGAAUCGCUUUGGCAUCUCAGCACCUAUUGUUUCUGAGAAGAUGGUUGCUAAGUUCUCUUUUGAUGUACCUAGUGAACCAAGGAACUGCUGUGUCAGCAAAAUCAACAAGGAUAAUGUGUUUUUGACAUGGGACACACCAACCACUGAUGGUGGCAGUCCUAUUACUGGAUAUAUCAUUGAACGUAAAGAGAGAAACAGCCUCCUUUGGGUCCAGGCAAAUGAAACUGCUGUACGUUCCACUGAAUACACAUGUACUGGCCUUAUCGAAAGAUUGGAAUAUACUUUCAGGGUGUCAGCCCUCAAUCGUGCUGGACAGGGUAAACCAAGCAAACAGACUGAAUUCAUCACAGCAAGAAUGCCUGUCGAUCCACCUGGCAAACCGGAAGUCUUGGACGUGACCAAGAGUUCAGUUUCACUUCUCUGGGCCCGUCCAAACAAUGAUGGAGGUAGCAAAAUCCUUGGAUAUUAUGUUGAAGCCAUGAAGAUUCCUGAAGAGAAAUGGGUGCGAUGCAAUGCAAACUAUCAGAAUGUGCCCACGGAAGAGUAUACUGCAACUGGACUGGAAGAAGGAGCUCAAUACCAGUUCAGAGUAAUUGCCAAGACAGCAAUAAACAUCAGCCCACCAUCUGAACUCUCAGAUCCAAUCCUAGUGUUGGCUGAGAAUGUUCCACCAAGAGUGGAGAUUGGACUUCACAUGAAGAACCUGAUCAUAGUGAAGGCUGGAGAAAAUGUUUGUCUUGAAGCUGAAGUGUUUGGCAAGCCAAUACCAAAGGUUACAUGGAAGAGAGAUGGGCAAUUGGUGGAAGUAGUUGAAGGGACCAAAAUCACACAGAAGAGGCAUCUGUGCCUUCUGGAAAUGUUCUCAGUGACAAGAAAAGAGACUGGAGAUUACACCAUUCUGGCAGAGAAUGCAAGUGGCAGCAAGUCAGGCUCCAUUAAGCUGAAGGUUCUUGACAAGCCUGGACCACCAGCCUCUAUCAAGAUUGGCAAUGUGUAUGCAGAUCGUGUCAAGCUGAGGUGGGAACCACCUCUUGCAGAUGGAGGAUCAGAAAUUACCAACUAUAUUGUUGACAAACGUGAAACAAGCAGAGCUAACUGGGCUCAAGUCACAGCUAAUAUCAAUGGCCAGCUCACUGACUGCUCUGUGGAGAGGCUGAUUGAAGGCCAUGAGUACCAAUUUCGUGUCAGUGCUGAGAACAAGUAUGGUGUUGGUGACCCCAUCCUGACUGAGCCUAUUGUUGCAAAGAAUCCAUAUGAUGUCCCUGGACCUUGUGAUCCUCCUAUUAUUACCAACGUCACAAAAGACCAUAUGACUGUAAGUUGGAAGGCACCUGCUGAUGAUGGUCAAGCUCCUAUUCUUGGAUACAUGGUGGAGAAGCGUGAAAGCCAAGAAGUGAAUUGGGCUAAAGUCAACAGAAGGCCUGUGAUUGAUAGAACUAUUAAGGCUGGUGGUCUUACAGAGGGAUCUGAGUAUGAAUUCAGAGUUAUUGCUAUCAACAAAGCUGGCCCAGGAAAGCCAAGUGAUCCAUCCAGAGCUGCUGCUGCACUUGAUCCUGUGUAUCCCCCAGGACCACCAGCAUUCCCAAAAGUUAUUGACACAACACACAGUUCAAUUAGUCUGGCCUGGACAAAACCAGCUUAUGAUGGUGGCUGUGAGAUCCUAGGCUACCUGGUUGAGUGCAAACGAGCAGAUUCGGAUGACUGGUUAAAGUGCAACCUGCCCAAAAAUCUACAAGACACAAAGUAUGUUGUUACCGGACUUCUUGAUAACACAGAAUACCAGUUCCGUGUGUCUGCUGUGAACAAGAUUGGGUUCAGUGAUCCAAGUGACGUUCCUGAAAAACACCUUGCAAAGGACAUUUUGAUUGCUCCAGAGGCAGAACUUAGUGCCGAUCUUAGGAAAGCCCUGGUGCUGCGUGCUGGAGUCACAAUGAGACUCUAUGUCCCGCUGAGGGGCCGUCCUCCUCCAAAGGUGACCUGGGCCAAGGUUAAUGCAAACCUAAAGGAAAGAGAAGGGCAUAUGAUUAAGACCUCAGAAUGGGACACACUAUUAUAUGUCGAAGGUGUAACUAGAUAUGAUGCAGGCAAAUACACCUUGACUCUGGAGAACAGCAGUGGAGUGAAGACCUACACAAUUGUCGUAAAGGUUCUCGACACUCCUGGACCACCAGUGAAUUUGAUUGUCAAGGAGACAUCAAAAACCCAUGCAUCAAUCGCUUGGGAUGUUCCUGUAAUUGAUGGUGGAAGCCCUGUGAAGAGUUACAUUGUUGAAAAACGUGAUCCUGAAAGAAAAGCCUGGUCCACAGUGGCAACUGAUUGCCCCAAAACAUCUUUCAGAAUUACUAAUUUGGAAGCAGGCAAACUCUACUGUUUCAGAGUCUUGGCUGAAAAUGAAUAUGGAAUUGGGGAGGCAUGUGAGACAGCUGGCGCUGUAAGAGCGUCUGAAAAACCUGGACCUGUUGUGGACUUUAAAGCCUUACUGGUCACCAAAGAUUCAUGCACCCUUAGCUGGAAGAAGCCAGUCAGUGAUGGUGGGAGUCACAUUAUUGCGUAUGUGCUAGAAGUAAUGGAAGAAGUAGAUAAAUGGAAGGAGCUGGUGAGAUCAAAGAACAUGCAGUACAAUGCUAAAGAUCUUGUGGAAGGAAAGGAAUAUUCCUUCAGAGUAAAAGCAGUGAAUGAGGCAGGAGAUAGUGAAACACAGGAGCUUAACGUUGUUGCCAAAGACCAAAUAGUCCUACCUGAAUUUGACUUGAGCGGCUUGCCAGAUAUGUGCUACAUUGCAAAGGAGGGAACUACCGUGCGCCUCAAUAUUCCCAUAAUUGGAAAGCCUGCACCCACUGUCACAUGGAAGAAGGGAGAUGCUACUUUAACUGACAGUGGAAGAAUCUCUGUUGAGUCUACUGCUGUCAGCACAACUCUUCUGAUACGUGAUUGCCAAAGGGGUGAUGCGGCAAAAUACUCAAUUACUCUUAAAAACACAGGAGGCACCAAAGAUGCAACUAUUCUUGUGAAGGUGGUCGGAAAACCUGGAAUACCCACAGGACCUAUCAAGUUUGAUGAAGUCACUGCAGAUGGAAUCACUUUGGAAUGGGGUGCACCAAAGGAUGAUGGUGGAUCAGAAAUAUCCAAUUACAUUCUGGAGAAGAGGGUGUCAACAGCUAACAAGUGGGUUACUUGUGCUUCAGCUAUACAGAAAACAACCAUGAGAGUUACAAGGCUUCAUGAAGGAACUGAAUACAUCUUCAGAGUGGCGGCAGAAAACAAAUAUGGAGUUGGAGAAUUCCUCAAAUCAGAUCCUGUCAAGGCUGAGCAUCCUUUCGAUGUUCCAGAUGCACCGCCUCCUCCACAUAUCCUGAGCAUCCGUAAUGAUUCUGCAAUACUGACAUGGAUUGACCCAAGCAACACUGGUGGCUCACCAAUUACUGGAUAUCAUGUUGAAUUCAAGGAAGGGAACAGUCUGAUGUGGAAGAGAGCAAGCAAGACUCCUCUAAGAAUGAAGGAGUACAGAGUGACUGGAUUAAUUGAAGGCCUUGAAUAUGAAUUCAGAGUCAUGGCUUUGAAUAUGGCCGGUGUAGGAAAGCCAAGUAAACCUACUGACCUCCUUGUUGCACUGGACCCAAUUGACCCGCCUGGUAAACCUGAAGUUAUUAGCCUUACAAGAAACACUGUAACACUUACCUGGACUGCACCUAAGUAUGAUGGUGGCCACAAACUGACUGGCUACAUAGUUGAGAAACGAGAACUACCUGCAAAGACUUGGAUGAAGGCAAACCAUGUGAAUAUCCAUGCUUGUGCAUACACAGUGACAGAUCUACAAGAGGGCAGCAAGUACGAAUUCAGAAUACGAGCUAAGAAUGCAGCUGGAGCAAUAAGUGCACCAUCAGAGCAAACUGACACUCUUGUGUGCAAAGAUGAAUAUGAGCCACCAACCAUAACCAUGGAUCCAGCUGUGAAGGAGGGGCUUACAGUCAAAGCUGGUGACACUAUUGUAAUAGCUGCAACAAGCAUAAUUGGAAAGCCACCUCCAACCUCUGUGUGGUCAAAAGGUGAAAGAGAGUUCAAGCCAUCGGAUACUGUCCAAAUAGCAAGCACUCCAACAUCUUCUGUGCUAUCAAUCAAGUAUGCCAGCAGGAAGAAUACUGGUGACUAUGUAAUUACUGCCAGCAAUCCAUUUGGCAUAAAACAGGAAUCUGUUAAAGUAAAGGUUCUUGAUGUUCCGGGACCCCCAGGACCUAUUGAAGCCAGCAGUGUGUCUGCUGAAAAAGCCACAUUAACAUGGCUGCCACCAGAUGAGGAUGGAGGCUCUGCCAUCAAAUCUUACACUCUUGAGAAGAGGGAAACCAGUCGCCUUCUUUGGACUGUGCUAGCUGAGAAUGUCAUGGACUGCCGGUUUGUCGCCAGCAAGCUUAUCCAAGGCAAUGAAUAUAUCUUCCGUGUUUCGGCUGUGAACCAGUAUGGUAUUGGUGAUGCAACACAGUCUGGCCCAGUGAAAAUGGUGGAUUGCUUUGGCCCACCAGGCCCUCCAUCAAAACCAGCAGUUGACAAUGUGAGCAAGAACUCUGUCACCAUUUCAUGGAAGAGGCCAGUUAAUGAUGGAGGAAGCGAUAUCAGAGGCUACAGUGUUGAAAGAAAGGAAAGGAAAGGUUUGCGAUGGGUUAGAGCAUCAAAGAAAAGCAUCUCUGACCUCAGAUACAAAGUACAAAGUCUCAGUGAAGGAGUUGAAUACGAAUUCCGAGUCACAGCAGAGAAUAAAGCUGGCUUCGGAGAACCCAGCGAACCAUCACAACCUGUGUUGACUAAAGAUGUGACGUAUGUACCAGGGCCGCCAUCCAACCCAAGAAUUACUGAUACUACCAAAACUACAGCUACAUUCAACUGGGGCAGGCCCCACUAUGAUGGUGGUCUUGACAUCAUAGGAUACAUUGUUGAGCACAAAAAGGAAGGAGAUGAAGACUGGAUUAAAGACACUACUGGCACUGCAUUACGAAUUACUGAAUUUGUUAUUCCAAACCUGCAACCAGGAGGGAAGUAUAAUUUCAGAGUCAGUGCAGUUAAUGCAGAAGGAGUUGGUGAACCAGCUCAAAUUGAGGAACUUGUUGAAGUUGUGGAUCGUGAGGAAAUUCCAGACUUUGAACUUGAUGCUGAAUUGAGAAGAACCCUUGUUGUAAGGGCUGGAUGCUCCAUACGUAUUUUUGUACCAAUCAAAGGUCGCCCAACCCCUGAAGUAACUUGGAUGAAAGAAGAUGUACCUCUAAAAGGCCGUGCUCACAUUGAUACCACAGAGUCAUAUACUCUCCUGGUUAUCCCUGAAUGCUCAAGACAAGAUGCUGGAAAAUACAUUUUAAUGUUAGAAAAAUGUUGCUGGCAAGAAACAGGAUUUGUUAAUGUCAGAAUUUUGGAUUCGCCUGGACCACCAAUCAACUUGAAGCCAAGAGAAAUUAAUAAAGAGAGUAUUACCCUCCAGUGGGAAAUCCCCAUUAUUGAUGGUGGCUCAAAGAUUACUAAUUACAUCAUUGAGAAACGUGAGGCUACACGAAAGGCAUACUCCACAAUAAAUGCAAACUGGCAGAAAUGUUCUUUUAAAGUUCCAAAUCUGACAGAAGGAAUAGAGUACUACUUCAGAGUAACAGCAGAAAAUGAAUAUGGUAUUGGUCAGCCAGCUGAAACUCCUGAACCCAUCAGAGCAUCUGAAGCACCCACAGCUCCUGAUAAUCUUAUUGUCUCCGAUGUUACCAAGGACUCUGCAAGUCUUUCUUGGACAAAACCAAAGCACGAUGGUGGCAGUAGAAUUACUGGUUAUGUUGUUGAAGCUCAAAAGAAGGAUGCAGAAGAGUGGUCCCAUGUUGCUACAGUGAAGGCUCUAGAUUAUACAGUUAAAAAUCUAAGUGAAAAUGAGGAGUAUGUAUUCAGAGUAAUGGCAGUCAACAGUUCUGGCAGAAGUUAUCCUCGAGAUAGUAGACCUGUUCUUAUUAAGGAACAAACUAUGGGACCUGAAUUUGACCUACGUGGAAUCCACCAGAAAUUAGUCAUUGCCCGGGCAGGUGAUAACGUGAAGAUUGAUAUACCUGUUUUGGGUCGUCCAAGACCAUCAGUUUCUUGGAAAAAAGAGGAUAAAGACCUUAAGCAGACACAAAGAAUAAAUGUUGAAAAUACUCCAACUUCAACUAUCUUGAAUAUUAGUGAUUGCAAAAAGGAGGAUGGUGGUUCGUACUCCAUGACAGGAAAAAAUAUACUUGGCACAGUGACAGAAAUCAUUACAGUUCAAAUUCAUGACAUCCCUGGGCCUCCUAAGGGGCCAAUUAAAUUGGAUGAAAUUUCAUGCGACUACAUCAUAAUAUCAUGGGAUUCCCCUGACUAUGAUGGAGGUGUACCAAUUAACAAUUACAUUGUUGAAAUGCGGGAAACCACAGGUACAUCAUGGGCAGAAUUAGCAGCAACAGUCAUUCGAACAACAUUCAAGGCUGCUCGUCUAACCACAGGUGUAGAAUAUCAGUUCCGUGUUAAAGCACAAAAUAGAUAUGGUAUUGGGCCUGCAAUCAUAUCAGAUGCUGUGAUUGCUGCUUAUCCAUUCACAGUACCAGAGGCUCCAGGUACUCCACAAGUAGUAGCCUUUACUAAAGAUAGCAUGACAAUAAGUUGGAAUGAACCACCUUCUGAUGGUGGAAGCCACAUUUUGGGAUACCACAUUGAAAGGAAGGAGAGGAACAGUAUAUUGUGGCAAAGGAUCAGUAAAGCCCUGGUAGUGGGAAAUAUUUUCAAAUCUACAGGACUGACAGAUGGUAUUGCCUAUGAAUUCCGUGUUGCAGCUGAAAAUAUGGCAGGUAUAGGCAAACAAAGCAAGUCAUCGGAGCCAAUGUUUGCCCUUGAUCCAGUGGAUCCACCAAGUAAGCCAGUAGCACUCAACAUUACAAGACAUGCAGUGACUCUUCAGUGGAGAAAGCCUGAAAGUGACGGUGGGUUCUCAAUAACUGGCUACACAGUAGAGAAGAAGGACUUACCUAAUGGACGCUGGUUGAAGGCUAAUUUCAGCAACAUCCUGGAGACCACGUUCACUGUAAGUGGUCUGAAUGAAGAUGCUUCCUAUGAAUUCCGUGUCCUUGCCAGGAAUUCUGCUGGUGCUGUAAGUAACCCAUCUGAACCAUCAGACCCCAUCACCUGCAAAGAUGACAUUGAGGAGCCAAGGAUAACAGUUGAUAGUAAAUUCAAUAAUGUCAUAGUAGUGAAAGCAGGGGACGUUUUCAAACUUGAAGCUGAUGUUACUGGCCGACCACUGCCAUCCAUGGUUUGGACUAAAGAAGGAAAGGAACUUGAAGAUACUAGUAAAUUAGAAAUUAAAACAACAGAUUUUUCAUCAGUUUUGAUCAACAAAGACUCUUUAAGAAGGGAUGGUGGUACAUUCACUUUAACUGCAAGUAACCCUGGUGGUUUUGCUAAACAGGUCUUCACUGUGAAAGUUCUUGAUAGACCAGGUCCACCUGAUGGACCAUUAGCUGUUACAGAUGUCACAGCUGAAAAAUGUUUCUUGUCGUGGUUACCACCUUCACAUGAUGGGGGAGCAAAGAUUGAACAUUAUAUAAUUGAAAAAAGAGAAACGAGCAGGCUUGCGUGGACAAAUGUAGCAUCAGACCUACAAGUUAACCGUUUUAAAGUGACAAAGUUGCUGAAAGGAAAUGAAUACAUCUUCAGAGUCAUGGCUGUCAAUAAGUAUGGUGUUGGAGAGCCCCUUGAAUCAGAGCCAGUUAUUGCAGCAAACCCAUAUGUGCUUUCUGAUGCUCCGCAAACACCGGAAGUAACAACCAUCACAAAGGACUCGAUGGUUGUUUGCUGGGGACAUCCAGAAAACACAGGUGGGAGCAGUAUUUCGAACUACAUGAUUGAAAGAAGAGACAAAACUGGUCUUCGCUGGGUUAAAUGUAACAAGAGGACCGUGACUGACUUGAGAUACAAAGUGUCUGGACUCACAGAGGGACAUGAAUAUGAAUACAGAGUUAUUGCUGAGAAUGCUGCAGGCUUAAGUGCACCCAGCCCUUCAAGUCCAUUUUACAAAGCCUGUGAUACCAUAUUUCAGCCAGGCCCUCCUGGUAAUCCAAGAGUACUUGACACAACUAAGUCGUCCAUUACUCUUGCAUGGCACAAGCCAGUAUAUGAUGGUGGUUCUGAUAUAACAGGAUACAUUGUUGAGACCUGCCUUCCUGAGGAGGAUGAAUGGACAGUUGUAACCCCCAAGCAAGGAUUAACAUCUACAUCCUUUACCAUUACUAACCUGAAAGAAAACCAGGAAUAUAAAAUCAACAUUUCAGCUAUAAAUUGUGAAGGAGUUGGAGAGGCAGCCUCUGUUCCUGGAUCACCAAAAGCAGAGGACAGGCAUCUUUCUCCAGAAAUUGAGCUUGAUGCUGAUCUUCGAAAGGUGGUAAACAUCAGAGCUUGCAGCACAUUGAGACUGUUUGUACCAAUAAAAGGAAGACCAGCUCCUGAGGUGAAAUGGUCAAGAGAAAAUGGAGAGCCUAUUGUGAGAGCCGCAAUUGAGACUACAACAUCUUUCACAUUACUAAUACUUGAAAAUGUUAGUAGAUUUGACAGUGGAAAGUAUAUGCUAACAGUGGAGAACAGCUCAGGAAGUAAGACAGCAUUUGUUAAUGUUAGAGUACUAGAUACACCUGCAGCCCCACAAAAUCUUAUGAUAAAGGAAGUUACCAAAGAAUCAGUCUCUCUCACAUGGGAUCCACCUCUCAUUGAUGGUGGGUCAAGAAUUAGGAAUUACAUUGUGGAAAAACGAGAAUCGGCAAGAAAAGCAUACUCCACCGUAACAGCAAGUUGCAGCAAAACAAGCUGGAAAAUUGGACAACUACAGGAGGGAAGCAACUAUUUCUUCAGGAUUUUAGCUGAAAAUGAGUUUGGAAUUGGUCUUCCUGUUGAAACAAGUGAGGCCAUCAAAGUAUCUGAAAAGCCACUUCCACCAGGCAAAGUCACUCUUAAAGAUGUCACAAGUAAUAGUGUAACUCUGUCAUGGGAAAAACCAGACCAUGAUGGAGGAAGCAGAAUAACAGGCUAUGUUGUUGAAAUGCAAAGUAAAGGAAGUGAAAAAUGGACACAAUGUAUGGUUGUGAAAGUAAAUGAAGCAGUGGUUACAGGCUUGACUCAAGGUGAAGAAUAUAUGUUCCGCAUAUCAGCUUGUAAUGAAAAAGGAACAAGCGAUCCUCGCCAGCUGAAUGUUCCUGUAGUUGCUAAGGAUCUUGUGAUAGUUCCAACAUUCAAGCUGUUUUUCUCCACAUUCAGUGUUCUGGCUGGAGAUGACUUAAAGAUAGAUGUUCCCUAUGUUGCUCGUCCAAAAGCAGUUGUCAGUUGGUACAAAGAUGGCACACCUCUCAAGGAAACAACCAGAGUUAAUGCUCAAACAGCAGAAAGGAAUUUGUAUCUUGUGAUAAAAGAGGCAUGCAGAGAGGAUGUUGGACAAUACACAAUAAAACUUUCAAAUGCAAUUGGUGAAGCAACAACAGACAUCAGUGUUGUUGUUCUUGACAAACCUGGCCCUCCAACUGGACCAAUAAAAAUAGACGAAGUCACUGCUGACAGUGCAGUUCUAUCUUGGCAGCCCCCAGAAUAUGAUGGUGGAUGUUCAAUCAAUAACUACAUUGUAGAAAAGAGAGAUACAUCGACGAUUAACUGGCAAAUUGUGUCUGCAACUGUAGCUAGAACAACAAUUAAAGCAGCCAGGUUGAAGACUGGCUGUGAGUAUCAGUUUAGAAUUGCAGCUGAAAACAGAUAUGGAAAGAGCUCUGUGCUUGUCUCAGAUUAUGUGGUUGCUCAGUACCCAUUCCAAGUUCCAGCUCCGCCAGGAACCCCCUCUGUAAAUGCUUCUACAAAGGACAGCAUGGUAGUGGUGUGGACUAAACCAAAUAAUGAUGGUGGAAGCAAGAUAUUAGGGUAUCACAUUGAAAGUAAGGAAAGAAACAGUAUUCUUUGGGUGAAACAAAACAAGACACCAAUCCAAGACACAAGGUUCAAAGUUGCUGGUCUUGACGAAGGACUUGAAUAUGAAUACAGAGUUUAUGCAGAAAACAUUGUGGGCAUUAGCAAACCCAGCAAGUUGUCAGAAUGCCAUGUUGCAAGAGAUCCUUGUGAUCGCCCUGGCACCCCUGAGGCUGUUAUUGUCACAAGGAAUUAUGUUACACUACGGUGGACAAAGCCAGAAUAUGAUGGAGGCAGCAAAAUUACUGGCUAUAUUGUGGAGAAGAAGCAGUUGCCUGAAGGGCGCUGGAUGAAGGCCAGUUUCACAAAUGUUAUUGUAACUGAGUUCAUUGUCACUGGGUUAGUUGAAGAUCAGAGAUAUGAGUUCCGAGUCAUUGCAAGAAAUGCUGCAGGUGUGUUCAGCGAUCCAUCAGACAGCACCGGACCUAUCACUGCAAAGGAUGAAGUAGAUCCACCUCGUAUUAAUAUUGAUACACAGUAUUCUCAAACUAUUGUUGUAAAUGCCGGAGAAACUUUCAAAAUCGAUGCUGAAGUAUAUGGCAAACCAGUACCCACAGUACAUUGGAUGAAGGGAGAUCAAGAGCUAGCAAACACAGCUCGCCUUGAUAUUAAAAACACAGACUUCACCACUUGUUUGACUGUUAAGGAAGCAAUCCGCAUUGAUGGAGGUCAAUACACUCUUCUGCUGAAAAAUGUUGGUGGAGAAAAAUCUGUUAAUGUCAGUGUCAAAGUUUUAGAUAGACCUGGUCCACCCGAAGGCCCUAUUUCUAUCUACGGCGUCACAAGUGAUAAGUGCAGCAUUGCCUGGAAACCACCUCAGCAAGAUGGUGGCAGUGACAUAUCUCACUAUAUUGUUGAAAGAAGAGAGACAAGCAGAUUAGUCUGGACAGUUGUUGAAUCGAAGGUACAGACAUUAAAUCUAAAAAUAACAAAACUUUUGACUGGAAAUGAAUACAUCUUCCGUGUAUUAGCUGUUAAUAAAUAUGGGGUUGGUGAACCCCUUGAAUCUGAUGCAGUCAUUGCCAAAAAUCCAUUUGUAACUCCUGAUCCUCCUACGAGUGUUGAGGUUUCAACUAUAACAAGUGAUUCAAUGGUGGUAACCUGGGAGAGACCUUCAAACGAUGGUGGAAGUCCAAUUACUGGAUUCGUUAUUGAAAAACGUGAUAAAGAAGGAGUCAGAUGGACCAGAUGCAAUAAACGUGUAGUUAGUGAGCUGCGCUUUAGAGUCACAGGACUUCUUGAAAAUCGCAGCUAUGAAUUCAGAGUUUCAGCUGAGAAUGCAGCUGGAGUAGGACAGCCAAGUACCCCCACUAUUUACUAUAAGGCCUUAGAUCCAAUUUUCAAACCAGGUCCACCAAAUAAUCCUAAAGUGACUGAUGUGUCAAGAACAUCAGUUUUCCUUGUAUGGGGCAAACCUAUUUAUGAUGGUGGUUCUGAGAUUCAGGGAUAUAUUGUUGAGGUAUGUGAGGCCACAUCCGAAGAAUGGAUAAUGUGCACUCCACCAACAGGAAUUACACACACAAGAUUUGAGGUUGAAAAACUCCAAGAAAAACAUGAAUACAAAUUCAGAGUUUGUGCAAUAAACAAAGCUGGUGUUGGAGAACAUGCUGAUGUCUCUGGAAAGAUUCUUGUUGAAGAUAAAAUGGAAGCACCAGAUUUGGAACUUGAUCCUGAUCUCAGAAAGAUGAUCAGUGUUAGAGCUGGAGGUUCUCUCAGAUUAUUCAUUCCUUUCAGAGGGCGACCUGCUCCUGAGAUCAAAUGGGGCAAGGCUGAUGGUGAAAUCAGGGAUACAGCACAGAUUGACACUACAAGCAGUUACACAUCUUUAGUAAUUGAAAAUGUUGAUAGGUUUGACAGUGGAAAGUAUACAGUCACUGCAGAAAAUGCCAGUGGAACAAAGUCUGCUUUCAUCAGUGUCAGAGUACUUGAUACACCAAGUGCGCCUCUUAACUUUACUGUGAAGGAAAUAACAAAACAGUCUGUAACACUUACUUGGGAACCUCCUGCCUUGGAUGGUGGGGCCAAAAUAAAAAAUUAUAUUGUUGAGAAACGUGAAAGUACUAGAAAGGCUUAUUCAACCGUUGUCACGGACUGCCAUAAAAUGUCAUGGAAGAUUGAACCACUUCAAGAGGGGUGCAACUAUUUCUUCCGGGUUCUUGCUGAAAAUGAACAUGGGGUAGGUUUACCAGCUGAAACUCCUGAACCCCUGAAAGUGUCAGAAGUACCACAACCUCCUGGCAAAAUCACUGUUGUUGACACAACACGUAAAAGUGUCUCAUUAGCUUGGGAAAAACCUGAACAUGAUGGUGGCAGCAGAAUUAUUCACUACAUUGUGGAAAUGCAGGCCAAAGAUGAUGAAAAAUGGUCUGCCUGUGCACAAGUAAAAACAGUUGAGGCAGUUAUCAGCAAUUUAGCCCAGGGCGAAGAAUACAUGUUCAGAGUUAUUGCUGUGAAUGAUAAAGGACAGAGCGACCCAAGAAUCCUUGCAAUGCCAGUUCAAGCAAAGGAUCUUGUCAUUGAACCAAAUGUGAGACCUGCUUCCAGCAACUACAGUGUUCAAGUUGGUCAUGAUCUCAAAGUUGAAAUACCAAUUGCUGGACGUCCUAAACCAGUCAUUGUUUGGACAAAGGAUGGGUCAGCUCUUAAACAGACAACAAGAGUUCAUGUUGUUGAUACUGACCACCACACAACUCUGAGCAUAAAAGAAGCAACAAGAGAGGAUGGUGGUAUUUACAACAUUGCUGUUUCAAAUGUCCUUGGACAAAAGGAGGCAAAUAUUGAAAUCAUCACACUUGAUAAACCUGGCCCACCAGUUGGCCCUGUAAAGUUUGAUGAAGUCAGUGCAGAAAGCAUCACAAUUUCUUGGGACCCACCAGCAUAUACUGGUGGCUGCCAGAUUUCAAACUAUGUUGUGCAAAAGAGAGAUACAACUACCACCAACUGGAAUAUUGUUUCUGCCACAGUGGCAAGAACCACUCUGAAGGUGUCUAAUCUGAAAACAGGAACAGAAUAUCAAUUCAGAAUAUCCGCUGAAAAUCGAUAUGGCAAAAGUUAUGCUUUAGACUCUGAUGCUGUUAUUGCACAGUAUCCUUACAAAGAACCAGGUCCACCAGGGACUCCAUUUGUCUCUUCACUCUCAAAGGAUUACAUGGUUGUGGAAUGGCACAAACCAAUAUCAGAUGGAGGAAGUAGCAUUAUUGGUUACCAUCUGGAAAGAAAAGAAAAAAACAGUAUCCUCUGGACAAAGAUUAAUAAGACACUCAUUCAAGAUACCCGCUUUAAAACCAGUCCUUUGGAAGAAGGUAUUGAAUAUGAGUUCAGAGUCUAUGCUGAGAAUAUUGUUGGCAUAGGAAAAUGCAGCAAAGUCUCUGAGGGCUGUGUUGCACGUGACCCGUGUGAUCCACCUGGCACCCCAGAAGCCAUCUUAGUAAAUAGGCACUCCAUAACACUUCAAUGGGCUAAGCCUGUGUAUGAUGGUGGCAGUCUGAUAACUGGCUAUGUUGUGGAGAAACGAGACCUUCCUGAUGGACGCUGGAUGAAGGCUAGCUUUACAAAUGUGAUUGAAACUACAUUUACAGUAACUGGUCUGACUGAAGACUGCAAGUAUGACUUCAGAGUCAUUGCCAAGAAUGCAGCUGGAACUGUCAGUAAACCAUCUAAUAGCACUGGGUCCAUCACUGCAAAGGAUGAAGUUGAGCCACCAAUAUUCUCCAUUGAUUCAGAAUACAGUCAGCCUAUUGUUGUUAAUGCAGGAGAUACAUUUCAACUUGUUGCUGAUGUACAUGGAAAACCAGUACCCACAGCCCAGUGGUUCAAGGGUGAUAAAGAGAUUGAAAAUACAGCUAGAUAUGAGAUUAAGAAUACAGAUUUCAAGGCAAUGAUUGUCAUUAAAGAUGCAAUCAGAAUUGAUGGUGGACAAUAUAAUCUGCACCUCACAAAUGUAGCUGGCUCAAAAACUAUUCCUUUCCAGGUCAAAGUACUUGACAGACCAGGACCGUCUCAAGGGCCCCUUAACAUCACUAACGUAACAUGCGAGAAAUGCACACUUUCAUGGCUUCCUCCUCAACAUGAUGGAGGCAGUAAUGUUUCUCAUUACAUUAUUGAGAAGAGAGAAACAAGCCGUCUUGCUUGGACUGUAGUUGCCAGUGAUUGCAAAGCUACUAUGAUGAAAGUAACAAAGCUUUUAAAAGGAAAUGAAUACAUUUUCCGUGUCAUGGCUGUCAAUAAAUAUGGCACUGGUGAGCCUUUAGAAUCUGCACCAGUGAUAAUGAGAAAUCCAUUCGUUCCACCUGCGUCUCCAAAAGAUCUGGAAGUAACAAAUGUUACAAAGGAUUCCAUGACUGUUUGCUGGUCCAGACCAGAGACUGAUGGUGGAAGUGAAAUUGUUGGCUACAUCAUAGAGAAGAGAGACAGAGCUGGGAUCAGAUGGACAAAAUGUAACAAGCGUAGAGUCACAGACCUACGAUUCAGAGUAACAGGUUUGACAGAGGAUCAUGAUUAUGAAUUUAGGUUAUCUGCUGAAAAUGCAGCUGGAGUUGGACAACCAAGUUCACCAACAGAGUACUGCAAAGCCUGUGAUCCUAUGUUCAAACCUGGCCCCCCAAGUAAUGCACAUGUGGUAGAUACCACCAAAAAUUCUAUUUCAAUAGCAUGGGGGAAGCCAAUUUAUGAUGGUGGCAGUGAGAUUCAGGGAUAUGUUGUGGAAAUAUGCAAAGCUGAUGAGGAAGAAUGGACUAUGUGCACACCACCAAGUGGCCUAUGUAUUAAUAAAUUUGACAUUACUAAACUCACAGAACAUCAAGAAUACUUGAUCCAAAUAUGUGCUAUAAAUAAGAUAGGUGUUGGUGAACCAGCUUCUAUUCCUGGAACAGUUAAACCUGAAGACAAAAUGCUUGCCCCAGAAAUUGAACUUGAUUCAGAGCUAAGGAAAGGAAUUGUAGUCCGAGCUGGAGGAUCCAUGAAGAUCAACAUACCUUUCAAAGGAAGACCCACUCCAGAGAUUAGCUGGUCUAAAGAUGAAGGGGAUUUGUCUGAAAAGGUACAAAUUGAGAAAGGUCUGGACUAUACCCAGCUUUCAGUUGACAUUUGUGACAGGAGUGAUGCUGGAAAAUAUACUCUUAGUUUGGAAAACAGCAGUGGUUCAAAGUCUGCAUUUGUCUUUGUUAAAGUCUUGGACACACCAGGAGCACCCAUUAACCUUGCAGUUAGGGACAUAAAGAAAGACUCUGUUACUCUUGUUUGGGAGCCACCUUUGAUAGAUGGAGGAGGAAAGAUCAAAAACUAUAUUGUUGACAAGCGUGAAUCAACCAGAAAAGCUUUUUCCAAUGUAACUGAUAAGUGCACUAAAACAAGCUUUAGGUUGGGAAAUCUUACUGAAGGGACUAUAUAUUAUUUCAGAGUUAUGGCUGAGAAUGAAUAUGGAGUUGGCUUGCCUGUUGAAACAACAGAUGCAGUUAAGACAUCAGAAGCUCCUCUGCCAGUAGGAAAAGUAACUUUGACUGAUGUUACUAAAACCACUGCCUCACUAGCAUGGGAAAAACCAGAUCAUGAUGGUGGCAGUAGGAUUAUGGGUUACUUAAUCGAAAUGCAGCCAGAAGGCACAGAUACAUGGGUUGUAGCUACAACAACGAAAACAUGUGAAGGCACUGUAAGUGGACUAAGUUCUGGUCAAGAAUAUCUAUUCCGUGUAAUGGCUUAUAAUGAGAAAGGCAACAGUGACCCAAGAGCUUUAGCCACUCCUGUUAUUGCCAAGGAUGUGACUAUUGAACCCAGAUUCAAAAUGCCAUUCAAUACCUUUAGUCUUCAAUCUGGUGAAGACCUAAAAAUAGAAAUUCCAGUCAUUGGUCGUCCAACACCAAAGAUUACGUGGAAUAAAGAUGGACACGCCCUAAAAGAGACAACAAGAGUAAAUGUUUCUAGCACCUCCUCUUCAACAGUUCUUUGUAUCAAAGAAGCAAACAGAGAUGACACUGGCAAGUACACAGUCACUGCUACAAAUAAUGCUGGCACCACAACAGAAGAAAUUGGAAUUGUUGUUCUUGAAAAACCUGGUCCACCAACUGGUCCCCUAAAGAUUGAUGAAGUAAGUUCCAACUUUGUCACCAUUUCAUGGGAACCACCAGUAUACACAGGAGGGUGUCAAAUAAAUAAUUACAUUGUUGAAAAACGAGACACAACGACCACAGUCUGGCAAAUUGUAUCGGCAACAAUUGCAAGGACAACAAUUAAAAUUACCAAGUUGAAAACAGGGACAGAAUAUCAAUUCAGAGUUUUUGCUGAAAACAGAUAUGGAAAAAGCUCCUCUUUAGACUCUGAAGCAGUGGUUGUACGGUAUCCUUACGAUGAACCUGGACCACCCAGUGUCCCAAUUGCCACAUCAGUGACAAAAGACUACAUGGUUAUUGAAUGGAAAGCACCAGUUAACAAUGGUGGCAGUCCAGUUCUUGGCUAUCAUCUUGAACGGAAAGAAAGGAACAGCCUUCUGUGGACUAAAUUGAACAAGUAUAUAAUUCCUGACCCUCGAUUUAAGACUAAUGGUCUUGAAGAAGGUAUUGAAUAUGAAUACAGAGUCUAUGCAGAGAACAUUGUUGGCAUUAGCACAGCAAGCAAAGUUUCUGAGUGCUUUGUAGCUCGUGACCCAUGUGAUCGACCUGGUACCCCUGAGGCUAUUGUUAUCACCAGAAACUAUGUGACACUUCAGUGGACAAAACCACAAUAUGAUGGCGGAAGUAUAAUAACUGGAUAUAUUGUGGAGCGGAAGAACUUACCUGAAGGUCGGUGGAUGAAAGCUAGCUUCACCAAUAUAAUUGAGACUGAAUUUACAGUAACAGGUUUAACAGAAGACGAAAGGUAUGAAUUUAGGGUAAUUGCAAGGAACUCAGCUGGUAUUUUUAGUGAGCCCUCUGAAAGCACUGGACCAAUCACUGCAAGAGAUGAGAUUGAAAGCCCGACUGCUUCAAUGGAUCCAAAGUACAAAGAUAUAAUUAUUGUUAAUGCAGGUGAAACUUUUGUUAUUGAUGCUGACAUCUGUGGAAAACCAGUGCCUGAUGUCGCAUGGUUAAAGGAUGGAAAAGAAAUUGAUAAGGCCACACCAAGAAUGGAAAUCAAAACCACCAUUCAGCGCACAGUGCUCAUAGUUAAGGACUGCAUUAGAGUGGAUGGAGGACAUUAUUUACUCAGUCUUAGCAAUGUUGGUGGAACAAAAACAAUCCCAGUCACUGUUAAGGUUCUCGAUAGACCUGGUCCACCCGACGGUCCACUCAAAGUGACUGGUGUCACUGCUGAUAAGUGUUAUCUAUCCUGGAGCCAUCCUUCACAUGAUGGUGGUGCUAGUAUCUCUCAUUACAUAAUAGAAAAGAGAGAAACCAGCCGUUUAUCUUGGACAGUUGUUGAACCCAAAAUUCAAGCUGUGAGUCACAAAGUGACCAAACUCUUGACAGGCAAUGAAUACAUUUUUAGAGUCAUGGCAGUUAACAAAUAUGGCAUAGGUGAGCCACUUGAAUCUGAGCCAGUAAUAGCACGUAACCCAUUCAAACCACCAGGUCCCCCUUCCAUACCUGAAGCAAGUGCUAUAACAAGGGAUUCUAUUGUUCUGACAUGGGAUCGUCCAGAAGAUAAUGGUGGGUCAGAAAUUGACAGCUACAUUCUAGAGAAACGUGACAAACAAGGCAUUAGAUGGACUAAGUGCAACAAGAAAAGACUGAAUGACUUACGAUUUAGAGUAACCGGACUUACAGAAGGACAUUCAUACGAGUUCCGUGUCUCUGCUGAAAAUGCCGCUGGUGUGGGACAACCAAGUCAACCUUCAGAAUUUUAUAAGGCCUGUGAUGCCACAUAUCCUCCUGGUCCUCCAAAUAAUCCUAAAGUAACUGACUACUCCAGUACAAGCGUGUCCCUAUCUUGGAGCAAACCCAUCUACGAUGGAGGAGCUGAAAUAAAGGGAUACAUUGUUGAGAUGAAAGAAGUUGCUGAAGAUGAAUGGACUACAUGCACACCUCCCACUGGUGUACAAGAAACACACUAUACUGUAACAAAACUUAAGCAAAAUGCAGAAUAUAAUUUCCGCAUCUGUGCUAUCAACCUUGAAGGUGUUGGAGAACAUGUUGAUGUACAGGGCUCUGUGAUUGCAGCAGAGAAACUUUACGCACCAGAGAUUGAACUAGGUGCAGAUCUUAGGAAAGUUGUCUCUGUCCGUGCAAGUGGAACACUUCGCCUUUUUGUCCCAAUCAGAGGACAUCCUGAACCUGAAGUGAAGUACAAAGCAGAGGAUCUUCUACCUGAACGUGCACAAAUUGAGGUGACAAGUUCAUACACUAUGAUUGUCAUUGACAAUGUCAACAGAUUUGACAGUGGGAAAUAUGUUUUAACUCUGGAAAAUAACAGUGGCACAAAAUCAGCAUUUGUCAAUGUCAGAGUGCUGGACUCACCAAGUGCCCCUCUGAACUUUGAGGUUAAAGAUGUAAAGAGAGAUUCUGUAACUCUUUCUUGGGAACCUCCUCUUAUUGAUGGUGGAGCUAAGAUAACCCACUACAUUGUAGAGAAACGAGAAUCUAAAAGAAUGGCAUAUACCACUGUCACAAACAACUGUGUGAGGAAUUCAUUCAAAGUUGAUGAGCUUCAGCAGGGAGGAAUUUACUACUUCCGUGUUAUGGCUGUUAAUGACCAUGGUGUUGGUUUAGCAGCUGAAACUAAAGAUCCAACUAAAGUUUCUGAAGCUCCUUUAUCACCAGGUAAAGUUACACUUGUAGACGUGACUCGCAAAAGUGUAACUCUUUCUUGGGAGAAGCCUGAUCAUGAUGGUGGCAGCAAAAUCACAUGCUACAUAGUAGAAAUGCAAACAAAGGGAAGUGAUAAGUGGACUGAAUGCUCUUCAGUUAAAACACUGGAAGCAACCAUAGAUGGCCUUACAGCAGGGGAAGAAUACUCCUUCAGAAUAUUUGCUGUAAAUGACAAAGGGAAGAGUGAUCCAAAACAGCUUGGAGUUCCUGUGAUUGCUAAGGACAUUCAAACUGAACCUAUCAUUGAUUUGCUUUUUAACACAUUCAGUGUUAAGGUUGGAGAUGAUCUCAAAGUUGAUGUUCCUUUUAGAGGGAGACCUGUACCUGAUGUUUCCUGGAAGAAAAAUGGUCUUCCUUUAAAGCAGACAACUAGAGUAAAUGUUCUAACAUCCAAGACUUCAAGCAAAAUGACCAUUAAAGAUGCUUCUAGGGAGGAUGUUGGGAAGUAUGAAAUUACAUUAGCCAACACAGUAGGCACCAAAACAGCUGAAAUUACCAUUGUUGUUCUUGAUAAACCUGGCCCGCCAGGUGCAAUCAAAAUAGAUGAAGUCAGUGCUGAUUUUAUAUCAUUGUCAUGGAACCCACCAGAGUAUGAUGGAGGGUGUCAGAUCAACAACUAUAUUGUGGAGAAGAGGGAUACUACCACCACAAAUUGGCAAAUUGUUUCAGCCACAGUUGCAAGAACAUCAAUUAAAGUUCCCCGAUUAACACAGGGCACAGAAUAUCAGUUCCGUAUUUGUGCUGAAAAUCGUUAUGGAAAGAGCCAAUGUGUUGAUUCCCAAGGCAUUGUUGCACAGUAUCCAUUUAUGCCACCUGGUCCACCAACAAAACUGCAUGUUGCCCAUGCAACAAAAACAUGCAUGCUGGUCAAAUGGAACUUACCUGCAAGUGAUGGUGGAAGUGCUGUCCUUGGAUAUCACCUAGAAUUUAAAGAACACAGCAGUAUUCUUUGGACAAAGAUUAACAGAGGCCUCAUUCCUGAUACACAGUUCAAAGUGACUGGAAUUGAAGAGGGCCUGCUGUAUGAAUACAGAGUCUAUGCUGAAAACAUUGCUGGUAUUGGAAAUUGCAGUAAUGCCUCUGAGCCUGUUGCUGCAAGAGAUCCAUGUGAUCCUCCAGGUCAACCUACAGUAACAAACAUCACUAGAACAUCUGUUUCUCUGUCUUGGACAAAGCCAGAAUAUGAUGGUGGAGCCAAAGUCACUGGUUACAUAAUUGAAUACAGGGAGCUUCCAGAUGGUCGUUGGCUGAAGUGCAAUUUCACAAACGUUCAAGAAACAUACUUUGACAUUACAGGCCUUACAGAAGAUCAACGAUAUGAGUUCCAUGUCAUUGCAAAGAAUUCUGCUGGUUUGUUUAGUGAGCCAUCUGAAAGUACAGGCCCUGUCACAGUUAAAGAUGAUGUUGAUCCACCACGAAUCAUGAUGGAUGACAAGUUCAGACAAUUAUUGGUGAUCAAAGCUGGAGAUUUAUUGAAAAUUGAAGCAGAUAUCGCUGGUCGUCCUCAUCCAGUUGUUUCAUGGUCAAAAGAUGGUAAGGAGAUUGAGGCUAAAGCUCGAGUUGAAAUCUUCUCAAGUGACACCAGCACUGUGUUAACUGUCCGAGACUGUAUGAGAAAAGAUUCUGGACAGUAUGUUUUGACUCUACAGAAUGUUGCUGGUACAAGAUCAUUAGCAGUAAAUUGCAAGGUCCUUGAUAGACCCGGACCAUCAGCUGGACCACUGGAGGUAACUGGUCUCACUGCCGAAAAAUGUACUUUGAGUUGGGGACCCCCUCAAGAAAAUGGUGGGGCAGAAAUUUCACACUAUAUUGUAGAAAAACGUGAAACAAGUCGCCUUGCCUGGACACUUGUACAUGGAGACAUGAAAGCAACAACAUGCAAGGUUACUAAGCUACUCAAAGGGAAUGAAUAUAUAUUUAGAGUUCUAGGUGUGAAUAAAUAUGGUGUCGGUGAAGCCCUCGAGAGUGAUCCUGCCAAAGCCCAGGAUCCAUUCACAGUCCCAGCUGCACCCACAAAUGUUGAAGUUACCAGUGUGACAGGCGAAGCAAUGACAAUCUGCUGGGAAAGACCAACCAGUGAUGGAGGCAGUGAUAUUUGUGGCUAUGUUAUUGAAAAACGUGAGAAGACAGGUCUGCGCUGGGUUCGUGUGAACAAAAAACCUGUUUAUGACCUCAGGGUUAAAGCAUCAAAUCUCCGUGAAGGAUGUGAGUAUGAGUACCGUGUUUAUGCAGAAAAUGCUGCUGGAUUGAGUCGUCCAAGUGAGCCUUGCCCUCUAACUAAAGCAGAGGACCCAAUUUUCUUACCAUCCCCACCUGCUAAACCAAAGAUAAUUGAUUCAACUAAGAGCUCUAUCACUCUUGCCUGGAACAAGCCAUUGUUUGAUGGUGGUUCCCCAGUCACUGGAUAUAGUGUGGAGUACAAAAACACAAAGGAUGAGGAUUGGGUGGUGGCAGUUCAUAACACAAAGAACACAGAGUUCACUGUUGUUGGGCUAACAUCUGGAGCAGAAUAUGUGCUUGCAGUUAGAUCCAUUAACAAAAUUGGUCUUAGUGACCAAAGCACUGCUUCUGAUCCACAAGUUGCCAAGGAAAGGGAAGAAGAGCCAGUAUUUGAAGUAAGCAAUGAAAUGCGCAAGACACUGAUUGUCAAAGAUGGUAGUUCAUUUACCCUAACUGUUCCAUUCAGAGGGAAACCAGUGCCAAAUGUGAUGUGGAAUAAAGCUGAUGUAGAUCUGAGAGUGAGAGCAAACAUUGAUACAAGGGAUACUUGCACAUCAAUAACAGUUGAGCAAGCCACAAGAAAUGACUCUGGAAAGUAUACUGUGACGUUACAGAAUGUUGCUGGGAAAUCAACCCUGACACUGGUUGUCAAAGUUCUGGAUUCCCCAGGUCCCCCCUCUAAUGUUGCCGUUAAGGAUGUCACAAAGAACUCUGCCAUAGUGACAUGGGAUGUACCAGAAAAUGAGGGUGGUGCACCUGUCAAGAACUACCUUGUUGAUCUGCGUGAAGCAAGCAAAAAAGGAUGGACAAGAAUCACAAGUAACUGCCACCGCUUAACCUAUAAAUUGACAGACCUUCAAGAAGGAGGAGUUUACUAUUUCAGAGUUACUGGUGAAAAUGAAUAUGGAGUUGGCAUGUCUUCUGAGACUAAAGAUGGGACUAAGAUUACUGAAAAACCAAGUCCUCCUACAAAGUUUGGCGUUACAAAUGUAACAAAGGACAGUGUCACAUUGGCGUGGAAUAAACCAGAACAUGAUGGAGGUAGCAGAGUCACUGGAUAUCUGGUUGAAGCUCUUGAAAAGGGUCAGCAGAAGUGGGUGAAGUGUGGUGUUGUCAAAACCACCCAUCAAUUAGUUAGUGGCCUGAGGGAAAAUGCUGAAUAUUUCUUCAGAGUCCGUGCUGAAAACCAUGCUGGUCUCAGUGACCCCAAAGAAAUGAUUAUGCCUGUGGUUGUGAAAGAUCAACUAGAGUCCCCGGAAAUUGAUAUGAGGAACUUCCCUCACAAUACCGUGUUUGUCAGAGCAGGAUCAAACCUAAAAUUUGAGAUCCCACUUACUGGAAAACCUCUGCCAAAAGUGUCUCUUUCAAAAGAUGAUGUGCCUGUGAAAUCUACAAUGAGAUUCAACUCUGAAGUAACACCAGUGGGCCUCAUCAUUAACCUUUGUGAGAGUAUUGCUCUUGAUGCUGGCAGAUAUGACAUCACUGCAUCCAAUACAAGUGGAACUACCAAGUCAUUUGUGAACAUUGUGGUACUGGACAGACCAGGGCCUCCUGUUGGUCCCGUUGAAAUCAGUGAUGUCACUGAAGACAGUGUGAACCUAAAAUGGUUCCCUCCUCUAUAUGAUGGUGGCAGCCCAAUCACCAACUACAUUGUAAUGAAGCGUGAAACAACUUCUGCUCACUGGAUAGAGGUGUCAUCUGCAGUUGCCAGGAGCACAAUAAAGAUCAUGAAACUGACAACUGGGGAGGAAUAUCAGUUCAGGAUCAGGGCGGAAAAUCGCUUUGGCAUCAGUGAACACACUGAUUCGCCAACUGUAUCUGUAAAAUUACCAUACACAAUCCCUGGACCUCCAUCGGCACCAUGCAUAACUUCUGUUACAAGAGAGAGCAUUGCUGUAAGCUGGGAGGAGCCUACUUCAGAUGGAGGAAGCCAUAUUUUUGGAUACCACUUACAGAUGAAGGAUAGAAACAGCAUCUUGUGGCAGAAGGUUAACAAAACUGUUAUCCGCUCAACACACUUCAAGGUGACAAACAUCUUUCCUGGCCUGAUCUAUGAGUUCAAGGUGGCAGCGGAAAAUGCAGCUGGAAUUGGCCCCGUCAGCAAAACAUCUGAUGCUGUACUUGCCAUUGAUUCAUGUGAACCUCCAGUCAACCUGCGUGUCUCUGACAUCACAAAGAAUUCUAUCUCACUCGCUUGGCAGAAGCCUCCAUAUGAUGGUGGUAGCACUAUAACUGGAUACAUUGUGGAAUAUCGAGAUGUAACAAAUGCCAGAUGGACCAAAGCAAACCUAACAAAUAUUGCAGAAACAAAUUUUACAGUUACUGGCUUGACCCAGGAUCAAAGCUAUGAAUUUAGAGUCAUGGCAAAGAAUGCAGUUGGGUCAAUCAGCAACCCAUCUGUUAUUGCUGGGCCUGCCACUUGUGUGGAUACAUAUGGGGCUCCUGAGAUACAGCUACCUCAAGAGUAUUUGGAUGUGGUAAAAUUCAAGGCAGGAGAAGCUGUUCAGCUGAGAGUUGGAAUUAUUGCAAAGCCUCUUCCAACAAUUGAGUGGUACAAAGAUGGAAAGGAAUUGAAAUCCAAUGGUCAGCUCUCAAUUGAGAACACGAGGGAUGCCUCUUGCAUUCUCAUCAAGGAUGCUACUCGUCUGAAUUCUGGAUUAUAUGAAAUUAGAAUCAAGAAUUCUUUGGGCUCAGCAACUGCUUCCUUUAGAGUACAAAUUCUAGACAAACCUGGACCUCCUGCUGGAGCCAUUCAAUUUAAGACAGUCACAGCAGACAAGAUUACCAUAAUGUGGGACUCUCCGGCUGAUGAGGGUGGUGCUAUGGUCACCCACUACAUUGUGGAAAAACGGGAGACAAGCAGAGUAUUAUGGUCCAUCAUUUCUGAAAAACUGGAAGAAUGCAUAGUUUCUGUUCAGAGGCUGAUCAAAGGCAACGAAUAUAUCUUCCGUGUCAGGGGUGUCAACAAAUAUGGAGUUGGAGAUCCUUUGGAGUCUGAGCCAGUUAUUGCCAGGAAUGCAUUUGUUGUUCCUGACAAACCCAGCAAGCCAGAGGUUACAAUGAUAACAAAGUCAACAAUGACAGUGGUCUGGGAGAGACCAGGUAUUGAUGGCGGUAGUGAUAUUGAUGGAUACUACCUAGAAAAAUGUGAGAAGAAGAGUCUCAGGUGGUUCAAGGUCAUCAAAUAUCCCAUUCGUGACACUAGACAGAAAGUCAGUAAUCUUACAGAGGGAAAUGAAUAUCAGUAUCGUGUUUGUGCUAUCAAUAAGGCUGGACAAGGUGAAUACUCUGACAUUUCUGCCUUCUACAAAGCAGCUGAUCCUAUUGAUCCACCAAGUGAACCAACGAAACUCAAAGUUGUUGACUCAACCAAAACUUCUAUCACUCUUGGAUGGGUUAAACCUGUGUAUAAUGGAGGCAGUGAGAUCACUAGCUACAUUGUUGAAGAGAGGAUUUCUGGAGAAAGUGAAUGGACAGUGAUUAGCUCCAAGGAUGAAGUGAGAACAACAGAGUAUGUUGUGUCAUACCUCAAACCUGGAGUUUACUAUUUCUUCCGUGUAUCUGCUGUUAACUGUGUUGGACAUGGACGACCAAUUGAGAUGGCUCAGCCUGUACAAGCUAAAGAUAUUCUAGAGGAAGCUGAUGUUGAUCUUGAUGUCACCAUGAAAACUCAAUACACGGUGAAGGCAGGAAAGGAUGUGACAGUUAUGAUUCCACUGAAGGGUAGACCGGCACCAAAUGUCACCUGGAGAAAGGGAGACAAGAAUAUUGCCAAUGAUCCAAAAUAUAGCAUUAGCAACACAGAAUCUACAACAGUUCUUGUCAUUCCAAAGGUCACUCGUGAUGACAGUGGAAAAUAUGUUCUUGAGAUUGAAAAUGGUGUUGGGGAGCCAAAGACAAUCACGGUGUCUGUGAAAGUGCUUGACACUCCAUCUGCUUGUCAGAAAUUGUUGAUUAAGAAUGUGACUCGUGGGAAAUUAACUCUGAGUUGGGAGGCACCUCUUAUUGAUGGCGGUUCAGAAAUCAAAAAUUACAUUAUUGAAAAGAGGGAUGCUACAAAGAAAUCUUAUUCUAUUGUGACUAAUGAGUGUUCUAAUACAGCAUAUAAAAUUGAUGGUCUGUCUGAGGAUGUAGGCUACUUCUUCCGGGUUUCAGCUGAGAAUGAAAAUGGUGUUGGUGACCCAUGUGAAACAGAAGAGCUUGUAAGGGCCACUGAAGCACCUGGGCCAGUUAAAGAUCUUGCCCUGAAGGACUCCACUAAUACAUCAGUGACACUACAGUGGACUAAGCCUGAUUAUGAUGGUGGCAGUCAUAUCACAGACUAUGUCAUACAGAAGAAAGAUGAAGAUGAAGUAGCAUGGACACUUGCUGGUACCUGCAAGCGUUGUCAAUACGAGGUCACAAACCUUGAGGAAUUUGCAGUUAUGGAUUUCAGAGUAUAUUCUAAGAAUGAAAAGGGGCAGAGUGACUUCUCACAAGUGGGACCUAUCACAGUGAUGGAUUUACUUAUUCCACCUGAAGCUAAUCUUGCAGAUUACCCUGGAGGUGAAAUCUUUGCCAGAAUUGGACAAAAUAUAAACAUUGAGCUGCCAUUCAAAGGUAAACCAAAACCCAGUAUACGGUGGUUGAAAGAUGAUGAACAACUGAAGGAAAAUGAACAGAUACGUUUCUGGUUAACAGAAAACAAAGUUGCUCUUACAAUCAGAAAUGUAAGAAAAGAUAAUGCAGGGAAAUACACAUUGACACUUGACAACAAACUCAGCAAAAAUUCAUUUGAUAUAAAAGUCAUAACUCUUGGACCACCCUCAAAACCAACUGGACCAAUUCGAUUUGAUGAAAUCAAAGCACAGAGUAUAAUAAUAUCUUGGAAUGAACCAACUGAUGAUGGAGGUGGAGAAAUCACUUGUUACAGUGUGGAGAAACGUGAAACAUCACAAGCAGCAUGGAAGCUUGUUUGCUCAAGUGUAGUAAGAACAACCUUCAAAAUACCUAACUUAAAUAAAGGAACAGAAUACCAGUUUAGAGUACGUGCAGAAAACAAAUAUGGAGUGAGUGAGCCUUUGAAUUCACAAGAUGUGGUUGCCCAACACCAGUACAAACCUCCAGGUCCACCAGGAAAGCCUGUUGUCUACAAUGUCACGAGUGAUGGCAUGACAAUUCAGUGGGAGGCGCCAUCUUUUGAUGGUGGCUCACCAAUCACUGGCUUCCAUGUUGAAAAGAAGGACAGGAACAGCCUUCUGUGGACAAAAGUAAAUUCCUCAGUAAUUUCUGCAAGAGAAUACAGAAUCACUGGUCUCAUUGAAGGACUGGAAUAUCAAUUCAGAGUGUAUGCACAGAACAAUGCUGGCUUAAGCUGUGUCAGUGAAGCAAGUAAAUACACACUGGCUAUAUCUCCAGUUGAUCCACCUGGUAUACCUGACUGCAUUGAUGUGACAAGAGAAUCAGUUUCACUCAAAUGGGAUCCACCUAAGCGUGAUGGAGGCAGCAAAAUUGUGGCUUACAGUGUGGAGAGGCGCCAAGGAAGAGGCAAAUGGUUGAGAUGCAACUUCAUUGAUAUUACUGAAUGCCAAUACACAGUGACAGGACUUGCUCCUGGUGAUCGCUUUGAAUUCAGAGUGAUUGCCAGGAAUGCAGUCGGCACAGUUAGUUCACCUUCCCAGUCCUCUGGCUACAUCAUGACUAGAGAUGAAAGUGUUUCUCCAAGCAUUGAGUUUAUUGGGGAACAAAGUAUAACAAUGAAAGCUGGAGAAAAUGUCAGCAUUAAUGCCAUUGUCAGAGGACGGCCUGUGCCUCAAGUCACAUGGUUUAAGGAUGGGAAGGAAAUAGACAAGAAGAUGAUGAUUGACAUCACUACAGCAAUUGGAUCAAGUUCACUGUUCAUCAGAGAUGUGAACCGUAAUCACCGUGGUAUAUAUAGUGUGGAAGCUAAGAAUAGCUCAGGAACCAAGAAGGAGGAUAUUCUUGUCAGAGUUCAUGAUACACCUGGGCCACCUGAUGGACCAAUUCGUUUCACAAAUAUCUCAGCUGAGAAAGUAACUCUCUGGUGGAAUCCACCUGAUAAUGACGGAUGUUCUGCCAUCACCCAUUAUGUGAUUGAAAAAAGAGCAACCUCCAGAAUUAGCUGGGCACUUGUCAUGGAUAAAUGUGAAGCUUGCUCUUUUAAUGCAACAAAACUUAUCAAGGGCAAUGAGUACCAGUUCCGUGUUUCUGCUGUUAACAAAUUUGGUGUUGGCAAACCACUGGACUCUGAUCCCAUUGUUGCAGAGAUGCAGUUUACUGUGCCAGAUGCUCCUGGGACACCAGACUCCACUCAUGUCACUGGAGACAGCAUUACACUUUGUUGGACACGACCAAAAUCAGACGGUGGAAAUGAAAUUAAACAGUACAUUCUAGAAAGAAGGGAGAAAAAGAGCUUACAUUGGGUAAAGGUAUCAUCAAAGAGGCCCAUCACUGAGAUUAGACACAGAGUAAUAAAUCUCACAGAAGGAAAUGAAUAUGAGUUCCGUGUAAUGGCUGAAAAUGCUGCUGGAAUAGGACCAGCAAGCAGUACAUCAAGACUUUUCAAAUGCAAAGAGCCAACUAGUCCCCCCAGUGCCCCGACUGUGGUGAAGGCUACAGAUUCCACACAAUCAUCUGUUACUUUGGAAUGGACAAAGCCUGUAUUUGAUGGUGGAAUGGAGAUAAUUGGAUACACCAUUGAGAUGUGCAAGGCAAGACUAGAAGAUUGGCAUAAAGUUAACAUUGAACCCUGCUUCCACACCAAAUACACAGCAACUGGCUUGGAAGCAGGUGAAGAAUACAAAUUCAGAGUCUCUGCAGUUAAUGCUGCUGGACAAGGAGAAGCUUCAGAGCUACCCAAUGCAGUACAAGCUGUUGAUAGACUUACGUCACCAGAGAUUGAUAUUGACGAAACCUUCAAGCAGACACACAUUGUGAAGAAUGGAGGUACUGUAUGUCUACAAAUUGCCUUCAAAGGAAAACCAGCACCACUUGCUACAUGGACUAAGGCCGAUGGAGAGCUUGGUGUGAUGGUAGAUAUUAAUACUACAGAAACAAAUAGUACCUUAACCAUUGAGAACUGUACCAGGUAUGAUGCAGGGAAAUACACUUUAUCGCUGGAGAACAACAGUGGGCGUAAAUCAAUUACAUUUACUGUAAAGGUGUUAGAUACACCUGGACCACCAGGUCCGCUUACCUUCAAAGAUGUAACCAGAGGAGCUCUGACUUUGAUGUGGGAUGCACCUGCUAAUGAUGGAGGAGCCCGUAUUCAUCAUUACAUUGUUGAGAAACGUGAGGCUAGUCGUCUUAGUUGGCAGGAAGUCAGUGCCAAAUGCACUCGUCAAAUUCUGAGAGUAAGUAAUCUUGCUGUAGGUGUAGCAUACUGCUUCAGAGUCACUGCAGAAAACCAGUAUGGCCAGGGUGAACCUUAUGAGAUGUCAGAGCCAAUCAUUGCCACUGAAGAACCUGCUCCGCCAAAGAGACUGGAUGUCAUUGAUACCACAAAUUCUACGGCCACUCUGGCUUGGCUGAAACCUGAACAUGAUGGUGGAAGUCGCAUCACAGGAUACAUUGUUGAAACUAAAGCAACAAGCUCAGAUCACUGGGUUCUUGGUGGCCAGACUAAGUCCCUAAGCAUGAUCAUUGAGGGCUUAUUCGAGAACACAGAAUAUGAAUUCCGUGUGACAGCUAAGAAUGAUGCUGGCCUCAGUGAACCAAGAGACACCUUUGCCCCUGUCAUCAUCAAAGAGCCUCGUAUUGAGCCAACUGCAGAUCUGAGUGGUAUCACCAACCAGCUCAUUAAAUGCAAGAUUGGCAAUGCUUUUACUAUUGAUAUUCCCAUUAGUGGCAGGCCUGCCCCUAAGGUAACAUGGAAACUGGAAGAGAUGAAACUUAAGGAAACAGACAGAGUAUCAAUCAUGACCUCAGUAGAGAGGACCACUUUGACAGUCAAAGACUCCAUGAGAGGUGAUAGUGGUAAAUAUUACCUCACCCUAGAAAACAUUGCAGGAGCCAAGACAUUCACUGUAACAGUCAACGUUGUUGGCAGACCUGGUGCACCAACUGGACCGGUUGCAAUUUCAUCAGUCUCAUCUGAGUCCUGUGUGUUAACAUGGGCUGAACCAGAAGACGAUGGUGGAACUGAGGUCACCAACUACAUUGUGGAGAAACGUGAAUCUGGCUCAGCCACUUGGCAAGUUGUGAACUCCAGCGUAAAACGCACAACAAUUAAAGUCACACAUUUGACCAAAUAUAUGGAAUACACGUUCCGUGUUCGUGCUGAAAACAGAUUUGGCGUGAGCAAAUCCAUUGAAUCUCAAUCUGUUGUUGCAGAGCAUCCAUUCGUUCCACCAGGUUCACCAACACGCCCAGAUGUAAUCUUUGUUAGCGCAAAUGCAAUGGGUAUUCGGUGGGAGCCUCCAUAUCACGAUGGGGGCAGUCAGAUCACUGGGUACUGGAUUGAGAAGAAAGAGAGGAAUACCAUCUUAUGGGUGAGAGAGAACAAGAUCCCAUGCAUUGAGUGCCACUACAAAGUAUCUACACUCAUACCAGGCCUUGAGUACCAAUUCAGAGUUUAUGCAAUGAAUAUUGCUGGCUUGAGCAAAGCCAGUGAAGCUUCCAGAUCAAUGGUGGCUCAGAAUCCAGUUGACCCCCCUGGUAAACCAGAAGUAACAGAUGUGACAAAAACAUCAGUAUCAAUCACAUGGUCUGUACCAUUCAAUGAUGGUGGCAGUACGAUUGUGGGAUAUAUAGUUGAGCGCAAGCUAUUCAGUGAUGAUGAUCAAGGUCGCUGGCUGAAGUGCAACUACGCAACUGUCACAGAGAAUUAUUUUACGAUAACUUCACUGAGUGAAGGUGAUGUGUAUGAGUUUCGUGUCAUUGCCAAAAAUGGAGCUGGAGUACACAGUAUGCCUUCUGAAUCAACAGGACCUGUCACAUGCAAGGAUGAAUACAGUCCUCCAAAAGCAGAACUUGAUACCACACUUCUUGGAGAAACUAUCACUAUUAGAGCUGGGUCAGACCUUGUUCUUGAUGCAGCUGUUGGUGGCAAACCCGAACCAAAUGUUUUCUGGGCCAAAGGUGAUAAAGAAUUAGAGCUUGGUGAGAAAUACUCUCUGCAAUACACCAGCACACGUGCUAUGGCUAUUAUCAAGUACUGUGAUAGAAAUGACUCUGGAAGGUACAUCCUGACGGUAAAGAAUGCCAGUGGAGUCAAGACAGCUUCUGUCAAUGUUAAAGUACUUGAUACACCCGGACCUUGUGAUGACAAGAUCAAAAUCACUAGAGUGACAGAGGAAAAAUGCACCGUGUCUUGGAAAAUACCUCUGGAGGAUGGUGGAGAUCCAGUCUCUCACUACAUUGUUGAGAGACGAGAAACGAGCAGACUCAACUGGGCAGUAGUUGAACCUGAGUGCAAGACACUUUCUUGUGUUGCUACCAGGCUGAUAAAAAACAAUGAGUACAUCUUCCGUGUAAGAGGUGUGAACAAGUACGGACCUGGCGUGCCAUUAGAGUCUGAGCCUGUUAUUGCCAGAAAUGCAUACACUAUCCCAUCACCUCCUGGAGCACCUGAAAUCAUUGCUGUAGCUAAGGAACAUGUCAUUAUUGAAUGGCUGAUGCCUGAGAGUGAUGGUGGAAGUGAAAUAAAAACUUACCUAGUAGAUAAACGUGAAAAGAAGAGUGUACGAUGGACGAGAGUAAACAAAGAUUACACCAUAUAUGACACAAGACUUAAGAUCACUGGUCUUCUGGAAGGCAGUGAUUACCAGUUCCGUGUAACGGCUACAAAUGCAGCUGGGAACAGUCAACCAAGUGAAGCAUCCCAAUAUGCCUUCUGUAGAGAUCCAACAUAUACUCCCGCUCCCCCCUCAGUUCCUCGUGUGAUAGAUACUACCAAGCACAGCAUUAGCCUGGCAUGGACAAGACCAAUGUAUGAUGGUGGAGCUGAUGUGAUUGGAUAUAUUGUUGAGAUGCUAGAGGAGGGAACUGAGCAAUGGUUCCGGGCCCAUCAAAAGCACUUGAAGACCACAGAGUACGUUGCAGGUGGCCUUGCAAGCAACAAGAAGUAUUGCUUCAGAGUAGCUGCAGUUAAUGCCAACGGCAUGGGUGAAUUCAGUGAGCCCUGCCCAGAAACUGAACCAAUAGAAAGAAUUGAAAUACCUGACCUUGAGCUUGCUGAUGACCUGAAGAAGACUGUCUGCUUGCGAGCUGGCGGUUCUCUUCGUCUCUUUGUUGCUGUAACUGGAAGACCUACUCCACUUGUAACCUGGAGUAAACCUGGGGUAGAUCUACUGAGCCGUGGAUAUAUUGAUACAACUGACGGCUACACAACUCUGACAGUUGAAAAAGUACACCGCUACGAUGCAGGAAAAUAUACAAUUGAGGCAGAGAAUCCAUCUGGCAAGAAGUCUGCUACGAUUCUUGUCAAGGUUUAUGAUACUCCUGGACCUCCUGGUUCAAUAAAGAUUAAGGACUAUACGAAUGAAUCUGUUGUAAUUACAUGGGAUGUCCCUAGUGUUGAUGGAGGAGCACCUGUAAACAACUACAUCAUCGAACAACGUGAAGCAGCCAUGAAAUCUUACAAAAGAGUGACAUCUAAAUGCAAUAAGACAUUGUACAGAAUCACUGGUCUAGAACAAGGGGCUCUGUACUUCUUCAGGGUAUUACCAGAAAACAUUUAUGGUGUUGGUGAGCCUUGUGAAACAAGUGAUGCACUGCUGGCUUGUGAAGUUCCUAUGAUUCCCCAGAAUUUGGAAGUUGUUGAUACAACCAAGUCAACAGUAACCUUGAGAUGGGAAAAACCACUUCAUGAUGGUGGAAGCCGACUUACUGGCUACACCAUUGAAGCAUGCAAAUUUGGAACAGACAGGUGGAUGACAGUGGCCACAUUGAAAACAACAGUAUUUGAACACACUAUUGCUUCUCUGAAUGAGUCAGAGCAAUAUCUCUUCAGAAUUAAAGCUGAGAACAGCAGGGGAGUAAGUGAAGCCAGAGAGAUUGUGUCACCUGUCACUAUUCAAGAGCACAGAGUUUUGCCUCAGAUUGACCUGGCUGGUAUACCACAGAAGACUGUCAGUGUACCAGCUGGAAGACCAAUUGAACUCCACAUUCCAGUCAUUGGAAAACCUCCUCCAGUUUGCUCUUGGUACUUUGGUGGUGCAAUGAUAAAAGAACUUGAUCGGGUCAUGGUAGAGACCACUGGGAAAUACACCAAGUUAACUGUGCGUGAAACCACAAUUGAUGACACAGGCAACUAUACCCUUGAGGCGAAGAAUAUCGCAGGAACUGCAACAGAAAUGAUUAAAGUCAUCAUUCUUGAUAAACCUGGUGUGCCUGUUGGACCAUUAAGAAUUGAUGAAGUUGAAGCAACAUCUGUCACUGUCAGCUGGAAUCCACCAGAAAAGGAUGGAGGUGCUAACAUCAGUGGUUACAUUGUUGAACAACGUGAUGCUCACCAAACAGGAUGGCUCCCUGUAUCAGAAUCUGUCACCAGACCCACAUUUAAGUUCACCAGAUUGACUGAGGGAAAUGAAUAUGUGUUCCGCGUUGCUGCAACAAAUCGCUUUGGCAUUGGAUUAUUCUUGCAGUCUGAAGUUGUGGAGUGCAAGAGUGCAAAGACCACACCUGGGGCACCAGGUAGACCUGAUGUGUUUGACAUGUCACAUGAAGGAAUGACACUCACAUGGACUCCACCAGAGGAAGAUGGUGGUUCCCAUGUGUCUGGAUAUAUCAUUGAGCGCAAGGAAGUAAAAUCUGAUAGAUGGGUGCGCAUUAAUAAGAAUCCAGUAACAAUGAUGAGAUAUCGAUCAACUGGUUUGAUUGAGGGUCUUGAAUAUGAGUUUAGAGUAACUGCAAUCAACUCUAGAGGCCAUGGCAAACCUAGCGCGGCUUCUAAACCAGCAGUGGCAAUGGAUCCCAUUGAACCCCCUGGUCCACCACAGAAACCAAGAGUUUCAGAUACCACACGGACAUCUGUGUCACUGGCUUGGAGUCCCCCUGAGGAAGAGGGUGGUUCUAGAAUCAUAGGUUACCUGAUUGAGAUGCAGAAGAUUGAUCAAGUUGAAUGGACAAAAUGUAACACAACACCAACAAAGAUUUGUGAAUACACUCUGACACAUAUGCCUCAGGGAGCUGAAUACAGGUUCCGUGUAAUGGCAUGCAAUGCUGGUGGACCUGGUGAACCUGCUGAAAUCCCAGGAGCAGUAAAAGUUACAGAAAUGCUUGGCUAUCCUGAUUAUGAGCUUGAUGAAAUAUACCAGCAAGGCUUAGUUGUCAGACAAGGUGGCGUCAUAAAACUCUCUGUGCCUAUCAAGGGAAAACCAAUUCCCACCUGUAAAUGGACAAAAGAUGGUCGUGAUAUUUCUCACAGAGCCAUGAUUGCAACGGGUGAUGAUCUCACUGAGCUUGUGAUCAAGGAAGCUCACAGAGAUGAUACUGGUACCUAUGACCUUGUGCUUGAGAACAAGUGUGGCAAGAAGGCUGUAUACAUUAAAGUUAAAGUCAUUGGACGGCCAGAUCCGCCGGAAGGUCCACUUGAAUUUGAUGACAUCCAGGCUCGCUCUGUAAGAGUGAGUUGGAGAGCUCCUUCAGAUGAUGGUGGCUCUGACAUUCUUGGAUACAUGAUUGAGAGGCGAGAAGUUCCUAAGGCAGCCUGGUACACUGUUGAUGCAAGGGUUGUUGACACUUCAAUGGUUGUCAAAGGACUGAAGGAAAAUGUUGAGUACCACUUUAAGGUGACAGCUGAAAACCAGUUCGGCUUUAGCAGAUCUUUGAAAUCAGAUGAAACCGUCAUACCCAAGACACCUCUCUGUCCACCAGAACCUCCCAGCAAUCCACCAGAAAUUAUGGAUGUCACAAAGAAUACUGUUGCUCUGUCUUGGUCCAGACCUAGAGAUGAUGGAGGUUCUCGUGUUACUGGCUAUUAUGUUGAUCGUAGAGAGGUAUCUACUGAAAAGUGGGUACGUCACAACAAAACUCAUAUAACCACUACAAUGUACACUAUAACUGGACUCAUACCUGAUGCAGAAUAUCAGUUCCGUAUAAUCGCCCAAAAUGACAUUGGUCAGAGUGAGCCUGGACCUGCGUCUGAUUCCGUUGUAUGCAAGGAUCCAUUUGACAAACCAAGCCAGCCAGGUGAGAUUGAUAUAAUCUCCAUCACCAAAGACUGCAUCACCAUUCACUGGGAUCGACCAGUUUGUGAUGGUGGAAAGGAGAUCCUGGGAUACUGGAUUGAGUAUAGGCAAUCUGGUGAAAGUGCCUGGAAGAAAUGCAUCAAGGAGCGUUCAAAGGACAGACAGUUUACCAUGGGUGGUCUUAUGGAGGCAACUGAAUAUGAAUUUAGAGUGUUUGCUGAAAAUGAAUCUGGACUCAGCAGGCCACGUAGAACAGCUAUGGGUAUUAAAACCAAAUUGAGUGUUGGAGAAGCACCAAGUCUGAAGGAAGAAAUGCAAGAUGUGACCACUAAACUUGGAGAUUCAGGCACACUGAAAUGCCAGAUAAUUGGCAGACCACUUCCUGACAUCAAAUGGUCCAGAUUUGGCAAGGAACUGAUCCAAAGCCGUAAAUACAAGAUGAGUUCUGAUGGUCGCAACCAUUCACUGACUGUGGCCACAGAUGAACAGGAAGAUGAAGGUCUUUACACAUGCAGAGCAAUCAACGACGCUGGAGAAAUAGAGACCAGUGGCAAGCUCUUUUUGCAGGCUGCCCCUCAGUUCCACCCAGGAUUUCCACUGAAAGAAAAAUAUUAUGCAGGAUGUGGUACAAGCCUGCGUCUACAUGUUGUAUAUAUAGGACGUCCAAUACCACAGAUCAUGUGGUUCUAUGGCAAAAAACCACUAAAACCAUCUGACGGUGUCAUCAUUGAAAACACUGAGAGUUAUACCCAUCUAGUCGUCAGGAAUGUGCAGCGCAAGACAAACGCAGGAAAAUAUAAAGUCCAAAUCAGCAACAUAUUUGGCACUGUUGACACUGUACUUAAUGUUGAAAUUCAAGAUAAACCUGCUAUUCCCGAAGGACCAAUUGUUGUUGAUACUGUAUUGAAGAGCUCUGUGAUCAUCAGCUGGAAAUCACCAAAAGAUGACGGUGGAUCAAUGAUAACAAACUACAUAGUGGAGAAGCGUGAAGCAAAGGAAGGCGAGAAAUACAAUCUGGUAUCAUCAUCAAUCUCUGGUACAUCUUGUAGAGUUCCAAAUCUCAUUGAAAGUGCUGGAUAUUACUUCCGUGUUUCUGCACAAAACCAAUAUGGCAUCAGUGAGCCACUGGAGAUUCCUUCUGUUGUCAUUAUUAAGAGUCCAUUUGAAAAGCCUGGAGUUCCCCAUCAACCUGUUGUUACUGGUGUAACAACAGAUUCCUGUAUUGUGUCAUGGAAGCCACCUACAAGUGAUGGAGGUGCAAAGAUAAAAAAAUAUUACCUUGAGAAGCGAGAGAAGAAACAGAACAAAUGGAUUGCAGUAACAACUCAUGAAAUACCUGAGCCAGUGUACACGGUGACAGGCCUUAUUGAAGGGUUUGAAUAUGAAUUCCGUGUCAAGUGUGAAAAUCAGGCUGGAGAGAGUGAAUGGAGUGAAAUAUCAGAACCUGUUAUUCCAAAAUCAGAUGCAGCAAUUCGUCCUCCUAGCUUUAAGGAAGAACUGAGAGACAUGAGUGUAAAAUACAGGAACAACGCUACUUUUGUUUGCAAGGUAACUGGGUAUCCCAAGCCUGUGGUCAAAUGGUACAAGCGUGGCAAAGAAAUUCUUCCUGAUGGACAGAAAAUCAGAGUGCAGGAAUUCAAAGGUGGUUAUUAUCAACUUGUCAUCUCUGCUGCUGAUGAGGAGGAUGCUACAGUCUACCAAAUCAGGGCUACAAACCAGGGGGGAUCUAUUUCAACAACUGUCACACUGGAUGUUGAAGUUCCUGCCAAGAUUCACCUGCCAAAACAUCUGCAAGGCAUGGGGGCUGUGCAUGCCCUUCGUGGUGAAGUGGUUAGCAUCAAGAUUCCCUUUAGUGGCAAGCCUGAUCCAGUAAUCACAUGGCAGAAAGGACAAGAAAUCAUUGACAACAGUGGAUACCAUCAAGUGAUUAUCACAAGAUCCUUCACAUCACUUGUCUUCCCUCAUGGAGUUCAGAGGAAAGAUAGUGGUUUCUAUAUAAUCCAUGCCAAAAACAGAUUUGGUGCUGACCAACAGACAGUUGAACUUGAGGUUGCAGAUGUACCUGAUCCACCAAAAGAUAUCAAAGUCAGUGAUACAUCCAGAGAUUCCAUCACUCUCAAUUGGAGUGCCCCUGCUAAUGAUGGUGGGAGUCAAAUCACUAACUAUAUUGUGGAAAAGUGUCCCACCACUUCUGAUAGAUGGAUACGUGUUGCUCAGACCCAGGCAACUCAAUACACUGUAAUUAAUCUGUAUGGCAAGACAAAAUACCAGUUCCGUGUUAUUGCUGAAAACCAGCAUGGACAGAGUGAAGCAUCACAACCAACUGAGCCUGUGUCAAUGAAGCAGGAUAAAUCCAUAAUCCGAAAUUAUGAUGAGGAAGUUGAUGAAACAAGACAAAUCACAACUGAGGAAGCACUGUUUUCAAACAUCAAGAAUCUGUCGGCCAAGUACACAAUGUGUGAAGAGCUUUCACAUUCACAUUUUGGUAUUGUUCACCGCUGUAUCGAAAAGAGCUCCAAAAAGACAUUCAUGGCCAAAUUAAUUAAAGUGAAAGGUUCUGAUCAGGAACUGGUGAAUAGAGAAAUUGCAGCACUCAAUGUGGGUCGACACAAGAACCUGUUAUAUCUUCAUGAAUACUUUGAGAGUCGUGAAGAAUUUGCCUUGAUCUAUGAGUUCAUCUCAGGUGUAGACAUAUUUGAACGUCUUGGAACGGCCAAUUUUGAGCUCACUGAAUUUGAAAUUGUGAGGUACAUAAAACAGGUGUGUGAGGCUCUGAAGUUUUUGCACAGUAAGGGCUUUGCUCAUUUUGAUAUCAAGCCUGACAACAUAGUAUACUCUACAAGAAAAAGCACAAACAUCAAGAUCAUUGAGAUGGGCCAGUCUAGACACUUGACACCUGGAGAAAACAUAAGAAUUCAGUUCACUGCACCUGAAUAUUGUGCACCUGAAAUCCAUCAGCAUGAUAUGGUCAGCACAGUUACUGACAUGUGGUCAGUCGGUGUAUUAGCAUAUGUGCUUCUCAGUGGAUUGAAUCCAUUUGCAGCUGAGUCUAACCAGAAAAUGAUUGAGAAAAUUUCAAGUGCGGAAUACAGCUUUGACAGUGAAGCAUUCAAGGACAUUAGUCUUGAAGCUAUGGACUUUGUGGACCGACUUCUAAUGAAAGAUCGCAAACAUCGUAUGACUGCUGCUGAAGCAUUGGAACAUCCUUGGCUGAAGUUGAAAACUGAACAUCUCAGCACCAAAGUCAUAAAGACCUUGAGACACAGACGGUACUACCAGACCUUGAUGAAGAAAGAAUGGAAUUUUGUCAUUUCUUCAGCUCGCAUUGCUUAUGGUGGUGCAUAUAGAAGUCAGCGAGGUGUCUCAAUUGGAAAGGUAAAGAUUGCACCAUCUGCAUAUGGUGUAAAAGCCGGACAGAUCAUGCAUGGUGUUGCUGAAGAAGGUGGACAUGUCAAAUUUGUCUGCAACAUUGAGAACUAUGACAGCAGCACAGAGGUAACUUGGUACUGUGGAGUUAGACAACUUCAAGCAAGUGACAAGUAUGAAAUAAGCUACGCAGAUGGAGUGGCUAUCAUAUAUGUCAAAGACAUUAAUAGCUCAGAUGAUGGUGUCUACAGAUGCAAAGUUGUCAAUGAAUAUGGUGAAGACAGUGCCUAUGCGGAGCUCUUUGUGGAAGAAGUCAGAUCAUAUCGUGAGUACUUUAUGGGCAGAACAGUUAAGAAGGUGAAACGCAGAGUAGAUACAACAAGACUACUCCAGAGACCACCUGAAUUUACUUUGCCCCUAUUCAACCAGACUGCUUAUAUUGGUGAAGAUGUACGCUUUGGUGUUACCAUAACAGUGCACCCAGAACCUAAUGUAAGUUGGCUAAAAUCUGGACAAAGAAUCAGACCAGGGGACAACGACAAUAAAUACACAUUCAUAAGUGACAAGGGUCUUUAUCAGCUUGUCGUUCACAAUCUUGAGCAAGAGGAUGAUGCAGAAUAUACUGUUGUAGCCCAUAACAAAUUUGGGGAAGACAGUUGUAAGGCACGCCUCACUGUUAUACCUCACCCCAUCACCGAAGACACACUGAGGCCAAUGUUCAAGCGCCUACUUGCAAAUGCAGAAUGCAAUGAAGGCCAGAGUGCCCGUUUUGAAUUGAGGUUGUCGGGAACACCUGCACCUACCCUGAAGUGGGAGAAAGAUGGUAAGCCUUUGGUAUUCAGUCAGAAAGUUGAAGUUAUUCAAGAAGACGUGGAUUAUCAUGUCUUGCAUAUCAGAGAAACUCUUCCAGAAGAUUCUGGCACAUACAGAGUCAUUGCAACCAACUCAGCUGGAUCAGCAAGUUGUCAAGCUACACUGAAGGUUGAGCGUGUCACCUAUACAAAGCGAGAGUAUAAGAGUCAGGAAGAGAAAGAAAGAUAUGUCCAGAAACAAAUUGACAAGACAUAUAAAUUGGCUCAACACUUUUCAUCCACUGAAGUUACUUCACUUAACCUUGUGGCACAAGAGGCUUUGAGAGAAGCUUCAAUUCUGUACAUGCCAGCAGUAAGCACUAAGAAUGUGCAAGGUGAAUUUGACAUUGAAGAAGAAAAGGAGGUAAAGAAAAUUAGGGUGGAAGAAAAGAGAAUUCGAAUGCCAUAUGAAAUUCCAGAACCAUCUAAACAUGCUGCAGGUGCUCUUGGGGAAGACAUGGACAUCAAACAUUUUGUGCCAUUGUCUGAAAUGAAAUGGUACAAGAAACUUCGUGAUCAGUAUGAAAUGCCAGAGCGUAUGCAGAGGAUUGUACAAAGGCGACAAAAGCGCAUUCGUUUGUCCAGGUGGGAACAGUUUUAUGUUGUGCCUCUUCCAAGAAUCACUGAUCAAUAUAAGCCAAGAUGGCGCAUUCCAAAGAUUUCUCUAGAUGAUCUAGAAACGGUAAGACCAGCCCGGCAUCAUACACCUUCUGAAUCUGAGGCCUCUUAUAGAGUGCGAAGAAGGUCCCUGGGUGAUCUCUCAGAUGAAGAUCUGCUCAUUUCUGUAGAGGACUACUUGUCAAUGAAGAGAUCUGAAGAAGAAAAGCUUCAGCUUGAGGAAGAGCUUGAGCUUGGCUUCUCUGCUUCCCCUGCUAGACACUGCCCUAUCUGUUUUGAAUUAGAUUCUCUACGCCAACUAUCACCAAUACAGAUGACAUAUGAUGAAGCUGAGAAAACACAAGUCUCAAGAAAAGAAAAAGAGAUGCGUGUUUCAUCAUCUGAAGAAGUAAUGAAAACAACUGAACAACGCCGUGUCGCAUCUUCCUCUGUUUCCCAUUACUUGAGAAGGAGGAGAUCACUGUCUCCCACCUAUAUUGAAUUGAUGCGCCCUGUUUCUGAACUAAUAAGAAAACCACGAGUAUUCCGUACUUCAGAAGCUGAGGAUGAAGCUGUGGAGAGGAGAUCACCAACCCCUGAGAGAACACGUCCCCGUUCCCCUAGUCCCAUUUCCACAGAGAGAUCCUCCAGGUCAUCCUCAAGAUUUGAGAGAUCUGCAAGAUUUGAUAUCAUGGCCAGAUAUGAGGCAAGAAAAGCUGCUCUGAAAUCUGAAAGGAAAUAUGAGGUUGUGUCUCAGCAGCCUUUUAGUCUUGAUCAUUCCCCACGCAUAACUGUGCGAAUGCGCUCCCACCGUGUGCCAUGUGGUCAAAAUACUAAAUUCACCCUCAAUGUCCAAUCAAAGCCAGAAGCUGAAAUCAGAUGGUUCCAUAAUGGUGAGCAUAUUCAAGAGAGUAGCAAAUAUCGUUUUAUAAAUAUGAGUGGAGUUUUGACUCUCCAGAUUAUUGACUGCCAGGCAGAGGAUAGUGGGACAUACCGUGUUCUCUGCAUGAACUCCAAGGGAGAAGCUUCUGACUAUGCCACUCUGGAUGUUUCACGAGGAGAGUAUUCCACAUUUUCCUCUCGUCGUAAAGAUGAGGAUGUUCCUUCACCAUUCGUUCCUGACAUAACAAAAACUGAUUUUUACCAUGUGUCUUCCUACAAGAGAGCUUCUUCAUCUGAAACACGCUUAGUGGUUCAAGAAACUAAAUCAAAGCUGACUGAAACACAUGAAGCUGCUGUUUAUGAAAAAUAUGCAUCAUCUGAGAAAAAAGUGGAGGCUUUAGAAGCCACAGUUGAGGAAGUAACUGUGCAUAAGAAAGUGAAGACUACUCUACCAGCCAGAAUACUUUCAAAGCCACAGUCUCUUACAGUAUCAGAAGGCGAGUCUGCCAGGUUUGCAUGUGACAUUGACGGUGAGCCAGCCCCCAGUGUUACUUGGAUGCAUGAAGGAAAAGAAGUUGUUUCUUCCCAUCGGCACCUUGUAACUACCACGCAGUACAAGUCUACUUUUGCAAUUUCUUCUGUUGAGUCAACUGAUGAAGGAAGCUACAUAGUAGUUGUAGAGAAUUGUGAGGGCAAACAAGAGGCACAGUUCAUCUUAUCCAUCCGCAAAGCAACACCAAAAGAGAAAGUCAUUACUUCACCACCAAGCAUAAAGUCCCCAGAGCCAAAGGUGAAAUCUCCAGAGGUUACAACUACAAAGUCACCAGAACCUCAUGUCAAGACAGUUAAGUCUCCUGAGCCAGAAACCCCACCACCAACGGUUAAAUCUCCUGAACCCAGAGUGAAAUCUCCAGAGAUUAAGUCUCCUGAACCCACAGUGAAAUCUCCAGAGAUGAAGUCUCCUGAACCAAAAGUGAAAUCUCCAGAGCCCAGAGGGAAAUCUCCAGAGAUUAAGUCUCCUGAACCCACAGUGAAAUCUCCAGAGCUGAAGUCUCCGGAACCCACAGUGAAAUCUCCAGAGCUGAAGUCUCCUGAACCCAAAGUGAAAUCUCCAGAGCCCAGAGGGAGAUCUCCAGAGAUUAAGUCUCCUGAACCCAAAGUGAAAUCUCCUGAACCCAAAGUGAAAUCUCCUGAACCCAGAGUGAAAUCUCCAGAGAUUAAGUCUCCUGAACCCAAAGUUAAAUCUCCAGAGCUCAAAUCUCCUGAACCCAGAGUGAAAUCUCCAGAGCCCAGAGUAAAAUCUCCAGAGCCCAGAGUGAAAUCUCCAGUGCCCAGAGUGAAAUCUCCAGAGGUCACAAGUCCUAUGUCCCCAGAACCUCGCAUCAAGUCACCUGAGGGAAUCAAAUCUCCGAGGAGAAUUAAGUCUCCUGAACCAGUAGCCUCCCCCCAGCGGGUUAAAUCUCCACCACCGAUCAAGUCACCCACUCCUCAGAAAGUGGAUAUGCCCCCAAAGAUUGUUCAUCACCUCAAGGUGGAAGCCUGUGAAGAUAAAGUGAAGAUGUUCUGUGUGGCUGAAAGCAGAGUGAAAGAAGUAGUAUGGUACAAGGAUGGAACAAAACUUACACAGAGUAGUCAUCGUACUCUCCAUAGUGCUGCUGAUGGCACAUGCAGUCUCAUUAUCCAGGAACUAAGUCAGAAAGACCAGGGUGAAUAUUCCUGUGAAAUCAUUUCAGAAGGUGGGGUCUCAAGAACAUCAUUUUCAUUUGUUGGCCAAGUCUAUCAAACAAUUUUUGAAAAGAUUACAACUUUCCUGGAGACAAAGACAGCCAUCCAAAAACUGGCAAUGCAGUCGGCCUCCCAUACAAAAACUGAACAAACUGCAAAAAAGGAAAAGGUUCAGGAAGAUGUCCUUACUACUCUGGCUAAAGAAUCUGCCAAAAUGGUGCAUAUGGAGAAAAGUGCAGCUACCAGCAGCAUGCAUGAAAGUUUCUCUUCAGCCCACAUGACUUCCUCAGUACAAGAAGCCUCCUUCAGCAGCUCCAGUACAAGUGAAGUAAAAUUUUCAAGCAUGUCUGCAGCUAGUAUGUCUUCCAUUACAUCUGAGUCAUUAUUAAGCAUGAGUUCCAGCAGCAGUAGUAUGAUGGAAAUGUCAAGUCAUUCACAAAUCGAGGGGUCUUCUAUGAGAGGCAUUACUCACCGUAUUCAAGGUACACCACCAAAAAUUGAAGCUCUCCCUGAAGACAUCAGCAUUGAGAAAGGAAAAGUUCUUACAGUAGCCUGUGCUUUCUCUGGGGAGCCAAAGCCAGAUAUUGAGUGGACACGCAUGGGGAGAAAACUGCCUGGUGAAGGGGAAAGUGAUCGGUUCCACAUUGAGACCACAGAGGACCUCACAACCCUCAUAAUCACCAAUGUGAAAGAAAAUGAUGCUGGACUCUAUACUCUCAAACUUUCCAAUGAGCUGGGAUCUGAUACUGCAACGGUUAACAUCAGCAUUCGGUUAAUGUAAAAAAAUUAUAAUUGAUAUCCUUCCCCUUUCCCUCCUUCAGUGCCUUUUUAUUUGCUAAAAUACUCUACAUAAUAGAGACAGAGUUCUGUUCUUGUAAAUAUGAACUAUUUUUAUAUCAAACUUGACAUUAAUUUAUGCCAAACUAGACUAAAGUCUAAAAGUUGUUAUAAAAUGUGCCAUAUUGGAUAAUUAUGACUUAGGAUUUUUGAUCCAUUUUUCUGUGACAUGUACAUAAUGUAUAUAGCCGAAUUUACCGGUUAUGGAAAAUGUAUGCAUUGUUAUUUGAGACAAUAUUAACUGAAACUAAUGGAACUAAAUGUUUAUCAGGAGAAAGUUUCACAUGAAACGAAUACCCUGAAAAACCUGAAACAAAACUAUGUGCCUCAACAAUAAGUUGAAGUCUUAAGAUUGCCUCAACAGGUAGAGAGGCUCCCUGUUGAAGUUUUACUAUAUUUGAGAGACAAUGUUAUGCACUGUACAUUUGUAUGUGCAUUAAUAUUACCAUACUCAUAUGAAUUGUUACAUGAGCAUAAGACCUUGAGUGCUGUUUGCAUUUACCCUCAUGUAAGCAGCACAACUAGGCCUUGUGUUCAGACUGACUAUGUCAUACUACUAUUUUAUUGACAUGCUCAAAGUGCGAGCGGCCUGCACUUUGGCAACUAUUUAUUUUAUGUGCACUAUUGCUGGCAAAGGACUGCUUGAAUUGGAUUUCUUAAAAAAUAACAUCACCUGGCCAUUAUGUUCUGUAAGUCAUUCAAGUACUUCUUUGCAGAAACAGUGCCACUUCUCGGAGGCCUGCUUGGGUGCAUUGUGUUUGAGUGUGUCUGUGUGUUAGAUUUAGGAUUUCACCUUGUCAGUAGUCUGGGCUGCAGUAAAGUAUGUGUACCACAGUGACAACACCUGCUGUGCUAAAGAAACAAAUGCAUUAAUUGCAUGCCCUACACUUUGGUUUUAUUGAAAUUAUAACUGUAGGAUUACCUAUAUAUGCAGCCUCCUUGAAAUUUAUUAAUUACUGAUUUAAUAAAGCAUGAUUUAAGCACCUAAAAA